AUGGCUGUCCAACUCAUUCCUGAAUCGGCUGUGUGUUUGCUCAUGGUGAGUCUAAGAAGCGCUAAGUAUUACCGGUGCUUUGUACUGUCUGCCUUUGUUUCUGUCUCUCAUCACUCCAUCCUCAUGGCAGGAGGUGAGAUGUCAUCUCAUUAAAAUAGAUGUUUGCUCCUCCUCCUUUACUACUACCUACAAACCUGACAUCCUUCAAUAACCUCCCUGCGAGGCUCAGAAGCUGAAUUUCUUUUGCGGCUGACAUGGAAAACUCAAGCUUUUGUCCAACUCCUCCACGUGUUUAACUACUGCAGUGGCCAGGUGUGGGAGGAACCCUCGACACACCAUCACCACGCUGAAUGUGGCGUCUUUUACAUGUUACAGACAGAUCUGAUUUAAAACCUAUAAUACCAUGGCAUGUGUGUGUUUCUGCAAAGCCUGGCAAAAGUUGCUGAAAGGAUCGGUGCUUGUGUUUGUCUCAACAAGAUUAUUGUGCAUCUUACAGUAAGACUGAAUCAAUACAAAUACGCUAUCAUAGAAAAACUGUUUAUCUAGAGCCUGCGGCAGAUGGUUUGCCGGAUCUUGUUAGUGUAGUAAAAGUCCCUCACUGACAUGAAACAGAUUGGGUUGGCAUGGCCUGGUUUAGACCUGGCUGUAGAGAGUGUUGUAAUAGACACACACACACACUGAAAUCCACUGAACCACUCUCUCUCUUUUCUGUCCAGCCUCACAGUGAAACAAUGGUAGUGUGGCUUUCAUGCAUGUUAAGAAUACGGAUAAGGCUUGGACCCCUCUUAUAAUUAUGAUUGCUCUCAACGUGUGCAGAGCCUGUGUGCUGGUUUGACUCUGUGUAAGAGAGCAUGUUCUGCUCAUUCUCAUUCUAUAGUGCUGGCAUUCUGCAGUCCCAAGGGGAGUCAUGCAUCGCCGCACUACCUGCUAUCUCCACCUGUCAUGGCUGUCUGUUACUAUGGCGAUAGGCCAUGCACCCCAUUCAAGGGGAGAGGAUGCAGUUAAAGACGCAAGGGAGGGAGGAGAGAGUAAAAGAUGAUGGACAGGGCAGAAGGAGGAAGGAAAAAAAGGAAGUGUGAGUGAUGAGGGCAGAAGUAGAAGUAGAAGAUAAGGAAAGUGAAACAAAAAUGAUGAUAGUUUUGAACCAUGAAAAUCAACACACUCUUGAAUUUCUAGACAAUGUGUCAUCUCAUGUUGUUGGCAAGCAGUUGGUGUCCCUUGACUCCAUUUUGCUCUGCCUCUCCCUCAGCAAAUGGCAUUAGCAUAGAGGGCGUUCCCUUACAAGUGCUCUUACUGUCAAAGCUGUCACCCAAAGACUUUUUACUGUCAACCCACGUCGCACAGGGAAAAUUGCUUAGUGUCACAACUCCUGCUUCUGUUUCAUUUGUGAUUACAGCCCCACGUGCAAUGUCCUCACCAACAGAGCUGCUUUACACCGGUUGGCUAUCAGCAACAUACUUCAGUUUGGAUGACACUGGCUCCUACAGGGUUUCACUGGCAGAGAUUUAUUUUUUGCUGUUAGGCCACCCAACGCGAAAGAAAGGCACAACUCAAAUCUGGUUUGUGCUGAAUUUCCCUUUAAGUGCACGCUGGAAAAGACUGAUAUUUAAUAUCUUAUCUCGUAGCACAGUGAUUUGUUCACAAAAUCUCUGACAUUUGUAUUCACACUGACUUACUCCAGGCUUGAACCUAUCUUAAUUAUUGAUGGGUGCUGCAUCUGUGUGUGUGUAUUGAUCAUGCCGUCUGCCUAUGUGUAUUAAUAUUUUAGGCGAAUGUGUGAUUAUCUGCUGCUGUAAUUGCAGAAACAGCUUCAAUUGACAACACAACAUAUUACCAAGAUAGAUAGAUAGAAAGAUGGAUUCAUUCAUUCAUUCAAUUAUCCAUCCCUCAGUUUCAGAAUGAACAAUGCUUUCUUGCUUUGUGCCAUCGCUCAGACUAUAAAAAAUGAUGCCGGUAAGAAUUAUUUUACUUCUCCUCCGAGUUUCAUUUCCUUGACCUAAUGUGAUUGGCUCAGACUAACAUUAAAUCAGCCAUAAAACAGAAUGGUCUCCAGCCUAUCAUAUAGACUACGCCAAGUGAGGGAGACUAUGGCCUUAUCCUAUUGUUUAUGAAAGGAUUAAAUAAAUGACACGCUGUAAGAUUUUGAUGAAUGAGUCCAACAGGAAAUGUUAAAAACACACUUCAUCUCAUUGAUUAAUUACAAAUGGGUAUACCCUAUGCAUGAGGGGGAUAUACCUGUCGUAAAAACAUAUACAAACACAGAUUUUCUCCUUGCAUCUGCCUGGUCUGGUGGCUUUCUGAACUAGUGAAGGAUAGAGAGAUCGAUAAGUCAGUCUGCAGUUAGGACACACAGAGGAAUUCAGCAUCUGAUAUCAGGAGGGAUCAGAGUCCAAAUGGAUUCAUCUAACCUCACUGAGACAUGUUACAGCUUCACUCUUCAUCUCCGGGUUUUGAAACAAGCUUUACUCGAGCUUAAUCAACCUGAACUGCACAAUACUGGAUGGUCUAUUUUGAUUCUGGUCUUUUGUAAUUACAUACAAAUUGUUCCAUUUGUGGUUUCAGCUAGUAUCUGUGUACAGGGACGGUGUGUGUGUGUGUGUGUGUGUGUGUGUGUGUGUGUGUGUGUGUGUGUGUGUGUGUGUGUGUGUGUGUGUGUGUGUGUGUGUACUGGCUCUUGAUUGCAGUUUUCUCUUUGUACUUAAAAUAAGAACUGGAGCAGCUUUAGUGUUUGCCACCAUGUUCAUCAGUGAGCUGAUUAGCUCCGCUCUUGAGGGCUCUGAGAGGAGCAGCUCAUACCCGUCUAUAUAAUGGAGUUUUAUCCAGAAGGGUGAAGUUAAAUGCCAAAAAGUCAAAUAAAAUAGGGAGUUUUAAGCAGUUGAGUUUAAAUCUGUAACUUUGUUAGAUUAAGGAGGUAAAUAAUUGCGGUGAUGACAGAAAUAAUCCAAUGAUAUCUGAGAGGCUCCAGGAAGGUGGAUGUUUUUUUUUUGCUGUUAAUCCUGCUGUCAUCAUAAAACCCACACUGAUAAAAUUCCAUUAGGAUUUCAACUUUAAGAUGAGGGUCAGAGAAAGUCAGAAGGGGACUGUCUACCUUGUUGUUGUUUUUCCUUUUUUUUUUUUAAUCCACAUCUUCUUAUCUGUCAGAGAGGCUGUCUGGUUCCAUCCACUUGAUCAAUACAUUACUAUCUGUUACACCGUGCACAUCUGAGGAAAAGCAGGGCAAGUUGCUAUCUCGACACACACACAAGCUAAGUGGAUUAUCUUUAUAAUGCUGGAGGGUUCGGCUCUGCAUGCAAGGAGAGAAACAGCAGCUUCACAGCCCCACUGUUUCUCAGUGGAACAGCAGCAUGUCUGUGCGACAGAUGUCGUCUUUCAGUCUGGACGGCAUCAACACACACCUGCCAAACAGUUAUCGAAUGUAUAAAACUGUAGAAGUGUGUUGCUUUCUCUUUGCCUGGUGUAAAGUCAUAUAAGGCAAACAUUGGUCUAUACAAACUACCGUUGUACAUUGAGGUCAACCAAAAAAAGCAGACCUUACACUGCCCCUCAUGUUGGCGCCUAUGUCUCUUCAUUACCGCCCUUCAUUCAAUUAUUCUGCCAGCGAGGACGGAGACCAGAGGAUUCAUUCAGCCUUAAUCAAAUCACUGCUUUAUGAUGUCAUGUACUGUGUGUACAUGUGACCUAAUUGCAAUCUGCAUGAGCUGUGUGUGUAUCCUGGAAAACUUCUAGUAUCUGUGUUGUUUUCAUGAAUUUUAUUAUUACUCUUUAGAAGUAAUGUCCCACAAUAUGUCCAGAUAGUUUUUUGUGCUUUAUGUUCUUAUGCUCAUUACUCAAUAAAGCAGGCAGUGUACAAACAGAGGAGGGCUGAACAGUAUGGGGGAGGGUUAGCCGAAUGACAUCAUACUGAGAUAAUUGAUUACUGCCCGGUAACAAUGGCACAGGGGGAGAAGCAGAUAACAUUUUGUGGAAGAGUGUGUAUCAGUUCAAAGCUGGCGAGAGGAGUAUUUGUUACCCUCAGUGGUUUGGGUUGGAGCGUGCACACAAUAGUCCACUCACUGUCCUAGUCUGUGAGUUAACACGUCACUUAGAAUCAACCCAGAAUCUGCACCAGUUUCAACAUCAACAAAGCGCAGAGGAACAGAACACGAGCACCAACACCUCAGGAGUACUGCAUGAAGUGGAAAAAAAAACGAUUGCCUCUCUGAAUUCAUCCUGUGAAGACUCCUGUCUCAUGAGUGAUUAUUGUGGAAGAGAGGCAGAUGGCUUUCUAUUUUUUUAUUUCCACAGAUGGCUUUCUAUUAUUACUAGUUCCUUACUUAUGCUCUUUUUAUUUGACACUUAACUGUCUUGUGCUUAGAGCCUCUGUAAUAGUAUUAAUAAAGAACUUUUUUUCCCCGGUCCAUUAUUGCCAUAAAGCCGCAGUCCGACUGCAGAACAGUCAUGCUUGAGUGAUGCUAGGAGCAGGUUAUGCUGAUGUCAGCCAACUAAUGCGCAGUAGUUGCUGCAGGAGAAAGAAAUGCUUCAAUUUCCAACAGUAAAAAAAUGCAUCUAACAAACCAUAUUGUGCUAGUCUUGUCCGAUGGUCUGUUUCCCAGAUCCCCACUCAACUGAAUUUACAGUUUGUUCACAUAUUUGGUCGAUAUGAAGAAAAGACUAGUGUGACUUUGGAAGAGCAGCACAAGUCAAAACAGUUCUGUGGAUAAUAAUGAAUCAUUAAACCAGGUAUACACUAAACAAAAAAAAAAGGAAUUCUCACAUAACUUUUUAAAUAUUGUGUAUGAACAACAUUAAAAGUUGAUUUUGGGUGACCCUACUAACUGGUUUUUAGUCAAAACUUACUAAACUUACUCACUUUUGAUACCACAACACCGACUUAAACACCAAGUUUUAAGCAAAGUGAAGAGAUGUGUAAAUAGGAGCCAACAUUAACACUAAUACUUAAGAAGUAGUCAUCCAUACAGUUAUUAAUUUUUAUCCAUUUGUGCUGAGCAAAUGUUUCUAUCUUUCCACCAUACUGUUUUUUUGAUAUAGGCUAAAUGUUACCGUGUAUUUGUCUGAAUACUAGUGUUAACAGUGCUCUGAUUUUACUGCAGAGGGAUGCCACCUGGCUGUGUGGUGGAUUUAACCGACUCUGUCUGCUGACACAGCUUUCUAGAAAAAAAAUAUGAAUUGAUAUUGACUCGUACUUGAAAUGAGCAGACAAGUGUGAUGAUGGGUUCUUUGUGUCCUUGUUAGGAAUGACCAGUUUUAGUAUGUGUCGUCUUAAUAAAAUAUCUGUAAACAGAGGUUAAUUUUAUGAUCAGGGCAUUAUUGCUGACAUUAUGUAUAUACUUUAAAACCUUUGUAGAGCUCACAGAGCCGUGGCUACACCUCAGGUUUAGUAGGCUGAUAUCCAGCAUUGAAAGUUGUCCAAGAUACUGGGAUUGAUUGGUUUGUUUAAGAUCAAAGGGAUUUCUUUAAGACGUGUUUCUUUAAGUUUUAAUCUUUGAAAAGUUGGUCAAUUCAGUUGAGAUUUUUUUUUCCCCAAAAGUGUUUUUCUGUGAGCAUAAAUGCUAAAUGUUUCAGAUUCAAAUGAAGAGGAGAAUGAAGGAGAUAAGAAAGAAUGAACAAGAAGCUCGAAUGUGGGGAAUGGUCUUAACUUUUUACCACAUGUAUAAAUGAAUGAGGGUUUGGUGUGUGUGUGUGUAUGUGUGUAUGUGUGUGGUGGUGGUGGUGGUGGUGGUGGAUCCUGAACCUACAUCAUACCAUUAAUUCUCCUGAGCUGUUUACACUGCAGUGUGUUUAAAGACUAUUGAUGAGCUGUGGAGGUGAAGGCGCCUGGAAUGUAAUCGACUUCAGUGGAGUGUCUUCUCUCUCAGCCGUGGUCCUCUGUGUAUGUGUGCGUGCACAUGUGUGUGUGUGUGUACAUAUAUAUAGAUAAGUACAGUGCAUCUUGUCCUUCAUGUAAGCCUUUGCAGCAGGCUCCUACUUGAGUGUAACAUCCGACUUGCUUCAAACUAGGCCGUUAACUGGGCUUAGGUUUAGUGCAGGUGAUAUGAGGAGGUUUUAAUUAUAUUUAUGUACAGGAAAUGACCCUGCAUUUGCAGCAAAGCAGAUGCUCAUUAAGGUCUUCUGGUCCUCCCAUGCGCUCUGCCUCUGCCUUCAUCUUGAUGUUUAUCGGGGCUCUGAAUCUCUCUGGCCACUUCUGCAGGUGCAUAAUUAUGUGGUUGCUGUGCUGUGGAAGAGCUUGUGUUUGCAUUUGCAUUCACUGUAAGAUACCGACCAUUUCAUUGAUCCAACAACAGCGGGAGAGGGAACUGCAUCCAUCUUUCUUUCUUCUUCGCCCACACAAAAACUCCUACAUGUAUGUACACAUCAUCCUUCUCACACAUGACCUACUACUGUAGGUCGUUGACUGUACCUAUGAUGCAGUCAAUGAUGUGAAAGCAAACCCAACAUAGAGAUGGAAAUUUUACAGCAGUCUGUGAGGAUUUUCUGUGUUUUCAGUCCUUUCAUUGCAGGAUAUUACCUGCAGGAGAGCUGGCAUAUGACAUUUAUCUGUCGCCUGUCCCCUUUAGAAGGUCAAGCUACCGUAGCAAAAACCUUUCAGGCUGGAUAAAUGAGAAUUUUCUGCCUGAUGUGACUGUACCAAACACAAUAGGCCUAGCUUACGCCACUUAAAUCAAUCAUAUCCGUAUCUAAGCCUCUGGGUAAAUGUGCUUUGCAUUUACCCAGAGAGAGGAGGUCAGUUUGUGUGUGUGUGUGUGUGUGUGUGUGUGUGUGUGUGUGUGUGUGUGUGUGUGUGUGUGUGUGUGUCUUCUGCUGUGUGCCACUGUUUUGAGCAUGGAAAUAUAUGCACAUUGAUACUGAAUCAAGUGUUAGAGAAAAAAUAUUCAUGUUUAUGCUCCCCUAGUUUCUGAAAUGAGCACGAUUUAUUUUUUUCAGGGGCCACAGUGUUGACACAUUUGCAAGGUGCCAGCUGUCAAGUGUGCCAGGGUGAAGGUUUAUGGGUGGGGUAGCAGGGUGGCACAGGAGGAGCAGAGGCAGCAGGAGGUCUGAUUGGCUCACCAUCUGUCUCUGGGACUGAGCAGAUGUCUGAGUAGAAAGACCAAUCUCUACUUGACUCCAAGUUCACUCUCUCCUCCUUUUGUGUGUACAUAUGAGAGAGUGUAAUUUAGUGUGCAUGCGUCUGACGUUUCACACUCUGGUUGACACAGGUCCCAGUGGGGCGGACUGUCUCCCAUCUGGGGUGAGUUAACAGUUCCUUGACAUAAUGAAGAGACGUCUUGUCAGCAAGCACUUACUCAGUGCUACGGUGGGAAUUACUUGGCUCAUGCAACAUUAAAGAUUAAAUUAACUAAUGAAAAUAUUCCAAAAAAAAUGAAAGAGAGGCUUUGUACAUUUAAUCCACCACACAGGCAUCUUCACCUGUGGGAGCACACAAUCUGUCAGGGUUUACUGCGAGUCUAAAGUUGAAUCGGGAAAGGCACUCGGGCCACGUCCAGGGUGGUGGCCAAAGGUGGCAUGGAUCCGUCUUGAAAUACAGUUGACCACUAUAGGGCCAUCUUAAAAAUGUUUUACCUAUGAUUGGCUAUGUGGCUGCUUUAGGCUGCAACAGUGGUUUUGAGUGGUUUUGUGUUUACAUGGCUAUUUCCUGAAAUUAUUCUGUCUAUACAGAAAACUUUUUCAAAACCAAAUGGCAAUAUAUCGUUUUUGUUUCUGUGUGGACAAGGCCCAAAACAUUUAAAUGUUUCUGCUCUGUCGUGAUGAUAAAGUUGAGUAAUAAUAGUUUACAGAAAACAACUUUUAGAUGCACAGUAAAAGAUCAGCAAGGAGUUAGGAGGUAUCUUUAUGUCCAUGAAGGCCACUAACAUCGAUCCACAUUGAAAGUUUCUCACAAGAGUUUCGAAGUAAAGCUCCUGUAAGGUAAAGCUCUAAACACUUUGCAUUUCCAGCAGAGGCCAGUACCCUGGCCGGGCCACCCAAGACAAAAAAAUCUUGUUACACCCCUGAAAGGCACAUAGAAAAUGUUACACACACAGUGUGUAUCGUAUUAGAAAGUGUGUUAACUCUCUGCUCUUGGCUCUCUAGUAUGCACACACACCCUGUCAGGUAAGCUCAUUCAAAACAGUAUCAUUAAAAUCAGUGCCGUUGAGUUGAUUAGUGCUCUGAUAAAGACUCAGUAGGUGGCGAGUUUCAUGUUGGCUGGAAGAAACUUGCUUUUGGUGGUGAAUGACCUGUAUUUUUUCUAGUUUGAUUCUGUGAAAAUUAAGCAUAAGCUGUGAAAACAAGAGGGAAAAGUGCACCGACACCAACAUCCUGUCUGCAACAAGAAGUAGCUUGGUUUUUGAGAAAUGAACUUGUUAAACUUGCACUUCCUGCUGCAAUAAAGAAAAGUGUUGACUCAUUUGGCUCUGGAAUUUAAACAAUAAACAUCACACUGACACUUUGACUCUCCCUCCUAGUAGACAAUUAUCUUUUACAUUUUCUCUUACGAGAACAAGGUCCUGAAUCUGCUCCACAUUUGGACCAGCUCUGACUUGGCAACCUAUCCUCUUAGGAAUCUCUCACCUACACACUAAACUGUGAUCUUGGUUGCUCUAGCAGCAGCUGCCGAAGUCUUUUAAAAAUAUCUUUACUGAUGAUGAAUCUUUACCUCUUUGAUGAAUUAAUCAAUACAGUUACUUAAACAGUACAGUUUUGCUCACAAGGUAAAAGUUAUCUUUAGCCAAUUGUUGCAGCUCUAUAAACAAUCAAACUAUGAUAAAAUUCGGGGUUUAAUAAUAUUUUAAAAAAUGUGUGUAGGGGGAUAAAACAAGAUUAAUACUGUGCUGCUUACAUAUAUAACUAUGAUGGUAGGGACAUCUCUUUUUGUCUGUAAAUGAUAACUGAGGUAAGUGAAUUAUAGGUUACGGCUGAUAAGAGGUGGGUUUUAAAUAUGGAAUUGAUUUUAUUUUGAAACUGCGGCAAAGCUGUGAUAGGAUUUGGAAAAGUAGGAUACAGACAUAACCACCAAACAAAUUUUACGGAGGAGUUGCCCUCAAGCGAUGAUAGAGUAAAGAUGAUGAAAGACCAGGACACAUGAAGAGAGAGAGAGAGAGAGGACACUGAAAAUGAUUUGUUGUAGUUCCUCCAGUUUACCUCUAGAGGGAGCCAAAGAAUAUAAUUCAUCACAUCUGAACCAUAUUGAGUCUUCGCUGGAAUAGUGCUUUUGAGUUUCUGUGUUUGGUCUCCUUGUUCAAAUGGCAUUUCAGUUCUUGAUCGUUGAAGUUAAGACCUGUGACCCCUGGAGCUCUGAUCAGUGAAGGGAGCGGAGAAGUCAGCAGCUUUUCCACAGCACGAUUGCUGGAAAUGGCAACUUUCCAUGAGUCAACUCGCAUUUGCACACAGUGACUCAGAGUCACAAAGAGUUAAAGUGGGACACGAAGUUACCCUUGACAAAGACUGUGCAGGGUGUUGCUAACAAUAGAAUGGGCUGAUGUACAGUGACUGAUACUGAAAUCAGAGCUGCUGCUGAAAACCUUAACCACGCUCAUCCCCAUCUGACGCACAACAAACUGUGCUACUCCACAGACACAGCAGGCAGCAAUCCAUAAACUGUAAAUGUGCUUUAUGGCCACAUCUUAUUAAGGGAUGUACACCACUUUUUAACAUAUUGUUUAUAAAUUAUUCACAUGUGGUUCACUUAACCCUGGGUUGAUUGCAUUGUCAACACUGUUACUAUAAGUGCAAACAUUUAUUAUAAGAGGAUUUAGAAGAAAGGACUGGAGAUACAAUAGGGAGUGAGUGGUGACAUGACAAAGUAAACAUCUUAUAGUUAAACCUGUCGGAGGUCUGCUUUUAAAACUGUUGGUCUGGGCCUGUACCCUCAGAAAACUUGAAUAUAUCACUGUAUCGCCUUGUUGUAAGUCACUAUGUCUAGGAAAGUCUGCUCAUCAUGGCACACUGUAUGCUGACCUUUAAGCUUGAAUCAAGACUGCUUCUUCUGCCUCUAGGCUACCACUGCUUAUAAAUUUUUUUGCCACGUUCUUUUCCUUUCUAAUAAAGGAACCAUAAAAUAUUAAAUGGACUGAAGAUUAAACAAUGGAGACACUCAUGCCCCUUUUUCAUGUCCCUUAUAUAUCCUGAGGAUUUCAUCUCCUCCACUGAUGUGCGACUGCAUACCCUGCAAGUUACUAGUCUUACAUCAAAUCUCAAAGAGUAGAAGACGCGAUUAUUAUGCAGACAAGUACUGUGUGUUAUCUACAGUCUCUUUUUCAUGGUGUUUCUGCAGGAACAUUUAAAAACUUAUAUCAGUUUGUAUGAAAACUCACUCUGAGUAAACCAGCAACAUCUUGCAGUUUAGAAGAAUUUCACUUCAAAGGUGGUAAUGCUAGUGUAGGAUAAUUUUGUUGGCACAAGCUGUAGCUGUACUUUUAGUAAUAGAGAGAUUUAUUUACAUUUACAUAAAGCAAAUAUAACCCCCAUUAUCUUCCAUAUAAUGCUGCUGUUUGUAUAUCAGUUAAAAAAACAGUUAAAACAAUGAAACAGUAAUACCCUCAUGUAAUCAGCCAUGUUUUCCUUCUCCUUUUGGCCCCUUUUAUCACAUUCUCAAACAGUAAUUUUCCUUCUUUCCAGAAUAGUUUUUAUCUGAGCAGUAUGGUAAUGCAUGUAUAUUAGUGCUACGGACUCUUGGACAAGAAUUCAAUUAUAGUCAGAUCAAAGAUACUCAACGACAAAGAGAUGAAUGUGAUAAAUAAGGACAGUGUUUUUUAAUGUGAGGACGUUAUCUUCAUAGGACAGCAGAUUGAAUGCUGUUCUCAUUAUCUAUGUUAUUAUUGGAUCGUUCAUGCAUGCAUUCUACAUUAUUCAUAGCCGAUGGAAUCAGACUUGGACAAAGACUGCUGAUAUUGAUUUUACCUCCGCUGUAUUGGUCAUGUCAAAUCCUCUUUAGGUCACUUUUUUUGCAUGCUAUGUUUAAGGUUGAGCAGCAGAGGGCAGUGUGGGAAUGGUGUAGUAGAUGAUCUGUCAGGAGUAAUCCUGGAAAAGGGGGAGUGUGUCCAUGCUGAAGGCAUGUGUGCAAGUAUUCAGUGUGUCAGAAAUAUAGAAAUAGGUCAGAUUUCUGUGGGUGCCUGCAAACAAAAUUAGUACGCCAAGCAUGCAGAACUGGCACUCUGUGAAUAAGAUGAGACAAUUUAGGAACCAUUGUGGGAGUAAUGACACAUGAUGGUGGAUGAGUAAUCUGGAUUAGCAAAGAUUGUGUUUCUCUUAUAAUGCCACAAAGACAUAGCAAAUGGUAUUUUAACAAUACUAAACUUGUAACUACUCUGUCACUCAACCUUUUCUCUCUCUCUUAACACUGAUUCUCUCUUCCCCCUGUCUCUCUUUACAAUGAUCCUUGUGCUGCCUGCAGAGAAUGCUGGUUGCCCCUGACAACAGUUGCUAGGAAACCACUCUGGAGUGACUUCAUAGCAUCGGGCAUGCUUUACACUGUGGCUCACGAUGAAUAAAACCAAUUUACUUCCCUUUCAAACACAAAUGUGCAUUUAAAUAGGCGAAAAUACUUUAUAGUAGUGUUACCGAUACGUCCGUGCACACAUAUAGGCUAGUGUGGCGGGAAGGUAGGAAGUAUUUUUUACGUUAGAAGCGGCUUCUUCACUUCUGAUGAUGAGAAUAUGGAGUUUAGUGGAUUUUCUGUCAACUCUGUCUAAAUGAACAUGUUUCUACUCAGUAAGACCACAAAGGAGGCCGGCUGUUUCAAAGUUAUGGAAAUUAGAUUGAUUAUGUAUUUCUCUCUCUCUGUUACCGCAAUUCUCUCUCGCCCACUUUCUCUCCCUCAAUCCCUUAUGUCCUUCCCCUGCAAAACCCUGCUCACAUUACCCUCCACCAUCCAUCUUUCUGCCUCUCUAAUUCUUCGUCUCUCUGCAGUGGUGAGAUAAGAUGUUCCUCCCUCUGAACUGUGGCGAGGUGUGGGUGAAGAGAGGAUGGGCUUUCCCUCUCGCCCCUUAACUAUACCCCCAGGACUUCCGGCCAAUGAGGGAAGCCACACAGGGCGAAUGUAUGUUUCUCUAUGCAUGCUGGUGGAGGAAAUUCUCUGUGUGUAUGUCUGUGUAGGGUUGUAUCAGUGCGCGUGUGCAGCAUGUAUACUGGGAUUGCUGUUUAAUGAACUUUAGAUUGGAUGUCAGACAAAUUCCCUCUGGCUACAAUCAGCCCGCUCUCUCAAACAUGGCCAGGACCCUUGGCUCAGGGAAUUGGUUGAAGUAGUUUCACACUCCAAUAUAUCAUAGUAAAUCUCAGCCGUGGCCAUGAGUUCGACACCUAACAGCAGCGACCAAUUGCACUAAAAUCUUGUUAAAAGCUCCUGGAGUUAGUACAAACCCCUCACAGUCUUCAGAUGUACAGUAUAUGAGUGUUUUUUGAAGAUAUAACCGCAUAAAUUAAUUCCUGGAUUAACCCAUCUACUGUGCAGCAGCGUACUUUAAUUCUCCACCAGGAGAGGGAUUUAAAUAUUUAAAAAUAAUAAUACGGCUAAUUGAUUUAAACACUAAUUAAGUCCCCCUUGCUUAGUUUUUAAUCCAACAGAUACACAGCACAGUUAAUAUCAACUAACUGGAUUGCUUUUAACCUCUCUAAAUAGCUUAACCUGAUUGUUAAAUUGGGAUAUGGAAGUUGGGGACUUAGAUGAUACUUCCACGGCUGAGAACUUAAAACCAAAAUGUGCAGUUCUUUUACUGGCCACUGGGAACUGACUCCAAAAAGCAUUUGAAUCCCCACAGGGUUUAUAUUAAAAUCCUCAUCUUUAUUUACAAACAUAUUUACGAGGGGCGGGAGAAAAAAUCGAUUCACAUAAGUAUCGCAGUUUUUUGUUUUACUAUUUCUAAAUCACCUUUUUUGUUCAAAAAUCUUUUUUUUUUUUUCAAAUGUAAGAAUAAAUUUUAAAAACUGACUUACAUGUGAUGUUAAUUUUUUGGAGAAUAUGGUUCCUGGAAUUGUCAGUAGACAAUCAUAAUCAUUCAACUGUUUCAUUGGUGUUACAAUUGCAGACUAAAAAUCGAGAAAAUCAACAAUACCGUUGAAUCGCAAUUUAAAUCGCAUCAGCAUCCAAAAAAUCGUGGAAGAAUCGAAUCGGGAGAAAAGCAUUUCGUCCCAACCCUAAAAUUUCCAGCUUCCUACAAGAACAAUUCUAAUGUGAUAAUAUUUAUUGUCAUAUUUUAUUUGUUGUUUCAGCAUUUAUGAAAACUGCACCCUCACUUAUAACUGAUCUAACUUUGAGUUCAUUUUCUGGGGGACGUUUUACCUCUGUGUGGAAAAAAACAGUUAUUCACUUGCUUAUGAAUAAACCAAUCUUUUUAGGUAGCUGCCUUAAUGUCUAGUUCUCAGUAUUUAUUUAUAGGUGUGGAAACCAGACUUGAGACCUCCCUUCGAUAUCCACCCUACAGUCCUAGAAAGAAUUUCUGGGUCCAAAAUAUUUUUAAAAAAAUGAAAAGAUACAAAACCUGAUACUUUCAAAUGGCAGUCAACAAACACUAGCUAGAUGUAUUAUUUAUUAGUUAUUUCACAUACAAACAUUGAGAAAUUUUUGUUCCAUGACAAUUUGAUAUUGAUAGCAGCAACAAGAAUAUGUGCUCACAUUAUAGAGAACUUGUAGCAGCAGAGAGUAAGGUCUCAUGUCCCAACAGACCACCUGCAGUAUUGACAGUGAUUGUUAACAAGCACACAUCUUCUCUCUCGAACACCCUCCUGAGCUGAUGCAUGAUAAAAGAAGUGUGUUGAAUGAGAGUCAGCAGCAGUUCCCUCUCUGCUGGCAUUGAUUUAGCGGUAACGCUGUGACAGGGCCACACAUUGACUUAUGGGGCCCUGUGUUCCCAGCCAGACACCUGGGCACACACAGCGAAUAACGAUGAAUAUGAUGUUUCUUUGUUUCUUGUUUAUUUUUUCUCUUCUUUCUUCUGCUUUGCCACCUUGCUUUUGUUCAGUCUUGUAACCUUGAGUUGCUGAUUUGUGGAAGUUUUAGUAUUGUCACGCUUCCGCACAAAAAUAUAUUCCCUUGCAUGAAAAUACCAAAAAGUAAACUCAAUAAACCAACGACACAAACUAAAUUGACACUCGAGUGUCCACAGAGACAGAUGGGGCAGCAGGUUAAACAACAAAAAGGCAGCAGGUCAUAACAUGAAGCUAGAGUGUCUCUGAGAAAGAGAAGGAAAACUCCCUGAUGUAUUAAAUUGAUAAUCAUUACGAUUCAUUCCUUUGUUUUCAUGUGAAGUUACAGCCUGUUUAGCUACGGCUAAUUACCUCAGCCCAUUGGAUGACCGUUUUCUGCAGCAUAAUUGCAGCCCUCAGUGGAAACAAAAACAGCCUGAGACAAUUACAAGCCAUUCUCACAUUUGUCUGGCUCGCUGUAAAUGCUGUUUUUUUCCUGCCCCAAAAUAUUACAGCAAAAAUUCAGAAACUGCAUAAUAAUAUCUGAAAAGCAAGAUUAAAAAAAAAAAAAACCCAGCAGAGCAUUAGACCGAUAAAUCUUGGUGUUGUCAUUUUAGAUUUGCGUAAAGGAAACACUCAAGAGAGAUUCAUUUUGGGAUCCAGCUGCGGUGCUGGGACACGAGUGUGGUUAGAGGAGGGGGAUGGGGGGGACAGGGGAGGGUUUAAGGGCAAUAUAAGGGCUGUAUAUUGCAGUGUGCACUGCACUGUGCAGUAUUGUCCUGUGAUUGUAGAGGUUAUCAACCCCCAUAACCCAUCCAUCCCUCCGCUCCUUUAUGUAUGGCUAUGUGCAGCUUUAAUAGGAACUGGGAACGAGUUGGGGGUUUGGUUUGGUGUGUGUGUGUGUGUGUGUGUGUGUGUGUGUGAUUGGAGGAUCUGCUGACAGGUUAACAUUCACUGUCAGCAGUAAUGUCUGAUGGUGAUAUAUUGGGCUGAAUGUCUCUGUGGCUCACCGAAAACCUCAAGUCGACUAAAAAGAAAAGAUUCAUUUGGACCUGAAACUAUUUUUUUUCUUUUACAAAAGUACAGUUGUCCUUAAAAAACAUUAUUUAAUUCCAUAAAACACUGUGAGUCAAACUAAAGUGGCAACAUCCAAGCAUUACCAGGAUGGGAGAGUAACCAGACUACAGAAUAAAUCAAAUAGAGCACUGUUUGGUGGAAAAUGAGAAAAUAAGCAUUCUGGGAAUAGUGAGGGGUAAAGGUUCUCGGGGUUUAUUUAUGAGGCUAUAUUUAGAAGACUAUCAUGGGUCCUCUGCCACUCAGAGGUCAGGGGUCAACCGAAUAAUGAGAUUUGAGCUCUUCUCACUUCCCUCCUCCCUGCAGUGAUCUGUGCAGCACUUAUCCAAUUUUUACAUCAUCAGCUAAGUGUGUGUGUGAGAGAAUUAGGAGUUGAUCUAGUGGGUGGCGGUGUGUGUGUUCAUUCAUCUGUGUCUGGUUUGUGUCCUUGAUAUGUGUGUGUGUGUGAGUUUCAGCUGUGAUACAAUCAUAUGGUCUGAUGGCGCUGUUCCAUGUGAGGUGCUCGAUUGUCUGAUGUGAAGUGGACCAAGAAAUGCCGUCCUUUGAGAAAAAGCUUUGUAAAAGAAAUACAUGUAAAUGAGCCCUCUUCUGUGAUCAGCUAAAUAAUUACAAAUAUUGCUGAACAGCGUUCAUUGUUCACCACCAACAUUUCAUGUCCACUAUCCUGUAUUCCAAGUCAGAUAAUAAUCACAGUUUUCCAAAUUUUUCUACUAAAAUAGAAAAAUCACACCAGUAUAUUUGGACUCUGCGUUUUUUACAUCUGACACCAUUCCUGUAUUGACCCGCACACAGACAUGUGUAAGUCCACAAUAGCUUUGCCACCUGCAGGUUGACUGUUAUUGAUCUCGUCCAUAUGUUGUGCUGGGAUGUCUGUGUUUUCCAGGCCAGUGUGAGAUCUAUGCUGUUGUGCUGCAGCCGGUUCCCAUCCAUCCACUUUUUUCAUAGAUGCAGCGGUCAUUUGAAAAAGUACCAACGUCAUUUUUUUCAGGCUUUCACAGCGACCUCAAAAACUCAUGUUAAAACAUGCACAGUGUCUGUAUAAAGUCUUAUUCACCCAGAUUAAGGUUUGUAGUAGCUGACCGAUAACAGUUUUAGACAAUGCUGAUAAUUGGCCGGCUGGUUGGCCAAUGGCAAAUAAGAAAAAGUGUUGCUGAACUCAAGUGAAUGUUUUGUUGAAUAAAUGUAGACCGAAAAAUGUUGAAUAUUUUUGGGAUUUCUGACCAGAUAUCUGAAAUUUAAAAAAAUAAUCAGCAGCGUCAGAUGCAAUUUUCAUUCUGUUGCAAAACCAUAGUGGUCACUGAAGCACCCGUUUUGCCCUAAAUGAAUGAAAAGAGGCAAUAAUAGUGAAAACAUACAGAACCAUCUCUAUAAGCUGUGCAUUAAUUCUGAUUCUGAUUCGAAUAAGCAGAAGUACAAGGUUGAUUUUCUGUACAAGAGUAUUUAACAACCUUUAGGGACAGUAUGAUGCUUUCUAAAAUGUGAUGGUACAUGGUACUGUAAUGAAAUGCACUGUGCAAAAAGCUGAUGUAGAUCCUCCAGGGCAUGUCCACUGUGGCUAAUUUGGGUAAUCCAAUGUUUUUUUUUUCGGUCCUAUCUGGGUCACUUUACAGAAGCCAGACUAAAAAUAACGAAGAGGAGAAGAAAAAAGUGAAAAUAGGGACAGGACUUCACUGGCUGUCACGCAGCACAGCAGUGAAGCUCAUCACCUCAGCCACUGUUGUCUCCUCCUCACACAGCACGGUUAGAUUCGGGUGCAGCGCCUGAGGAAGGCAACCGGUACAGGAAUGCACCCUUUUUUAUUUAUAUAUUUUUCACUGCUCUGUGCUCUUGCUUUGUUGCCAUGGCAACGGCAAAAUGCAGCUCAGAGCAGAGGUGAUGAUAUGUCAGUGUUUUACAGCCAUGAUCACAAAAACACACUCACACAAACACAAAUGCAUGUCCAGUGGCACCCAGAAUUAUCGUGAAAAGACGCGGCUCGACUGCUCUUUAGAGAAAGAUUGAAACCAUCAGUGAGGAUGAGAAGCCUGUCAUUGAAGGACUGUUGCAGCAGCCUCCCAUGACCUGACACAUGUAAUAGCUGUAUACAGUGGGAUACAGAGCAGCUGGAGCAGCUCCAGCAUGAAUAUGAGCAAAAAAAAGGGAACCUGUUUUUCGUGGGUGUUUGUGUGUUUUAGAGGGUGACUCACGCCUUGUCUAUUAAGAGAAUAGAGGGUGAUCAGGUUGCUAGGCGAUUAAGAGCUGCUAUUGUCUGGAGGGACAAUAGUGGCCCCUGAGAGUGCGCUCUCUCUUCUCUUUCGUUUUUCUUUCACACACACACACCAAUAAUGUACAUUUUGUCUGACCCCUGCUUCGAGCUUGGGCGGGAAAAAAAGGAGUUGACAGUGAGCAGGAGGACUAGAAAAGAGAAGCAUAAUGGGAGGCUGAGAGAGGAGAGGAGAGGAGGGACAGAGGAGAGGAAAGAGGGGAGGAGAGAAGGAGGGAGACUAGAAGAGAGAGAAGAUAGAGAGCAUAGGGAGAGCAGUAGCAUAAAAAAAGACCUGCAAUCAUUUGCCACAUUGAAGGGAACAAAUGUAGCUGGAGGCAGUGAGGGAGAGUGAGAGAGGGGGACAGGCAAAGAGAGAGAGAGAAGGAGAGGGAGAGAGAGAGAGAGAGAGCAUGGACAUUGCACAUGAGCACCACAGUGCUGUAUAGAAGAAGAUCACACAACUGACAGGUCGGUGAAAGGAGGAGAGGAGCUGGGAGUUUGGCACUGCCCUCUCUCCUCCUGCUCCCCUCAGUGUGUGUGUGUGUGUGUGUUUGUGUCUGUGUGCCUCCAUACACACACAGACACACAGACUCUCUCUGUGUGCCUGUCAGUGAGCUGGACUUUCUGGGUGGGUAGGGAGCUGCGUUUUGUAGAGGGAGAUGCUCGCUCUGAGGAUGAGACAGCGUUUCUAACAGGAUCUAUUUGCGGACUGGGAUAAUACAGCAACACAGCAAAAGGGGACUUGAGCCCACCGGAACCAAACUCAAUCAGCCAUGGAGGGUCUGCUGUCACCAAUGAGGACGCGGGUAGGUUACCAUGGGGAUUACCGAGCAUCUAAACCACUGUUUCUUCCACAGGAAUCCAUCAGCAGUAGACAUACUGGGAGGUAGCAGCUUUUGCAAACUGCUGGAAAUGAAUCAGUGCAUGCAUGCCGCUGUCACUGUGGUGAUGCUUGAACUCGAGCUGAGAAGUUUCCAGAGCUACCAGCGUUGCCAGGGGCGAUGGGCAGAAUGCUGAGCGAGUGUGAGGUUACAGAUAGUUUAUACAAAUGUUAAAACACUGCAGAGAAAACUGAUGCAGUUUGCAUGCAAGGUUUAUGAGCUUUCUAGUGUGUGUCCGUGCGCAGAUUAACAAGGGGCUGCUCUGAAAGAAUGACUUAGUGUUUCCGAGCCGUGCCUAUCUCCCUUCAGUACAAAUCCACUGGCCUUUUUAUUUAGGGUAGAAAGAGAGAGGAGAUGUACAAGGGAGGAACUGGUUUCAAUUUAUACAGCAAAACGGGUGUAUGUCUGAAAGUGUUGAUUCACUAUUGUUCUUACUAGGAAGACCUAACCGCUCUAUAAACCAUGGGAGCGUUUAGGUUGGUGUCUCAGAGAACACAGUCCGACUGUUUUCUAGUGAAUGUCUGUGUCUGUUCCAUACAAGAAAGGGUAAUGAAGUAGAAAAUGGUUUGAGAAAAACAGUGUGUUCAUGUGAUAUUCGGCAGCAGUGUGAGGACAGUAAUGGACCCCCAGAGGUGUCUUCCUAGCCGAGAUGAGAUCUGACACUUAAACUUACUUGUUUCAGCAGUUUUAUGUUGAGGAAUGUGUUUGAAAGGAUAAGGUAGGCUCUGUAUUGUAGACGCUGUGAUGGUGGUAUUAAUGUUUAUAAAAGCAUGAUUGCGUAUUGGAGAGGAGAGUAAUUUGCAGUUUCUAACAGUGACAAACACAUUAAACAUCGUCUUUGAAAUGAAGUUUCGCACCUUUUAAACAAUGCUCUUUUGUAUUCUUUAUAGUCUCAGACACACACCCCUCCCCCUCCUCUUUAUUAUAGCGCCACAUAGUUAGACCUGCACAGCCACAACUAAAUACUUGGUGCAUCUUCUUAGAAAACCACACAUGGGAAUAUUUGCAUGGUUAGUUGUUUGUUCUGUUUGAUCAUAUUCCAGCUGUGAACCUGUUCAGUGUCUCCUGCUGCACAAACCUCAGUUUUUUUUUUAGGGCACUGAAAGGGUUAAAUCUAAGUUGACCUAAUGGUGCUGUCACACACGAGUGCAUUCAUCUCUUCACCUCUCUAUUCUCGUCUUUACAAUUUCCCUCAUCUUCAUCAUCCUUUUUAUAUUAAAGCUAACUGUGUGUCCGUCUCUUUCUCACCUCUCUGUCCUGUUUGUCUGCCCACCUGCCUUACUGCCUGUCUGUCUGUCUGUCUGUCUGCCCCUCGCUGUGCUUUGGCAGUUAUAACGAGCGCUGUAAUUGGUAUUUGCAGAUCCGCCCAUGAUAUAAGCCAAAGAGAGGAGUGUUAGCGGGGCCGUUUGGAGAUAGACUUGGCUUCAAAGACAUGGCACCAAAUCAAGCCCGCUAUAUCUGUGCUGUCUGCCACCAUGGCCAGAUUUGCCCACCAGCGUUUGGGAAUCACUCUCAAUGGCUAAAUGACUUUUGCAUUUAUCUUCAUCAGCCACAUUGAGCUUCACAUGCCCCACAGUUGAUCUUCUCAGUUUUGGCAUGAAAGUCACUUUCAUAGAUGGAUGUGAAUGAAUCAGAGCAAAACGAGCCAGGGCAGGAGUCCCUCUAAGUUUGCACGGCAUUAUCUGGAUUAAAUGUGAUUUUUUUUCAUCUUUGGUGUUGAACCUACUUAGAUUUGACACUUUCCUCAUCCCAAAUUUACUUAGAACAAGCAGUGGAGGUUGCAAGAGUUAAAGAGGAUCAAACCUUUCGAAAGAAAGACUGUUUUCACAUGUUUUCUUGUUCGGGGAGAGCACCAAUGGGAUGUUUAUCAGUGGCAGCUAGGGCUGGGCGAUAUGGGAAAAAGUUUAUCACGAGAUAUUUUUUUCAUAUCAGUUGGUAUUGAUGUAUAUCACGAUAUAAAAAAUGAAAUUUAACAGUGCUUAUUGGUAGCAUGUCCUUUUCAAUACAAUAAGCUGCAUCUAUGAGGUCUUGGUGUCUCUUCGACGUUUUGUCGUAAGGUGUUGCGCUGGAGAAAGCGGACAGAAUGGUCGGCUGUUUCGGCUGCACAGGCGCCAUGGGCUUCUUGCUCCGCUCUGGGGUUUGAAACCUUUUGCAGUGGGCUCUGCCGCGUGGCACUGCUUCAGGUGGUGAAAAAGAUUUGAGGUAUUCCCCGGCUUUGUGAGAACAUUCACUCAACAUAAUUUGCAGUGCACAUUACUCUGCUUCGUGUCCGACCUCAAAAAAACAAAAUACCUCCACACCGCAGACAUUUUCGUGCCACUGUUGUCAACGAUGUCGUCAUCAGUUGAGCCUUCAUCCACAUUUCUGCCGGGGGGUAGCACUUAUUUUCCUUUCUUCUCACCAACAGUGCUGUCAGGCUUCACGUGUUUAAAUGCUAUGGUUGCGUGUAGCUGCAGUCUGCUACCAAUGCAGUUGUUCGCCACUUGGUUCUAAUUCAGCACAUGAUUGGUUCAGCAAGAAGUGGACCCGGAGCAAAUCCCCUUUUCAUUGGCUUUAUAUUGAUAUUGAGGGAAAUGAAUUUUUGAUAUUUAUCGUUAUCAUUUUAUCGCCCAGCCCUGUGGCAGAGCAGAAAACAUCAUCAAAGCUCCCCUUUGCGUUAAUACAAGAAAAGUGCCAUCUCCUCCAUCAGUUGCUCUAAUGUGUGUUAUGUUUUUACUCACAUAAACCACAGCUAAAUUUGUGUUUCUCUUAUAUCAAAAGACUUAAAAGAACCAUAAAAAUCAAUUUCUUUUUGUCUUUGUAGGGCGGUAUUCCUCUAGGUCUCGCCUCAGGGAUACAGAAAAGGUGACCUCAAGCUGAAGAUAACACACAUGGAAUAGUAAUAGCCUACUAAAAGCUGCACAGCCUCUCAUCCCCUGCUCACUAAAAUUGGAAAAAAAAAGCGUACUGCUUAUUUGAGAUGGCUCUGUAGUGGACUUUAGAGGAGUUGCACUCGUAUCUCCUUGAAGCCCUCUUUCCUCUGCUGCACUCCGUAUCGCUCUUCCUCUCAGUUUCUUUAGUUAGGAGGACAGUAAUGGGCAGUGGAGCAGGAAAAUGAAAUAAAAUAAGCAUCAGUGAACUGUGCGUCAGCGUUGCCUUUUUGUGUAGUUGCAUAUCAGGAAAACAGGUCAACACAAACACACAAAACAUGCAGAAACAGAGCAACCAUGAGGAGAAAUAACGUAGACAAUUUGUUUUGAUAUCUCUCUUUUCGUCCUUUUAAUUUGAGGCACAACGUCUACAUCUCUCCUCCGCUAAACUUUGCAGAGAGAAAGAGGAGAAAACGAACAGACGCAAACUCUCCCAGAAUCUAAAUCAGAAAGAUCAAGUUCUUCUGUUGGUAUCCCCAGUUGUAUGUAAUCUAUGCAUAUAGGUCAGUAGAACAAGUUCUUCCUUCUUCUGGAAAUGUGUUGUAUCUCUCAUCAUGCACACAUUAUCAGUCAGUGUGUGUCUGUACGUGUCAGCUCUGCAGUCAGCUCCUCCUGUGUUAGUGGAUCAAUAGGGAGUAGUUAUCAAGAGAUUAACCCUGUCAAUGCUUUAUCAGUCCAAUCAGAGAAACUCCUCCACCCUCACUCCAUCUCUUAUUCACUCCAUCACUCUCUCACUCUUGUCAUUUAACUGCUGGCCAGCCCUCUUUUUUUUUCGACACAGUGUCAUCUCCUCUCCUGUCUUUCCUUGUUCAGGUCAUGCGAGUGCGAAAAUGCAUGUGCAUCCAGCUGCCCAUGACAGAUGGAGCCGUGGCAGGAGAGGCUCAGGGCUUGGACACAUAUGCGCCCUCACCCAUGUGCACAUAUUUAUUUUAUUAAAGAGUGUGCAGCACGCGCGCUUACACACACACACACAUUUCUCACCUUCUCUCCCUUUAUGUUGCUGCUUCAGCUCCACUGAAUUGCAUGCGAAAAUCAGCCUGAAUCAUCCUCCCGCACUCUCAAAAUCCCCACAAGCCGUGGGUACCAAAUGUUGUUGUUCCCCCAACCCCCCCUGCUUUUCGUUCUUUCCUCCUUUCCUCUACAUCCCCUCCGUCCGUCCACCUGGUUCAUUAGUGGGCGGACGGCUGUCAGAUAGCUGAGGUCAGAGUGUUACAGAGGGGAGGACACGGCAGCCAAAAGGGAAACUGCUAGACCCUUGUCCCUAAAGCCGGGUGCCUAGCUGCCUGGAUGAAAAUAAUUAGGAAAGAAAGGCAGGGCUAGGGGGGUUUGGAAAAAGGUGGGACUGUCUUUGGCAAUCACUCUCUCGCCCUCUCUCUCUCUCUGUAUGCACACACAUACACACACAUACACAUACUCAAUGCACAGCGGGUUGGCUGGCAGCUUUUAAAGGCCUAAGUAAGCAGGGUUGUCUGGUGGCUGGAACCACAUGGGGCACACACACACACACACACACACAGUAUGUAGAGCCCAUCUCCCAGCUGUCACCUUAGCCUAUGAAGUGCAUUGCCAAGGGUAGUUACAAUGAGGGGGCAGGGCCUUUAUACAUUUUAAGCAACAACAUAUUGUAAUGUAAUUGAAACUGGAAACCCAGAGUUAUUCAGGUGCCCCUUUUAUGAAGAAAGCCUACAUUUUUAAUACACAAAAUUUUGCUUCCUUUGAGGUAGCCGAUUUUUCAUUCGUAUUUUAUCACGAUUAAGGCUCCUGUGAGGAAAAAAGAGCUGUUUGUUAAUCACUUUGGCAUUAAAAUGACUAAAAAAGAAUGAUCAGUCUUCCUCCUGCUGCUCCUGUCUGCAAUUGUGGAUUAAGUGGGCUUCGGUUUUCAUCUUAGUAUGUUUUAUAAACAGUAAAAAAAAAAAAAAAAAAAUCUCUCAGGAGUUUCUAACUGACAAAAAUCUCUUCGUCGAUGACACACAGAGGGACAGAGGUGUUGUUUUGCAUUGUUGGACAAGAUCAGCGAGGCACCACGCAGAGAGAGAGAUGUCGUGCUGUUUCCUGGUUGAAGCUUUUUUUUUUUUUUCUCUCUGCUGAACAUCUUUGCUUACCCGGUUUGAAAAUGUAACACUGCACGUCAGCCAUAAGUCAUCUCUGAUUAUGUUGGUGGUUGUAUGUGUGUGUAUGUGUGUGCCCUUCUAUGUCAAGCAUGUCAAACUCUCUCUUGUUCCCUUGAAGAGGCCCAAAUGAUGAGAUCAACCAGAGCACAGCUGAACAACCAGGGAAGCAAACCAGUGAUGCACUUAAUGUUAGACGUCGUCAUGGAAACACAGGGUGCAGAUUUUCCACUUCAUUGGCUGCUAUCAGGCUAAGGGCAAUCUUCAAAUUAUUUCCAAGAAAGGCAAUUGAGAGAUGGGAGGGAAAAAUUAGUCAAGUGUUCGUCAAGACAGUUAAAAGACACAGCAAGACUCAGGAGUAUGCAAAUGAGAAAUUUACCGUAACAUCAUCCUUCAAUUGAAAGCAUGUGUUGUUGGUGUGUUGCAGUUGAAACCAUGCACUUUGGAUUAAAGAGCCUCAAGCAGUCCCAUUAUGAAUAUUGACUUUAUCCGUGUAAUUGCAUAGAAUAGACAGUCCCCGAGGUCGUUUCUUUGUACUGCUUUUAGCCUUCAGAGAAUCAGAAUGGCAAUUACACGUUUCCCUAUUGGAUUGUAAUCACACACAUAUACACACGCACACACACAAACAUGGAGCCGCCCUUGACGAACAAGCAGAGGAAUGGUGGUGUCAACCCUGCAACAAAGAAUGACCCUGCACUGAACAGGUAUCAUACAUCAAACGAUCAUUACAUCUGCAUGGCACAGACAAUUUCACAAAUACGCACACACUCACAUGUGUGCACUCACACAGGAAAUAAGAGGUUCUAUCUUCCUUUUUGCCCCAUUACCUUUUAUCUCUUAUCUUCUUAAGUCGCACACAAUUAAGCUUUGCUUCCACUCUGUUACUCUGCCCUUUCCACCUCCACCUCACCAGAGACCUGCCCUUUUUCCACCAGUUUCUCCCCUCUCUCCUAAACCAUCCUUCCUCCAUCCCACCACAGCUUCCCCUGAGCUCCAAACUCUGACAUCUUAACAUGAGCAGGCAGAAAGCCAGAGCUGGUCAGCGGCAGCAUUCUGAGAGUUUGAUUGGAGGAGGAAGAAGCGGGCUUGUGUCAAUACGGCCCUAAACGGAGGAGAGAGAAAGAAAGGAGCAUGAUUAUCGCUGAGCCAUAUUUCCAUUGCUCUCAGUUCAUGCAUUUCAGCAGAAACGACCACAUGAAACAAACCAACACUUAGUUAUCACAGUUGAUCUCCAGCAGCGACUGUGCUGUUCCUGCUCUGACCUCUUCACAUGCACUGAGGGAUGCUGGCUUUAUUACAAUUACAAAUUCAGUCUGAAGUGCUGAUUAGUGCAAAGAAGAAUCACUCCCCUCUGCCAGUGCAAGGAUUCAGGUUCAGUCCCCGGCUGUGGUGGUUCCUGAUCCUGACCCCUUUGAGUACCUAACUGGCGAAGUUGCAGGUAACAGACUCAAAGAAUAUCGACUUGCAAAGCUUUGACAACCUUCGACUACUUCAUUAAACUUCAGAUUUUUAAAAGUAGUGUUUGAAUCUAUCCCCAUUGGACCUCUACACCUUCCUUAGACUUGAUCCAGCAGCAGGAGAACUGUACUAAAGGAAAAGGCAAUCCAGAGAAUAAGAGCGGCAAUCACAGACACUAAAGGGGAAAAUGGAUUUCUGAUCAUUUUUGUUCAACAUCAGUGACCUUAAAAAGAAGUAUUUAAAAUUUGAAACAUUUAUUUAAAAAUGCAGUGUUGCUGAUUAAAAUAUUUCAUGUUUUUUUUCUUAUAAGAAGCUACCAACCCACUGAAUUUAGAUAUUACAGCUCACAAAGAGCUGAGCUGAAAUAGCAAUGCACAGAUUUUACAUUUGUACUCUUUCUGCUCUGUCGCGUUAAUGCCUCAUACAUGACUGCACAAAGAGACUAAGACACUGAACACUUCCACAUACGCAUGUAUACUGAUAUACCCGCACAAAAAAAAGUGCUCCUGCUGGUCACUUUUCAUGCUUCAUAACGCCUGCUCCAUACGGCUCCAAGCGUAUGGACCCAUGUACUGCUGCCACCAGACAGCCAUAUUGAUGUCGGCCUGUCAACCUCCCAGAGGCAGAGGCGAGGGCUCGGGCAGGUUUAAAGCUGCGGGAAGAAAAGAUGGAUGAUGGAAUGGAGGGAUAGGAAAAAACAGAGUGAAAGAAGAUGGAGAUGAUGAAGGGCCUCGGAUGAAAAAGGACUAAAAUGUUCAGUGUGGCGAAUAGGAUGUGGAGGAGGGGUGAUCUUUAGAGGCUCUCUUGAUUUUCAGCCUCUGAUUUCUGAAGCAGUAGUCCAUGACACUGCAGACACUUUGCCAAUCCCAUCCGGCUUCACUGACCUUAUUGGUUUGUCUCUGAGGGGGAAGUCAGUGAGGGGAAAUGUGCUUUUAAUAAAUAUGCUUUUCUAAAAUAGAUCUACUUCAAGAGAGUGGCUGUUAGAGUGCCCACAUCCUCAGCUCCAGAGUCCAGACAGCACUUGAUGUUUUUCUAAAUCCUUUUUGUCAAUGUUUUCACCUCAUCCUGUCUCUGGUUAUGGAAACUGUGCAGUGGUUGCCAGGUAUCCUAUUAUCCCCUCCAUCUGCAUUUACGCUGAAUUAAACCCAAAUAUGAAAUCAAGGUUGCCAGAUUGAUGCUCAUAUAUUCUCAGAGGAAUACUUACAUCACUCUAAGUGUCCCGCUGACCCUCUCUGCUCUCAUUACUGCUUGUUAAAACGAUUAAAUGUGACGUGUGUCAGAUUUAUAACUCACCCCUGUGUGUGUGUUGAGGUGUGUGCACACGUGUGUGUUUGUUUUAAUCUGAACAGAUGUGAGCAUCUGCCAUUGCAGUUAAGGCCAUUAAUACAUGUCUAGAGGUGUUUGUAUGUGGAUGCGUCUGCUUUUGGGGAACAGCUGUUGUUGUUUGCUGUGUGUUUUGUGAGUGCACGCACGUUUGCAAGUCGUCUGCCAUACCUGAUUUUAAAAAUGCAUGUGCAUUUAUGACACAAAGGAAGUCAAUGAGGGAGUCUUUUCCUGUUUGAGAUUGGCUGGAGCCUCAGCUUAAUGUCAACACAGACUGAAACAGCUACCACAGUCACAUUAAGAGGAUAUGGUAUGAACUGAUUAGAAAUUAUGGAUGCACCGAUCCAAUUGUUGGAUCAGAGAUCGGCUUCGAUGUUGACAAAUUAACUGGAUCGGAUAUCUGAUGAAUGACGCAGAUCCAGAAUUCUGAUCCAGUCUUUUUAUUCUUUUAAUUCAUAUCAUACACAGCAACACAGGAUUCUGCUCGCUCUAUAUUUGAUGUCUGACUAUCCUUUUGCACUAAAUGUUUACACGAAAGUCUUCUUGCUGUGUGCUAAUGUGCAAUUUGUUAUUUGUUAAUAAAUAAUAUUAGGUCAAUUUAAAUUUGUGUUAAUUUGUUACCUUUUUUUUUUUAGCAAGGCUUAAUGUCAAGCCGGAUGCCUUCACUCACAGGGCAAGGUAUACAGUUCAUUCAGCCAACAGUAGUAUUGAAUCAGUAUCGGAUAUCGGCCGAUACACUCAGGUAUCGGUAUCAGAUUGGAUCGGAAAAAAAUUGAUCGGUGCAUCUUCAUUAGAAACGAACCUCAGAUGCUCUUUUUAGUUCGGGUUGUGAAAAAGAGUCUAACCUUCUUUUCCCACGUUUCAACUUUUGCUGCGGUUAGUUUGUUCUCAGUCAAAGGCUGUAUUUAAAGCUACAUGUCAACACUUGUGCAGGUGUUGAAUAGAACUCAGGAAAUGCUCUUAUCAUGCACACAAAAGACACUAUGAUAAGUGAUUCAAAGGAAGCCAGCCCUUCCCAUUCAGUACACCAUUAACCUUACGGGAAAGGUUGCCAAGCAAGUCACAAAGUGGGUGCAGUUUGUUGUUGUGUGAUUAUUAUGUAAUUAUACAAUUGAAUGGAAGCAGUUUCAAAAUAACAACAUUUUUUUAACCACAGCUGUGAUUUUUCUAAGAGAUUAGAUUGCACUGAUCCAACUCUGUGGUAAAAGAAUAUGUAGAUGUAUGUGUUGCCUCUGCAUCUGUGGACCAGUUGGGACCAUGUUGCAGUUUUAAAUCCUAUAUUUCCUGUCCUUUAUUAAAACCUAAGCCUCUGUGUUUCAUCUCCUCUUAGAUCUUUAUCCCGUAUUUGUACUUUUUAAUUUAUCCACCUCUAAUAACCUUGUCCCUGAGCGCUGUCGACAUGUUGCAUUUCAUGCUCUGACCACCAGAGCGCGCUGUGUGAUGGGAUUCCCCUCGCUCGGCUUAGAGCUUCUUUAAAUCCUGAGCUCCAGCACUUGAAAGUUGAAUCUAGUUUUGUGUGCUGGAAAAGAACAUGCUCUCUUGCUUUCUUGUGUGAAGGAGUGUCUUCACUUCUUCCUGUGGGCCCUUCAGGGAGGUGAAGUGAAGUGGAGUGAAGGGAGUCUCUCCACAGCAGAGAGAAAAAACUUCUUUCCUUGCUUAAGAUUCUCAGCUGUCAGGAGCAACCAGCCUUCGCCCUGUAGUGUCCUGUCUGAUGUAUGGAGCCAAUAAGCACAGACCCUCAGCUCUAAUGAACAGUAGUCUGCCACCCUGCUGCUGCCCUGUGUGUGAGAGAGCUGGCCAUUUGGCCCUGAUAAACACCCGGCUUCAUGGUAUGACUCCACAGUUCCUCUCAUCCUUCUUCUUAGGAGACAUACAGACUUGUGGGGAUGGGGGGUAGGGGGGGGCACAGAUGAGGCAGCGUGUGUGCGAGGUGAGCAGAGAACUGUUAUGUGUAUAAUUAAUGACCUCAUCCUGAUCCUCCUGCUGUCCAAGGAGGAGACGAUGAGCAGACAAAAGACAAAAGAGCAGGAAAAAUCAAGAGAGGAAAUGACAAGAAGGGGAAAGGAGACGACUGCGGGGGACAAAGAGGUUGAAGGAGAGAAGCAUAUGUUAAAGGCUUCACUCGAUAAAUAAUGAGGUUUGACGGUGACCGAGUGGCCAUCCCAUUACCCCUGCUGCCACUGAAGGGGCAAUUACAAAAGAUUUAACCCCCUCCUCACCCCACCCCCCAAAAGAAGAAAAAAAAACAUGCACACUCUCCUUCUCUCUGUUUCUCUUUCUUCCCACUCAAUCCCUCUCCUUUUAUAUUUUUAGUACACCCCAAUCUUCCCAUGCCCUCACUUUGAUAUAAAUGGUAGCCACCAAAGCGGGUAAUGGUGGCUGAAUGUAAAUCAGUAGGUAAUGUGAGAAAUAGAGACUUUGGCUUGCUGAUAAAUCUGUGCAGAAGUGCAGCAAGGACAAAGGUGGGAGGAGAGUAGGGGGCAACAUGUCUGUCUAGUUGGAGACUCUCUGACUGUCAAGGCUGUGGUCCCAUGUUGUCUGUCUGGGCGGCCCAUCUUAGGCUUCCUCAUUAAAUCUAUCCAUUCAGGAAUUACAACCUGAGAACAAGCGAGGAAGUAGCUACCUUAAAUUAAUCAGCGUAAAACCACACACAGUCAAACAAGAGUCGUAAUUGUACAAUUUACAUCCUCAGUAAUGGGAGGGAUGGCCUGGAGUCAUGUCAAGGAGGUGGAGACAUGCUCAUAUUACGACUCUCCUUCUAACCCUGAAUCCCCGAAGGGCUCUCCUCCUCCUCCUCCUCCUCCUCCUCCUCCUCUACACGUUAACAAAGACAAUCUGCCUGAGUCAUUCGGCCAGCAUUAGCAUUGGUUUGCAGGGCAGUCUAGGUUCUGGUGCACCUGUCAGAGGUGUGGGCCCCAUCUGCAGCAUAACAAGCAUCUCAGUCCCCUGCCUGCAGCAAGAGGAGGAGCUGGCACGGUCUGGUUUGGGUUACUCAACUCCUGAGAGGAUGCAGGCGUGUGUGUUGUUGAUUAUAGAAUGAGUAGGUCAUGCUGGCUCAUUAUAUGAACAAGGAAAUGCAAGAAUGUGCACAGGUGCAUCCCAUUUGUAUUUUGUUUGUUAUUUCGUGGUUCGCAUGCCUGAGGGAUUGAAUGAUUCAUUGUCUAUGAAGAGUUGUGUAGUUACAAGGGGCUGAGAGGUUUACAAGGUUAUAAGCACAGCUGCAUCCUGUGUGUUGACAAAUGAGUCUGAGGAAUGAAAACUGUUUGUCCGGAGUGUGCGUAGUGCAGGAAGGCUGACGGGAGGAUGUGGGGAUUUUAUUCCUCAAACAUUUGCUCAGUUAUUCCAUAACUGUGUAAUUGAAGUUUUAGCUGAUGAUAGAGUAAAAUGAGAAUGUGCUUUUUUAUUGGUAAUAAACAUAAUUUCAUUCAUUUUUUUGAGUAGUUUGAUGCUGUAACUCUUGGUCAUGGUGCUCUGGAGACUUAUUUCUGCACCUCUUUAUCUGGGCACAUAGAACCUAUAGGACAAUGAUCCAUUACCCAUAUUGGUAACACUUUACUUGAUGCCUAUCUCUAUAAUGCAUUUUAAAUAUAUGUAUGAUGCAUUAUAAUCAUGUUAUAGCACUGUAUAACUAUAGUUAUAAACACUCAUAAAUGAGCAUAAUGCUUUAUAGCAAUUAUCAUAACACAUUAUAAAGUGUUUUAUCAUGACUCACAAGCUCAGGUGUUAUAAUGUGUUAUAACUGUUAACAACUCACUGACAAUACCCACAUAGAUAAUGCAUUAUACAUAUACUUAUGAUGUGUUAUAAUUUGCUUAUAAACUUGUAUAACUAUCAUUGUAAACACUUAUUAAUUAUCAUAAGGCUUCAUAACAGUGAGCAUAACACAUUAUAAUACCUUAUCAUAGCGAUAAAUAUACACAUUUAUAAGCAAGUUAUAACACAUCAUAAAUUUAUGUAUAAUGCAUUAUCUAUAUGAGCAUUGUCAGUGAGUUGUUAACAGUUAUAACACAUUAUAAUACCUGACCUUGUGAGUCAUGAUAAAAUGCUUUAUAAUGUGUUAUAAUUACUGCUAUAAAGCAUUAUGAUCAUUAUGAGUGUUUAUAACUGUAGAUAUACAGUGCUAUAACGUGAUUAUAACGCAUUAUACAUAUAUUCAUCAUGCGUUAUAUAGAUUUUCUGCCCACUGUAUACUCGGCACAAUGACAUACAUUUAAACAUGCAAACCCGUGUUCCCCAUUUUCCCAGUAUCCAAGUGUUUCCCCUGGAGAGUACGAUCAUGUAUAACCCAUUUCCCCUCAUGAUCUGGCCUGUAAAGAUUAAAUAUGUAGCUGUAUCAUCAAACAUUUACAACUCACGCUGCUACAAAUCAGAUUCCUAAUCGUGUGUAGACUUUGGGGACUGAGGCUCACGUGCAUGUUUUGAUCCUAAGUUGAUGUGAAUGUGCCGUUUGCACGCUGGAGUAAUUCAGGAAGGUCGGGACUACUUGCAGGCUGAUGGCCUGCUUCCCGGAGUGUUAAUUGUUAAAUCAGUGUUAGGGAAACAAUGUUUUCUUAUCCACUUAGUGGUGUUUGUGAGUGUGGGCCUGUGCACAUCUUUCUGUGUCUAUUGCUGCCUCCUCGGCUCUGGGUAAAGUGGGCUGAGUUUACUGGGGCAGAAAAUGGUGAAGCGUGACUCAAUCCAGCGCCUUCAUACAACCAGCCUCUGAAAUAUGCCUCUGUCGCAUUCUGUCUGCUCAGUGCCUCUUAGACACACACUCACUCAGUGUCGAGAGGCUUGUAUGUAGGGCAGGGAUGACAGAAACAAAUACUCUGACCGAGAUACAAAAGGUGGAAAGUGUGUAAAUGUGUUUUGGAAAUGGCUGUUGAGAUAUCUUUUUGUCUACGUGGUUAUUCCAGUGAAACUUUGCCUCGUUUCUCCUGAGUGUGAGUAUGUUUUGCUAAAACUCAAGGUGACUUCACUGGAGCUGGAAUGAUAAAAAGAUAGUCAAGUGCACCUGCUUCCCUCUCUUUCCUUUCGAGUAGCCACACUCACACAUCCACACAUACUCAGCUGUACUGAGAGAGACAUCGAAGUAACAGAGAGCCAUUCACUGUAAUGUGGAAUGACAGAUUUGGGGUGCGGAGUGACACAGCAAAAUUCAGAUUACCAAUAGCGCUGCAGAGAAUGACUUAGCAGGAUCCUUCUCAUCAUCACUUGCUGUCCUUCAUCACUCGAGGGAGGAGAAAAAGACAUCAAAAAGAGAAAAAAAGAUUGAGUGUCAGUGGGAAGAUAAAAAUACCCAGUGAUCCACAAUGCAUAAAAACAUGUGAUAAUGCUAAUUAUAGUCAGGCUAAGUGGUAGACAUAGAAAAUGAAGCUAACACAGUGACUUAAGGUUUAAGGCCAUUCCUGCAGACGAAGAUUAAGUGCAGACAGACUUUAACACCUUCUUGUCUGGUGUAUGUGAACUGGCAGUAAACCUUUUAAACAGUUAGCUCCAAACACAUGCUUAAGCUGCUUUAUCAACGUGUCUGGAUGGAUACUAUUUUUGAAUCAGCCAGUGUGUGUUCCCAAACCUCAAACCACUUGGAACGCUGCCCGGAGUUUGAUUAGCACAUAUCCCUAUUUUCCACGCCAGGUGGACAUCACAAUCGAUUAGUCUCUCACAGACACACACACUCACUGUACUUGUUGUUCAAUAUUAGAAUUAUAAGAGACCAAAGCUGUCCUCUGAGCUGUGGCUAUGGUUCAGAGACAGAGAGGCCUGAAAAGAGGAAGUUUGCAAUGAUCAAUCUGAGCUGCUGUAAUAGUCACCAGCAUGGCCUUCUUCAUGCUUACUGGAUCACGGGGACUGUUGACUUCCAUGAGGGAACCAGGAGUGGAGAGGAGAAAAUCUUCUCAGACCUCAGUGCGCUUCAUCUUAAGGUACUGUAACGAGUAGUUAAGAACUCACUGAUGUAGGGUGACCAUACAUCCUCUUUUACCUGGACGUCCUCUUUUUUAGGGGCUGUCCGGCUUUAUCCAGCUUUGUCUGGGGAAGUCCUUAAAAUCCUUCAAAUGUCCAUGGUUUUUUAUGUAAGUUUCGAUUUUGUGUCACAUGGAUUUACUGAGUUAGAAGCGUGUAAAAGACACUUGAUCCAACCCAAAAUUAACUCAGUGCAACUCCGUGACUCCACCCACAGGUAGUCGUGUCCUCUUUUUGGGAAGUCAGAGUAUGGUCACCCUAACUGAUGCAACAAGCCUGCUUUACGGAUACUUUUUUGUACAGUUGCCACUGAAAAGUAUCUGAAUCUUUUCAAUAGUUUCUCCUUAGUCUAAAUUAUUCUGAUGUUUGCAUUGUGUGUUUGCCUGUUCCACUUUAAUUUUGGAAAAAAAUCUAGGCAAACAGGAGCAGCUUAAAUCUCUUGUCGAAGUGUUUUGUUUGGGUAUUUGAAAUCACGUGCAUGUACCUUGGAUUAGUGAGUUAGAGUACAGUGUGUCUGUUUCUGAUGUAUAAUUCUACGAGGGGGAUUUUUUUGCAUUGCUGAAGAGAUUGCAGUGAUGUUUUAUGCUGUUAAAUUAAGUGUCUCUCCGACACAAACACGUCCACCAGCACACAUGUACACACCCCGGAUUACACACCAAAAUCUGGGUGUUAACCCUAGCAGUACCUAGGUGUCACAGUGGGACAGGAACAUACUGUCCUGGGCUGCAUCCCUGUUGGUGGCUAAGCUCCUCACUAAUGACAAAUGUCAGUCUACUUGGGCUACCUGCUGCUUUCAACACCUUUUACUGCACUUUGUCUCCAUGUGCCACCUGCUUCACAAGUCUUAGUGGCCAUAUACUGUCCAUCUCCACCCUGCUGCAGGGUAUUUAUAAUGCAUGAGCGACAUGUAGAUGAGAAUUAGAGGGAUAUUUCUCAGUUAUUAAUGGGGAUGUUACAUAUUCACAGCAGGUAGCAUAAGAAAUGAGCUCAGAAGACAGGGAAGUCCCCUGAGGGCAGCAAACGACUGAUGAAUCCACGCUCUUUGUCUUUAACACCCAGUGAUGUGUUUUAUGCAGACACAGAUCCGUGUGUGUUUGUGUGUCCAUAGAAUCAUUGCUAUGCAAAAGACUCAGUCACACUCCAGUGCUUCACGCAACGUAGUUGAUGGGAGGGCUGAUGAGUGGCUCAUCUUGUGGAUCUCACUCCCAGAAGAGGUCGAAGGCCAAAGGUCAUUGUCACUCUGUAUCUGAAUGAUGGAAAAAUGGCAGGGGGAGGACAGGAGGUGGAGAUCAGAAUGAGAGGGAUGUUUCUGAGGCAGGGUGGUGCGAAGAAAGAUUUAUUAAAGAGAAAGGGCGAAGAGAGAUAUUGCUGGUGUAGAAAGGUUGACUGGGGUGCAUCAAAGCUCAAACAUUUGCCUGAUAGGAUAUGUCAUGGCAUUUUAGCUCAAAUGCUUUCUUUUUGUAAAUGCUAACGGUCUCUGUUGUGGCUGAGUGAGUAUGAUCAAUCUGCUGCAGGAAUCAUAGUCCUUUAGUAUUAAAUUAAGAAUUGGAAACAACCAGUAAAAUUCUUCUAGAAAAACUUCUAGAAGAUAGAAAAUAGAAAACUUCUAGAAAAUAUUAUUUGGGGUCAUCACGUGUGUCUAAGCCACAGCGCAGUCUUCCACAACUCAUUGUUGGACUGGCUAAAAGCUGCUGCUACAAUACCUGAGUGGCCCAGAGGUGAACGUGCAUAAAUGUCAGAUGAUAUUCUGUAGCCUGCUGCAGUUUGGCAGUAUUUUUGCCAAGAAAAUGGAAAUAAAGUUGUACGUAGGCUAUUUCUGGUUCAGGUAGCAUAAAACCCCAGAAGCCAUAGGUGACUAGUGAAGAAUGUUGACCUUCAAGAAAGAGUAAUGCUGCGUUCCAGUUACCACGAAAGUCGGAUGUCAGAGCUGGGAAUGACGCUACACCCAAGUUAACGGCGUUCCAGUUAACAAGACAAAAACCAAGAUGGACUGUUAGCUGUUGUUUACAAUUGUCAGCUGUCAUUAGUUGUUGUCAGCUGUUGUUAGUUGUUCUUAGCUAUACCAGUUGUAAACAACGCAAAACACAGUGUUUUACUAUACAAACAAAAUAGCACCGUUUUCACAGUUAGACGGGCAGUACAACAUAUACCACUUAUUCGAUUUCACAUAAACAAAACAGAAGUGCGAAUAAAUAAUACAUCAAGAGAGCUUUCGCUGUUACUCUCUACUGUUGAUGCACUGCGCUGCCAUCUUGGACUAUGACAUUGUCGUCAAGUUGGGGUUGGUGAGGAUCAUCCAGCUUUCUUAAUCAAAAAUCCGACUUCAGGGGGACGUUCCAGAUGAAUAUCUGACUUGGCAUUCGGAAAUUCCGACUUCCGAGUACAACUGGAAUGCAGCAUAAAGCCAGGGUGUGAUAGCUCUACUAAUGGUAGCCACUCCUUCUUUUAUACAUUUGCAGGUGCCUGACUCCUCCUUGUAACUCUCUGUCCUACAUGCCUUUUCAAAUUAGCCAUUUUUAAAUAAGAACUCCCGACAACGACCUGGCAAUCAGGUCCUCGUCUGUACCUGUCCUUUAUGGGACAAAGCAGAAGAUUGCGUGUUGAAAAUAUAUUUGUGACUUCUAACAAUGCUCUGAAAGACUGUAAAUCAAAAGCAGCGAUAGCCUGUGCAGCAUGAAAUAAAACCAUUAACAUAGCUAUUCUCUUGCGUAAACACACCAGUUUGAGCGAGCAAACUAAAGCACAACUUGCGAAAUGUUGAGGUCAGCUGUGUUAAAAAAUUUGCAUUCUCACAUGCAACUCUUAUGUCUGUAUUGUUUUCAUAAUGUAGUUCAUGUGUGAGAGGGGCUGUGUUGUUUCUUCCUCCCCUCAGCUUUUAUCCUGUUUGUUGGUUCAACUCGAUACAGCUCACUUUUUCCUGAACCUCCUGCUGUGUGACUUAGGCUCUGUUUCUGUCUUGCUCUGUAAGUCUGGCUAAAUGAAAGAGAUGGGGGGUACAUUCCAUCAGUGUUUGCCAGAAAAACAAUAACAAGCUCCCUCCGUGGAGCACCCCCCUGCUUCCCUUCCUUUCUUCUACCUUCCUUCCUUACUGAAUCAUUGCUCCACUGCUAUGCACCCUAACAUCCCUCCCACCCCUCACCUUCUCUGUCAGCCCUCCCCCCCUUUAUGUCCCAUCCUACACAACCACCGCCCCUCCCUAUGUCUGUUACAUAAAUGUCCAGUCAUACAUCCAGGCCAUAUCACAGUUGUUUUCCCCUUCAAGUGUGUAUUGGAGCCUCAGCAUCCGUGUGCCAGCCCUUAAUGAGGCCUCCACAAAGGCCUAUUGAUGAGAGGCCUAGUGUGAGAGAGGAUGACCCCAGCCAAGAGCACCCAGAACUGGGCAUCAGCUGCCCCAGGCUCUCCUCUCCACACAAAGACAUCCACUGUGGACAGAGACCUGAAAGGGCAGACAAAAAGGGGGGGAGAGACAAAAAUGGGAAAAAGAGGGAGGAGAUAUCCUGUUCAAGCAACUUAGAGUGUAAAAGUGGAAGAUAUGAAAAAAAUUGAACAGAUCCAUGACUUCAUCGCAGAGCACUUGCUUCUCUGGCGAUUAACUCUCCCGUCAAGCCUGAUGCUUUCUCUUCUGUGCAUCCUAAGAGCAGUGAGGCCCACCCUCUGCCCUCCCACCACCAUGGAGUUGUUGGUGUCUGUAUUUCAGCCAUGGAUCAUAACUCACAUCUGAAGGGGGCACAACAAAGCCCCAGUCUGUUGCAGAUCCUCACUGGUUCAGUAAUAAGUUGCACAGAGGAUGAAUCCUAGCACUUUGAAGGGGCCCCACACUCUUACUUGGAUGCAUUUGGAGCACGAGUCCGGACAGAUUUUUGGAGCCAAGUGAAGGCAUGUAAGCUCAUCAGACCUGGACUGAAACUUGUUUUUAAAGCCGUGUACAAUGGAGAGUCAAAGAAGACUGUGGACAAAUUACGAUGGACAUCUAGAAGCCGUCAUGGUGCGAUCACUUGGAGAACGAAGAUGUAAAAGACUUUCGAAGGCUAACCUCUUUCUUUGAGUCAUCUAGCAGCUACCAACAGAGCGAGAUAGAGAAGGCUGUAGAGGCGAAUUCGGGGUCUUGAUUGAGAGUCUUAAAUUUUUUGGAGUGUUUUAUUUUGGACCAGCAAAGAGAUGACUCUUGCAGCCCGACUUGAGGACAUAGAGGUGACCCUGGAGCACAUGCUCAUGGAUGUCUUUGUAAGUUCAGUUUUGUUGUUCAGUUAAUUGAAAUAACAGCUUUAAUUAAGUUCCUCCUUCUUUUUAAAAUUUGUUUCAUAGACGACCUCCAGGUUUCAUAAUUAUAGUUUGAUACCAGAGGCCAACACCCAUUUCUCCUUCCAGAUGUUUUUGCAUUAAUUAGCACUAAAAAAGAGGCGACUGUUUAAUUGUUUAAAUUCUGCACUGAGGGUAUCAGGGGAUAAAUUGACUGUCUUAGACUCUAACUUAAACUGCAGGGCCAAUACAGGACUCACCACAGUGUUAGAGGACACAGAACUAUGGGGAUGUUAACUGAGCAUGGGGCAGCCAACUCCAAAGUUUUCAAUCUUGGUAUCCUCUGUAAUCGACACAACCUUCAUACUUAUUUGCACAUAGAGAUAAAUCUAAUGAUAAGGAAUAAAGUAACUCAUCAAGUGAAGGAAAGGAGAUUUAGGAUGAGGAAAUGAGGGAUGAAAGAGGAAUGAGAGAGAGAGAAGGAAAGAAUUGAGGAAUGUGAUUGUUGGGUUUCUGUGGACUGGGACACUUGGAUAGGCUUUGAUUACCAAUGCCAAACAUUCAGGCCGUUGGAAUGACAAUAAGCUCGACAUUUACAACACAAACAAAACAGAUAUGAAGCGCUAGAUACUCUUCACAUUAAGCUUGUAUGAGAGUGCAUUUAAGAUGAUCACAUUUUGUGUGUCUAUCUGCUGUAUAGUGUCUUCAUCAUGAACAUAGUGUCACUAAACUCACCUAGUUGUUUUUGCAGACUUUUAUGAAGUCCAAAUAUGACAGUUGCUAUACUAGAAAUGCUGACUCCAACUAACUUCCAACUCAUCUCAAAACCAGCAAAGAGGUGAUUUUAGGCCGAGCAGCGAACAAGAUUAAUUUUUCUGCCAAAUUCAACAUUUUAAAUGUCCUCUCACAAGCUUUGGAGAUCGCUUCAAGUAGACACUGGAGUAACUGCAAUUUCCCGCACUUUCAUGUUGGCUCCGUUUUUAGAUAUUGCUGCUUGGUUUCCAACAGAUCACAACUGAAUCCAGAAAAAAAAAGAACUUUUUUCAUCCUUAAAUUAGAACCAAAUAAUUUGAUAGUUGUUUGAUCUUCAUCCCGCAGCAUCAAAAUGAUGUGAAUGCAUUGCAGUUGUACUCAAGCCUCCAUCCAAUAGGUGAAAGGUUAGCUUGCUCAUGUAUGUAAAAUAAUCAUCUUCACAAGUUUUUCAUAAUGUUUGUUGCAAAUGCUCACAGUAAAAUAAGGAUGAAACUGCAAUUCUCUGUGCAGCUCUAAUGCAGUCUACCUCUGUGCCAUGUACUCACAACCCCCCAGCCGCUUUGAUGUACUGUCUGCUGUAAUGACUUUUGUCGUUAAGCUGCUGUUUCCCUUUAACAUCGCCAACACUCACAGGCAUCUGUUAGGGAAACACAGUAAUCUGUCCUUUUCUACAGAUAUAUACUGCUUUCACAAAUAAACACUAUCAGCACUUAUUCCAAUGCUUCUACAGGGCAUCAAUGUCACUGAUAUAUGUAGAUAUAUGGUGCCUGAAUCCAUCAACCUAUUUUCUAGAUUUGGUCAUUUCAUAAAUCCAAUAGAUGAUUUAUGACUGAAGCAAUAAAGAUUAGUGUUUAUGGCCGAGAAAGGAUUUGGAUUAUUCAUGCACUGCAUGUGGGAUGAAGAAAAGGGGAGUCAGGAAAAUGCUUCCUUCCUCUACAUUUCAUCCCAGCAUCCUAAUUAGAAAGCUUAUAUAUUUAUUUAUUGACUUCUUUAAUUGCUGGGAGAGGAGGAUGGAAAACAGGGAGUUAUCUGGCCACUUUGCAUUCUUAAAUUAGAAAUAUUCAAAUUGACUGCGUCCUCUCCAAGCUGGAUGCACACUGAAGAGGCAUGAAGCAAUGUUUGCGUGCUUCCAGACCUCAUGCAAAAACACACAGACACACAAAUCUUAUGACAUGCAGACAUGAGCUGAGAAGAGACCCGAUUCAAUGAACCAUCAAAUAAAGACAGGGUCAAUUAAAUGAUUUUAUGAGCGUGCACACCACCAGCAGCAUAAGUGUGUCAUGGAUCAGGCUUUUUUUUAUUAAAUACUGGAAAGAUUUUAAGGGUCUCAAAAACAGAAAACACAAAGAAAAAUACUGAGCUGCAGCAUGCAUGUAAGGUGAGAACAUGUCUGCAUGUGUGGAUGACCCCAGUCAUGAGCAGACGCAGGGGUCAUUAGAGGAAAAUUAAAGGUGAUUAGAAUUAGACCUCUAGAGUCCUAUCUGUGCUGCUGGUUGGUUUAAAGCCGUAGCUGAGUAUGCCGCUAUGUUCAAGGCUGCACAGCUAUUUUCAUUAGCAGAGCAGCACAUAUGAAUGAUUCAAGGGAGCCAAGACGAUCCCAGGCAAAUGGGACUCCCUCUACAACCUCGUCUACUACAAGAAAAGGAGGUCACUAUUUUGUUAGCAUCAAAGCAGAGUCGUUUUCGAGCUUGUAGAAUUUUUUUUUCCGGUCACACUUUUAAUUUCUGCACUCGAGAGUGUGAUCAUAGAUCUGGGGCACAUGACUACACAUGGCAUGGAAACAAAGUCAUGCCUACCAGCUUAGAAAUAUGGAAUCCAGUAUGAAAAUCCUUCAGUUUUAAUUGAAUCAGCUUAUAUUUCACAUGCAUUGUCACAAAGGGAUUCUAUAUAGACCAAGUAUUUUAUAGAAGAGAAAUGUCACAGGACAGCCAUUGUGGGUGUUUUAAUAUGAAGCUGAAUUUCAUGACAUUUGUUCCACUGAGGGCACUGUUUAAAGACAUCAUGAUACAAGCGCAUAUAAGCAGUGACAAGACACUGUGACGUGUUUAAAAUAGAGGCCCUAUCUCUAUCUGGUGAUUGCAUUUUUUCUGGCUGCUGCAAAAUGUCCUUUCAUGGCUUCAUAUCAGCUCCUGCCAAAGCUGUCUUGUAUUGUGUCGCCAGUCAGCUGAGCUACAAGGGAAAGGAAGGGGGGAGAGAGAGAGAGAAAGAGAGAGAGAGAGAGAGACGGCGGCUCUUCUUCCAAAAGCUGACAGUCACAUCAAGAAAAAAUGAAGCGCCUGUGAUUAAAAAUGCAUUCAAUCCUUGUGUAGCCUAAUUGAAUCUCCUCCUGCAUUCCCCACAAACAUCACCACCCUCUUCUUCCCCAAAACCAUCCUUAUCCCUCCAUGAUGUGGGCCUAGAGGCAGAGCAUCCCUUCUCCCUCUCCACUUCCUUCAGAUCCUCAGUUUUCUCCCCCUCCACCCUUCUUCUUGUCUGCUCUGAUGAAGGAAGACCUCAGCUGGACGGGAUUGUUUCCAUCACAGCUGCUCUUUUCAGCACUGUCUGCUCUGUUUCCAGCAGCUAUGAAGUUCAUGUCUUUGUAAGAGUUUCUGGUGCAACACAAAGGCCUUUUGGUCUUUGAGAUCAUUCAAGUCUGCCAGGAGUGCAAACACUGUGAUGCACUGAUACCAGAGGGUGAGCGCUCUCCACCCUCUUCUCCAACUGGUCUUUUUCGACUGUACUAUUGUGCAUGUGUGGUUGCAGACAGAGGCUAUCGUCUGGGUGUAUUAUGUGUGACCAUGCUGUUAUAUAAUGGGUGUGUCCUCUGCUCUGUGACAAAAUAGUUCAAUUAUAGCACACUGACCUCCUCCUCCUCCUCCUCCUCCUCCUUGCCCAGACUCCCUCGCUCUCUCCUCUGCCCCCUUACAUGUUCUUCUCACUCUUGCUUUGCUUUUACUUGCUCUCUUACAAAUGGUUGAUCGCACAUCUAAAUUUAUCUGAUGGCAGUAUUGAUCAGCUUAAGGACAGAGUUACAGUGUCAAAACCUCUCAAUACUGAGGAACAACUUUGGAGAAAUUCCAAAUCCUCGUCUCUGAAACUUGGCCCUGCUUGUCUUGUUUUUGAAAUGAUUGUUUUGCUUCUUGGCGUGUUUGCCUUCAUUUGAUGGCAGACAGGCAAGGCAAGCUUAUUUGUGUAGCAUCUUGAAACAACAUGACAAUUCAAAGAAUUUUAUACAAGACGGUAGAAUGACAUGCAACAAAGGCCAGGGUCUUACUCAGGAUGUUGUUACUGGGUCUUGAAGUGUUCAGUUCUCAGUGAGCCAUAGCUGCCCCAACAUUUAAAAGUUUAAGCUGAUUUAUUCUAUAUUUUUCUCAUUAUUAAAGAAUAGAGGAAAAAGAUGGUAACACUUUACUUGACGCCUAUCUCUGUAACGCAUUAUAAAUAUAUGUAUAAUGCGUUAUAAUCACAUUAAAGUACUUUAUAACUAUAGUUAUAAACACUCAUAAAUGAUCAUAAUGCUUUAUAGCAAUAAUCAUAACACAUUAUAAAGCAUUUUAUCAUGACUUACAAGGUCAGGUAUUAUAAUGUGUGAUGCUUAUUGUUAUAAUAAAUGUUCAUAAUGAUAGUUAUACAAGCUUAUAAGCAGAUAAUAACACAUCAUAAAUAUAUGUGUAAUGCAUUAUCUAUGUGAGCAUUGUCAGUGAGUUGGGAACAGUUAUAACACAUUAUAAUAUCCGAUCUUGUAAGUCAUGAUAAAAUGCUUUAUAAUGUGUUAUGAUGAAUGAUAUAAAGCAUUAUGAUAAUUUAUGAGUGUUUAUAACUAUAUUUAUACAGUGCUAUAACAUGAUUGUAAUGCAUUAUACAUAUAUUUAUAAUGCGUUAUAGAGAUAGGCGUCAAAUAAAGGGUUAUCAAAAAGAUAAACUGACAUAAGUGCAUCAGGUUUUGACCUUGAGCAUGGGCCUUGCUAUUUCUGCUCAAGACAUAUAUGCUAAAAAAUGGGUCGCAACAAGACACUGGACUUGUUUUAGUUUUUGCUUAAACAGGAGUGGGUAGUAUGAGUGAUGUGGUGCCAGUCUAGCUACCUUUCUCCAUGGUGAAAGACCAAAGACUUCACCAGCUAAUGGUGUAUUUGGAUUACUAGUCAAGGUUAUUACUGCUUUCUAGAUAUAUCACUAUCUGCCCUGUGUGAUGUGAUCUCUACACAAAUUCGCCAUCUGAUCCACGACAUCAGUAGCACAGGUUCCACAAAACACACACAGACUUCUGAUGUUAGUCCAGUGAGUACGCUCAGUUUGACUGCCCAGUGGCUGGCAUGAAAAGGAUUUGCACAUAAGUGCUCUGGUAUGAAGUAAAGAAAAAAAAAGUGAGACAUGCUCUUCGUUUUUGUGCUAAUAAAAGUGAUUACAGUCAGAACUGGAAGGUAUAGAACAUUAAUCACAGUAUAUACGUCUUUACUCACUCAGUCUUAGCCUUUCUUACCCUUAGGUGCACAUAAUUUACAUAUAAAAGUGUUUAAAAAUGCAGCUUAUUUUAUUGGUAUCAGCACCAAUGAGCAUGGUUAACAAAUACAUAUGCAUCUAUAAAAAAUUGCCAAAUUUGGUACGUUUAAUUGUAGUCAUCAUUUUAUUGUUGUGGUUGGUAAAAAUUGAAUAAUAUUCAAAAAUAUUUAAAAAGGAGUAAAAGUAUCCGCUCUCGGGAGAUUUACGUCUCUUCCAUAGUAUGAAUCACAUUUGAAUAAUAAGGUCCCGAUCUCACAGAUGUGCCUCAUUUUCUUUCCUCAUUAGUCUUCCUUCUGAUUGCAGAAUCAUUCAGAAUAAAUAUGGAAAAGACAAUUACCAUAAAGUCAAUCAGUUUUUUUUUUUUCUGUGCACAUCUGUAAGCUGAUUCGCUAUCACCAUUUGGCCUUCAGUUUCAAUCCUAUGCAUGGUCCAGAUUCUGCUGUCAACCAGCCCAGCACAGGCAGAGGCUUUCCAGUCGACUCCAGUGAAUAAUUCAGGAGCCUUGUGUGCUAUUCGCUGGAGUAAAUUGCACAUCUUGCGCCCCAUUCAAGUCUGCUGCUGCCGUCAUAAUAGACUACUGAUUGGCCCAUUGGAAUGAUAUAUUCUAAUUCCAUUAAGGCACAGAUGACUGUAUAAUGGCAGUGAAUGUGGACCGCACUAAUACAAAGACACAGUUACUUCUGCCAGUGCAGGGGUGAGGUCAUACGCAUUCAGAGGUGGAGUAGAUCAUAAAUCGGCGUUUAUUUUGUAGUUUUGACAGAAAUUUUCCUCAUACUGACAGUUACACAAACAGGUAUACAUUAUGUGCACACACCCACACACUCACACAGACAGGCGCCUCGCAGCAGGUUGAGCAGAUGUGUUGCAGAGCGACAUGCUCAGACCGGGACGACCUGUCCCCGUGUUCAACCGAAUCUGUACCAGAAAUCUAAACACGUCCCAGUUUUCAUCGUGAGUCACAGAAAUGCCCCCGUUUCCCUGAGAAAUCACAUCAGCUGUCUGUUAUUUUGGGCAUGUAGCAGUGUUUCCCAGACCUCCUUGCACACAGGGACACUGCUGAGGGGAGGAUAAUUGUGUGGAUGCUCCCCCGUGGAGAAGUCAUUAUGAUUGGUUCUGGCCUGGUGAAAGGUUUAAAGGCCUUGCUCUCUGCUCAUCUGGCUCUCAUGAGAUAGAAGAUGACAACACUACCAUACAUCUCUAAGUGAACAGUUAGGAGUAAAUCAAAUCAUGCUGUCAGGGUGGUAUUGUUUCAAUACAUAACUGUUUAUCUGUGUCUCCUGUACAAUGAUAGUGUAACUCAAUCCUUUGUAAUUCGUAGAGUCUUGAAACAUAAACAUUCAACCCUCUUCCCUCCACCGCCUGGGACGUGGAGAGAGUCCAGCUAGAGGGCAUUUCCAUAAACACACCCACACUAACAGAAUAAAAGACAAACACAUUCGCAAACACACACACACACACACACAAAAUCAGGACCACAGGGAUGAGUCAGACAGCCGUGGGCAGAAACCGGCUGUGUUAUCAGGAUAAAUUAAAGCUGGGAUUCAACGAUAGAGAACCUGCGCUUAUCGUUAUUAUAACAAUAUGAACAAAGACUAAGAAGACACACACACAGAGAGACAAACAAACAGGAGAAACAAAACCCAGGGAGCUCAGACGCUUUGUUUGCACCUCCCUUCUGAGCAUCUCUAUCCUCUCUUCUUGUCCUUUUCUCUUCUUUUUUACCGGAUUUGUAAAAUACAUUAACAGCCUUUAGUUCACCUUUAGGACAGACAUAAAAAUAAGCAGGUACAGUUAGGUGAGUUAGAGACUCCCUUUGCCUCUUUUAUAUCAUAUACUUUAUUACCUCUGUUGGUUCUGUAGUUGGUGUUUUUAUCACCAAGUGAAAACCCCAUUUUCUUGAUUUGUGCGUGCUUGUUGACUGAAAUGGGUCAUUGUGCAUCCAGCCCGAGGCAUCAAAAAUACAGUAGUAAAAAAAAAAAUUCUCUUUGCUUCUGUGUAGAAGAGGGUUUACUCACUGGAUUUUAGACAGCCGAUUUUAGAAAAUCUCACAGCUACAGAAGAGAACAAAGGAGCACCAAGCAUACUUAAACUGUUCAAUUAAGAGAGGGGAUCAUGGUCUAUCUGUCAACAUUUCACAUGAGAUUACUCUGAAAACGCUCUGAAAAUGAAAGGUUCCGUCUCCCAAACCUGUUAAUCUCUGUCAGCACUGAUCUGAAUUCUCAUCAAACACAGGCCACCUCUGAUCACAUCCAAAGAUCAAGUCAGGUGCUCUUUAUUUUAUUCUUCUUGUAUGUCUUCUGCAGGACCUAAAUGUCUGCACUCUCAGUUUAUAAAUAGCCCUCUGAUAUUUCUCAUGUAGGCCACAGCCACUCACCCCCACUGAUGUGGGCCAGGGUAAUGAAUAAAUAAUGUUUACCAGGGAUUACCACUGCAGAUGAUUUUUUUCCCCCCUUCUGUUUGCUUGUUGUGUGGCUUUAGGACAAUGUGUGUGUUUUUAUAUCAUGUUGGUAAAGCUGUUGGGGGUCCCCACUUGAUAUAUGAUAUGGGGGUGGGCGGAGGAUGGAAAAGGCUUUUUUGAUUGUUCAUUUUGACCGGUUGGUUUAAUCUGAUUCCAAACCCUUUGAACCCCGACAUCAAAUCGACUCAUAACUGGGAUAUGACCAAGCUUAAUCUUACUGGUUAUAAUCCAGCGCCGUACUGGGUUACCACAGCGAAACGCCCAUACAAGGGCUAGCAAAGGGCGUCCGCUGCUUAACCUAGUGUACACGUGUGCGGCAUAUGUGCAUAUCGAACAUCUGUGCAUGCUUUCAUGUGUGUUGAUCCACUUAGGUUAAUCAGCUGACGGCUCAGUAUUGAUGCGCAGAGGCAAACAGAGCUCAGCGGUGAGUGAUGAUGAGAAUAUGACAGUAAGUCACUGGGUGAGGUUGUAACUCAUGAGUCCAAUAGCUUUAAUGGACAUGUAAAGACCACCGUGGAGGAUACAGGGGACUGACUCAGCUGAACGGAGGCUGCAACCAUUGUGAUGAGGAUCUAUGUUGAAGUUUCUGCUACUGGUGUUAAACGAAUCAGGCUUUUUUUUUCUGCUAACAGAUUAAUCAAAGUGAUCGGAUGAUGAAUAUCUGCGAAUGCAAGGAUAAAUCUUGUACAUGUGUGUUGUAUCAUGUGUGUAUACGCUGCCUUUGUGUCCCAGCCCAGACAGAGCAGGGAGAGAAAGCUGGAUGUGGGAUUUCACAGAUAAUCUCCCUACCAGAUGGCAAAACAUCCCAUAUUCCUUUUGAGGUUCCCCACGUGAUCCCCUGUAAAGAGUCUGGGUGUGUGUGUGUGUGUGUUAACGGUGGGUGUAUUUUUUGCUCACACACACAAUUAUUAUUGGAUCACGUGACAUGUGCGUAUGCUAAUAACAGCCAUAACGUCACAUUAAUCCAGUGACCUGGUUAAGCCCCCAACUGAAGGAAGUGAGUGUGGGAGGCAGGAGGGGAGGGGAGGGGGCAGUACUGGAGGAGAGAGAGGAGACGAGAGAGGAGAGACAAAGCACACUCCCUCUCCCUCUCUCUCUCUCUCCCCCUCACACACUCGUUCACCUCGUGAGCAGCGGGCUGGAGUGUAGCGGAGAGGAGCAGAAUGGGAAGAGUUACCACACAGAGGGAUAUACGAGCCGAUAGAGGGACAUAGGACUCGCACUUUCACGUACGACUGACACACUGACAUCAAACACUUCUUUUCCUGGAACACACCCACGCGUAAAACCCGCGUGAACCCCAGCUGCCAGGCUGGACGGGACGGCGAGGACACCCACUUCACACACACAUGCUCACACACCCACGGAAACACACACUCUGGAGCGUACCAUGGUGGUCCAGGGAGCGGUGACACCCGGGAGAACCCGCCGGCUGAUGCUAAAGCUGCCGGUGGGAACCCUGAGGAGGAACAGUGGAGAGAGGGUAAGACACCAGCAGCUUCCCUCCUGUCCUCACUUUCUCCAUCUUCUGAGAUUCCCUCUCUUUCUCUCGCUCUCUCUCUGGGUGACCGUGUAUUGCCGUGCUCUUGUGUGUGUAAGUGGGAUUUAAAAAGGUCCCUGGCUAAUCCAGGGGAUAGUAUUAGAUUGGAGUUGGUGCAAGGCAACUCAGGAGCAAAGCUUUUAAUCUCAAGCGUGGACAAUACUUCUCUGUGUUUCCAUCCUGACAGGCUGUGUCUGUCAAUCUUUACCCAGCACUCAGUCUGUCUUUGCUAAUGUAUUCCACCACCGUACUUGCUUUUCAAGGUUACAGGGAAGUCUCACUGUGGGAGAGCUGUCUCUGAGUGUUCACCCGUCACUGUCAGCACAAUUGAACUGACUCGAGACAUACUUUUAUCAAGUAAAAGUCACACAUAUAGCCUUGUUAAGCUUGAUUUGAAGUGCUGGAUCCUGUCUCUCUUGGUUUUUUUUUUUCCUUUUGUUGGAAUCACUUAGUCUGCCAGACAUCAGACGCUUCAGUGUUUAUGUGUUUGUGUAAAUGUGGCGGGUGUGGGCUGAAGCCAGGAGAUAAUAGUUUCCAGCGCAGCUUAAGAUGUGGAAUGUGUAUUGCGUGGUGGACCUUUAUGUCAGUAGUUAGACAAGCUGAAACCUGCCAGGUGAUUCACCUGUUUUGCUCUCACAAUGUUGUUAAUGCCACGAGGAAGAGGAGAGCUGUUUGUGUAUGUGAAGAAGAACUCACUCCUGUGUACAAGUUUGCAGCUCUUAAGUGUGUGUUUGCCUCUCUCAUGUUGUAAACACAUUGGUAUUAACUGAUUCAGUGAGACCAGACUGUGCAGGUGAUGAGCCAGCUGGACCUACAACUCAUCCAAAGCGGCUUCCUUUGGUCCGCAACUCGCUUCCCACAUCAUACCAAGCUGGAUCCCAUUUCCCUCUAUGGUCAUCAUCUCCCUCCCCCCCUUGUGUUCUCACAAUGUGACUUCAACGUCUUUAACUCAUUAAUUUUUCUCUGAUUCAGCUUUCAGAUUCCCUGUGCUCUCUUUGUGUUUCUCUCUCUUUCUGGUUGAACACGCACAGAGAGGACGCAGUAACACACACAAAGCACACACAUACUGUACCCAUGAUGUCAUAAAUUACACAGCGCGGCUUCUGCAUAUUGGAUGAGAGCUGCUUUCACUUUAAUAAGCCCGGAUAAAUAUAUUCCCAACCUGAUUCAACAUAAAAUAACUCCUUUAACCUCCACAUUUCAAAUACAGAAACAGCUAAAAACACAAACACGGGCUUUCUUUUAAUUUAGUCGAGUAAGAGCACAAGAUACCAGAGGAGUUUUGCACAGAUCUCACCAUCCAAACUCUGCAGGUUGUGUUUCAUUAAAGUUGUUAUGACAGGAAAGCUGAUUGAUCUAACUGAAUGUGGCUGGCUGUCAUAAUACGGCUUGCUUGAUUGGAGGGAACUGAAAAUUCACUAUCCUUUUGAAAGUAGUAAUAAUUGCCACUGGUACUGAUUGGAUGCAUUUGCACCUACACACACACACACAAACACACAGUCACUCAGAAAGCACCUUAAUUAAUGGAGAAAGCAGAUUUUCUCACAGAGGAAUAGAGGGAGGUCUCUCUCUCUUUCUCCAUCCUGAUUGCAUUCCUGUUGCCUCCCUUUCUUCUUGCAGCCAGCUGUGUGCAGACAGACUGAAAGGGGGAUUACUUGUUGUGAUUUGCAUACACUCGCUGGCAUUAUUGUAGCGUGUUCCUGGAAAAACGACUGAAGAGAUGGAUGCGCAUCAGCCUGCUGGGGAUGGCAGUAAAAUUCAUCACAUUUUUUUGGAACGGUUAUCAAAGUGCGCAGGCGGUGGAAGUGCUCAAUAGAUUGACAAAGAUUAUUUGAAAGUGAAUUUAAAUGAUUACAUUUUGUGGGAGAUUUCUUUCUGAACAUAGCGUAUUAAAGGUUUCUUCCAGGGGCUUUUUAAAGCUGUUGGGUUCAGGCUGAACCUUCACGUGUCCCCCGCUAAACCACCAAAAUGCUUUUCACUUUGUCCUGCUGCGACUUGUCAUGUUAGAUAACUCAUUGCAUUUUCAUCCUAACUCCGCCUUAUGUAACUUUAUACGCUGCAGACAGAAAAAACUAUUGACAAAAUCUGCAGCUGACAGAGUACUGUAGCGGUAAUGCACUAGUUAAACGCACUUUAAAAUUCAUAGCCUAGUUUUUCAUAUCCUUUAGCUACUCUUUUCAUGUUAUUUGUGGAGGCAUCAUUUUUCCCAAAAUCAUUACGGUUCAUUUCCUGGUUUGAGGGAUUUUUUUGAAAAUGGAUCCAUCAGUCAUCCCAUCCUCUCAUCUGCGCUCUCUCACUCUGCUAACACAGAUAAAUGGACACGUCUGUGUCAGUAGUUUAUGAUGGAUGUGUGGGUCUAUCGCACUUGAUUGAGUAAUAUCUACAGAGAGAGAACACAACCAUCUUUGUUCAACAGCCGUGACACAUCCGAACAAAACGUGCCUCGUUAGCCGCAGAACAAAAGGAGAGUCAAACCUGAUUAGUCCCCCUCUUGUCUCUGUGAAUCACUUUCUUUUCUUUACCUCAUUUCUUUCGCUCCUCCCUCAGACGGUAGCUCAGGACUCUUAUCUUCAUAUCUAGACUUGUCAUGCGUCUUCCCCUCCUGCAUACCUUUCGUUACAAGAGUUUCAAUGAGUCCAGCUGGCAGCACAUAAAAGAAACCUGUCAGUGUGGACUAAACGGGAUCCAAAGAAUUACAGAUAGUCUGAGCAGAGCCCUCAGUGUUUACUGUCUAAUAUGGUGACGAUAGUGUUGACAGUUUAAAACGGCUUCUUUAGAGGAUGUUUACUGUUUAUUUUGCCUCUCUGGGCUGUCUGAAUUAGGAUUAUACUCCACCUUUGUUGUCCUGCUAUCAUGCUAAGCUGCUCAGCACUUCACUGUAAAAUUAAGAACAAACACAACAGAUACACAAAGAGAGCACGAGAGGGAGGGAGCGAGACAUGUGUUUGUGAGUGUGUGAGGAAAACAUUUCAGACUUCAGGAGGGGGGAACCGCUCUCCGAGGAAACAUGUUGUUGUCAGGGGGGCACGGCAGGGGAGCGAGGGGCUCGAAGGUGGGAGGGGCGGAUCACUGUUAGUGAGAGAGAAGUUCACACAAGCACACAAAUACAGAGCGAGGAGACAUAUUCUGAGAAAACACAUACAUUAGUGGAGAAGGAAUGCAAACAGACAAUAGCGUGACUGUAAUUUACCAUCAAAGGCCUAAAAGCCAGAGGUAGCCAGGCAUGUGAUGAGGCAGGAAUACUAAUCGAUUCCGGUUACCUUUAAACAUCUUGUCUGCACCAAUCAGAGAGAAGGUCAGCACUGGACUCAGGCACUCUGUGGGUCAGAUUGAUGCUCUGCUUCUUUCUCAUCAGACUGAUCCAAUUGUUUCAACAUUAGAGUCAGGAUUCAUUAAAGCAAAGCUUGGGUAGAAAAAAUACCUUUAAGAGAAGUUUCCCUCAAAUGAAUAUCAGUUUUGGGGAUUGCUCUGGUAUUGAUUUUCAGGGAUCUCGACCUGCCUGGACUAUAGGUGAGAAAGCUGCGGCCAGUCGGACUAAUUAAGCAGACAAAGAAGGGGGAAAGAGAGAGAAAGAUGUGGGAAAAACUGGAGCUAAAGGCUCCUGAAGGCCCUGCUUGUACCACACCCUGAUCAGCAUGAAAGGGGAUCCCCCUUUUCUCCCUAAGGCUGCUCAGGAGGAAGAAUGUUUUUCAGUAAGGGAGGCAAGGGGGGACUCCAAUCCUCCCACCCUCCCCUCCACCCUGUCUCUUUCAUCACUCUCUGCUAUGAUUUUUUUUUUUCUGUCUUUUUAUCCCCCGUCCAAAAUCAACCCACAGACCUACAGAUGCACACGCACAGCUGCGCACUAGUUCAAAGUAAAUCUGAUCAAACAAUGAGGAGAUGAUCGCCUAUUGACUGUGAGUGAAGGCUGAGGGCAGUGAGCUGCUGAUAAUGUGUUUUCUCUAUGGAGACAGUUUGCUAGUAGUAGGGGUAGCUAUGGAGAGAGUGGACUCUUCUGUCCUCGGCCAAAACAUCCCCAGCGGAUCAACGGAUGUGUGCGUGGGUCUGUUUGUGUGCCUCAAUCCCCACCAGCAGCCUCCAUGCAGAGCUCCAAACGAUUUCUUCAUUAUCCCAGCUCCUCUUCUCUUAGAAAUAACUGCGUGGAAUCCUUUUCAAGAAAGAGAGAGAGAGCGAGAGAAGAGAAAAGAGGAGUGUCGGUUGAUGGGAAGGAGUUUGUUAAAUUCCAUCUGCCUCAGAAAACAGGAUGUGGAGACCCCAAAUUUUCCUGAAAUAUCCCAGCACAAUCUGUGCCCUUUGUUAGGCUGAGAUAACACGACUCAAUGAGAACGGAGGCACUGUCUGUGACUCACUCAUAUGAAGGGGUUUAUUCAUAGUGCAAUAUGUGCGUGGCUGCAUGCGUGUGCGCGCGGCGUAUGAAUCUGCCUCCGACUAUGAAUACAAGGCAUCGCACAGAGUUAGAAAGGAAAGGAUUUGUGUUAAAUUUAAAGACUUUUUCUUGACGAUGUUGGAGCUAGUUGCAGCGUGUGAAUGCGUUUGUGUAUGCGGGUGGGCGUGCAGGAGUGACAGAGAGACAGAGCGGUUAUAAAGAGAGGGAUGCAGCCUCUUGUUUUCCCGUGGGUGUGCAGCAGUAAAAUAGUAAUCCUCAUUAAUAUUUAUCUGCCAGGCAAAGUGGAGAGAAUGAUUAGCUACAGAGAGAGAAUGUGUGUGUGUGUGUGCGCAAACACCCCUUUGUGCACGUGUGUGUAGCAUAUUACAGCAUCUAACACACGAACUAGGUCAACUUCUAUACUUAAGAGACCUAGGCAUCCUGAUACUUCAAAGGUUCUGUGUCAUCGCGGGGUCCUAACUGUACGCGUAUCUCUAUUGUAAUUAUCUUGAGCUAACAUAUUAUAAAAAGGGAAAAGUGAAGUUCACUGCCUGCACACACAUUCUCUCACACACUGAUACAUGAAGACGCUCCCUGACUUUCAUGCCUCUCCUGAGCCACAUUACGUUAUGUUAUUGAUUUUCCUGCUUGCACCUCUAAUACAAUCACAUUAAACUGGACUGAUCGGGAUUGAAUUUCAGACUGGGUCUAUACACGUAUGUCACUUAUAAUCUCUAUCACGGUGGUAGUGGUGGUGGUUGUGAUGUGUGUGUGUGUGUGUGGGUAGGUGGGUGUUAAAAGUGAACAUGUAAGGAAAUUACGACUGCAGUAUCAAGUAUUUAUUGCCAUUUUGAGGAGUAUUGUAACAGCUGAGAAACAUGCAGUGCUCUUAUUCUGGUAGAUUAGUGUCGGACUUCAGAAUAUACUUGAGAGUUUAUGGUGUCUUUGACCCAUUUCCCUCCACUGCUUGCCUCUCUCUUCCCCUCUAUCUCCUCCUCUCUCUUUGACUUUCCUGCACUCUAGUAUAACAUGCCUGAGUGGAGAUCAGAGAGCGGCAUGGGGACGAUUGAAAGAUGGAGAGCGAUAUGAGGGAGAGAUGAAAGAGGAAAAGCGAGGAAGAGAUGGAGACAGGAGAAAAGUAAAGGGGUUUGGAUGAGAAAGUGAGAGAGUUCACCUCUGAUUUUGUGCUUUCAAGUUGGUAUCAGGGCUGGGAUAUACACACCCAAGUUGUUUUGCCAAUAUCAUGCAUUUAAAGUCCUACUCCGAUUGUUUUUUGUUACUACUUAAAGUGUUCUGAUUGUGAUUACGAAGUUUUUACCAGAAAUCGCAUUACUUGUGUCAUUUUCAAGGACUCUUCUUCUGCGGAGCUUCAGUAGCUCAUUAGCAAUUCGCCUCUCAGUCGUGGGCGGAGACAGCGCUGCUCUGCACACUCAUCUUCACAUUAGCUACAUAUUGCCAGUGUAGUAGAAGUGGCAGGUAACAUAGGAGCUAUUCAGCACUCGGACACUGAUGUCUUUAGGGACACGAUGAAAGCUAAUAUCCUAAUUAGCUUUCUAAUGUACACGCUUGUUCCAUGAUUGUUCUCUGCAUAGCGGGACUCUGGGGGCGGAGCUUGGAUUGGUUACAUAUGAAAUCUCACUGUUUCUGAAUCUGCUGUUUGGGUCUGCCAGAGAUUCACAGCGAUUUGAAUGAAGAAACACUCAGAAAAGCAAUUACGCAUUUAGUUUUCUCAUGAUAUGUCCUGUAGCAUCAGAAAAAUGCUAUAUGAACAUAUAAAAAACAAGAAAAACGUGAUUUUCAUUGUCUGUAAAAGAAAAGUCAUUUACAUGAAAGAAAAAUGAAUAUCUCUAUUGUAGAUUGUAUAACCCCAAGCAUCUUCUCCUCUCUGCCUUAUUGCUAUGGUGCUAGUCAGCCAGCUGACACUCCAGCGUUGACUGUUUACAUCAUAAGGCCUGCCUGACCUUUCCCAGGAUUCAGCGGGACAUUGCACGCACACAGAAUCAUGGGAACAUCUCACUGUCAUUCCAAAGCUCUCGCCUCCCUCCGUACCACAACAAAUAUUUACACCCCUCAUAAAUUACAGUGGCUGAGAGGUAAACGUCUCCAGCCUUGUGUGUGUAACCCUGAUUCAUUUUGGAAAAUUCACACCAUAGGAAUGCCCCACAUUCCUCAUGGGUUUCUCAAGACACCACUGGGACAGCAGCAUGAGAGAGAGAGAGAGAGAAAGAGAGCGGGGUGGGAAAUGAGUUUCUUGGAGGGGUGAUAUUGGAAUAUGCAGCUUGAGAAAUUGAGUAUAUCUAUUAGAUACCACACAUCAACUGGAGAGGGAGAAUCACAGCAACUUCUAUUAUUUUUGUCACGGUGUGAAAAAGUUAGAGAAAAAACUUUAUAUUCAUGUCGAUUUUAAUAUUUCUUAAUGAUAAAACCUUGUUAUGUCCAGUAUGGUAAGGACACAGACACACUCACAACCUACUCAGCAGUACUGAGCGACCCCUUGCAUCGAUAAACCCCUCCAUGAAUCAGAGCGUGCUCUGAGAGGACAUUUAAUCCACCCACAGUCAGAUUGGUUUUGGUAGGCAGGCGAAGAAUUACUGUAGAGCACAGAGUCAUUGAAUUCUUUAUUGAUCACGGCUCUCCGAUGAAAGUGGAAGGAACGCGGACAAAAAAAAGGAAUCAGUUCCAAGUGAAAAAACACCAGACUAGUACAGCUUUUUUAUUUCUAAAUAUUUAGACAGACUCACAGAAGAAAUCCUAGUGGUUUGUUGAAACUAGGAAAAAGUGUUAGACUGUGUUUUUUUUUUUUUUUUUCAAAUCAUAAUUAUGAAAAAACAAAAAAAACAUGUCCGUUUGGGAAUAUUGAUUAAUAAAAUUGGGUUGUUUCAGUGAUGCGUUCAAGCCAAGAGUUUAUCACAGACUGGCAGGGAUACACUCACAGUCUGCAGGCCUGGCACAGGUUGUUAUGUUGUGCUUGUGUUGCCUCCAUGUGGCCAUUGUUUCGAAUGGGUGUGUGUGCAAAAGUAAGAUAAGCUUCAUUUUGUAUUUCCGCCUCGAAUAAUCAAACUUUGACUUAAACAUGAAGAAUCAUAUUCUCACGCAGCAGCAUCCUGUAAAAAAGAAAAGGGAGCAUAUCUAUUGGGUGGAUAAAAACGGAAGACUGGGUUUCUUUAAGCCCAAAGAAAACCAUUAGAUGAGGUCAGGUCAGGAUACUCCAGCCUGGGAAAACUGCCUCCACUAAAUAUGCCUCCUUUUUUAAAAGCAUUCUGGCAACAAACCAACUCCUGCUUGAAAGUAGCAUGCUCAUGACAUUGAUGAAAAAAUAUCUGCAUUUUUUUAGAUCAGCUUGUGUGCGUGAAUUCCUGCAUUUUCAUGUCCAGCUGGAUUAUGCAUGUGUGUGCGGUUUAAUGCGCAUCUUCUUCAGAGACUUUGACAGACAAGCGUUGACAUCUGCUUUCUCCCCUUGUCAGCAGCAGCAGUGUGAGAGUGCAUGUCGCUUUAAAAACAACAACUCAGAGAGACUCAGAAACGGCUGCAUUUCCUUAGUAGGAAUGUUUGUGUUUGUGACGCUCAGACCAACGGAUAGAGAGUGCAUUUCUUCACAGAGAAGGGGAAGAGAGAGGAAGAAAAGAGGAGGAGGGAGAGAGACAGGGUCAGUGGGGACCUCUGGCUGUUUGGGACUGGGACAGGAGGACUAGCGCAGAGUGACCUUGAGGAGGCAUCAGGCUGCUGAAUCCCAAAGAGACUGAAAGGACAGAGAGGGAGGGGAUAAGGAGAGGAGACAGCCACAGGGUUUUCUUGUCUAUCUGUGGUUUAUCUCCAGAGAAAAAAUACCUGCUGGGGCUAAGUGACACCAGCAGGACAAUAAAGGCUAAUUCCCGCUUAUUGCCUGGGCCUCUGUGGAUCUUAAUGGCUCAUCUCUGCAGAAAAGGUUUGUGAACAUGGUACCUGUGGAUAUUUUACUUGAAAAACCUUAAACUGCGACAUCGCCGGCUGCUGCUGGGAGUUUGUGUCAGUGAAGUUAUGGAGGCAGUCUUGUUGGGUCUAGAUGAGGCGGUUUGUACUCGGCAGGGUUUGCUGUGGACUCUUACCUCCUCAGCUCUACAACGUCUUCGUGUGCGUGCCAGGAACCUUCCUGCACCCCUGCACCUAUUGCACACUCACAGGUGUGUUUCUAGGCCACUUUACCAGGUAGGCUGCAUCACUCAUACGCAAAACUAACACAAAAAAUACACGCAUGCAUUCUUGUGCAUUAAAGGGAAAACAUCUCUUCUUAACCCACUAUAAGUUAUCUUCAAGUAACAUGAAUUAUGGAAAUGAGGCUCCUGGUUGGUAUCUGUUAAAAUGGAAAGAUACCAAACUUGUGCAAAGGCUGAGAAUGAAAACAGGGAGGCACAAAGAGAACAGAAAAGGCAUUUUAGGGCCAGGUAUGUCCUCCAGGCUGUAGACGGGGGGCCAUGUCCAGGGGCAGAGCUGGACAUGACUGAUUUGUUUCAUUAAGCAUGGAGGACAGAACUGGGUUACAUGUCCUUGCGGCAGUGUUCCUGCUUGUGAAAUGGAACACAUAAGGUGAACACAGAGCGUCGUCCUGCCGAGUUCAUCUGUUGAAUUUAAAAACAGAGCUUUGUUUCCCCACAUUGUCGCCCCAGUGGAGAGCCUUCUUUUGUAGUUACUUUUCUCUUCAGGAAGGAUGCAGAGCCUCAACAGGAAGUUGUGUUGCUACGGUCACCAUUAAGGGGCUGGUAACUGAGCUGUUAAGCCUCUAAGUGUUUCAAUGAACAUGAAGAGGGGAGCGCUUGCAUACAAAACACACAGAGAAGCUGUUAUAUAGACCGUCCAGUUAGUGACAAUGCUGCCAUUGCUUUAUAUGUUCAUCCUGGCUCUGAAAACUUCUGAGUGCACUGAAUGUGUCUGCAAUUUGAGAAGUGAAUGACUUAUUUUAACUGAUGAAAUAGAAGGUACUCUGUUUUUCCAGCUGUGAGUCAGCAAAAUGGUUGAUCAGUAUUCCUUUCACCAUGUCUGGAUUGGUACUUCAGGGCAUUCAUGGAAACAUUAGUAUUCCCUGGGCGCCUCACCUGCCCUGUGUGCUGCAGCUGGUACCACUGAACGAACCACACAGGCUGAGAGAGGCUUGUUGCUGGACAGUGGAGCAGAACUUCAGUACACUAACAUUUAUAAACACACAACUGCACACACCCAUAAUGUACUUUUUCCUUUUUCUCUAAUUCCCUUUUUAUUCUCAAGAGAGAAAUUAGCCAUCACUGUUAGCUCUUCAAUUCAGAAUCCUGUGGGGGGUCAACACAAUCAGAGGAAGCAGAAAAAUGAAGCAGCCCUGCCUAAGACAAACUCUCAUUUAACACCCCUUCCCCUUUCACCACACCUUCAAACCAGGGACUUCUCAAUGUCCUUACAGUGUUUGCUAUGACUAGCAAUCAACAAUAUCUUCCCUCCUCUCCUGGUGGGGUGGUACAGUCUAUGGUGGGAGUAACAAACAAGGAAUGAGGGGUCAGUGUGUCAGGCUGCAGGAUGGGGAUAUCCCACUGUCUCUUCCUUUAUUACCAUUAAUGAGACACCCAGACUCACAACAGAGAGGAACGAAGAAAGAGAGAGAGCGUCAUUAUGUCUUUACAUAUUUUAUCAGCUUGUUUCCACUUUCUCCACCCCUUUUCUUCCUCUUUAAGUGAAAAUACAUUUCCACUCCAGUGCUUUGACCUGAACCUGCUCCCGUUUGUCUCCUCUCUCCCCUUUUGACGCUCUGUUUUGGCGUUUCUUUUUUCUUCUUAAAUUGCUUCUUCAUCUCUUAUUCAACUCUCUUUGCUGUCUUUCUCCUCACUCUGGAGAAGACAGCAGACCUGCUCACUCAUUCAGGACACCAGCAUGGAUGUUUUUCUGCGCUCCAGUGUGUGACACAUAUUUCAAGGUGAUAAUUUUACGCUUUGCAUGUAGCAUGAGGUGGCACGCUGCUCAAUCACGCAGCGUGGCUUUGCAGUAACCAGCAGAGUGCGACAUUUGCGAUAUGUUGUUUUCACAUGCAGAUGUGAUCUUAUUACUCCUGUGAGAGAAUGCAGCUGCAUGUUCACACUUUUGUACAUCAGGCUGAGUACUAUUGACUCAACAGCCUGCAGUCACACAUUUUCCUCUGGUGGUAUGACCCUUAAAUAGGUUGAGCACAGACAGGCGUGUGAGGGCAGCACUCUGCUGUUGCCGUGUUAGAUGGUUCUCUCAGGGUGUUUGUUGCACUGUGUCAUUUCUCAUAUUGCUUUUGAUUUUUAUUGAUUUCAUCUGUCUACAACAUUAUAUCUCCCAUUUUUCUCCUACCUGCCCUCUGUCUAACUAUAGCCCCUUGGUUAGACUUGCACUGAUGUCCUGAAAUUCCCCAGACAUUGCCUUGGUUGGAUGCCAAAGAUUACCUGAGUUAAUGUAGACUUUCCCAGCCAGCUUUCUCGUAAAACAACUUAAGUGUUGUUUUCCACAACUGUAUAUUUGUAUUGAUAUUAAUGUAGAAACAGUCAGUCACUCAGUACAUCAAGUCUGAAUGGAACUGGACUCUUAAGAAACAUGUAAACACAUAAGCCAAACUCAACUCACAAGUCUAAAUAUGAACGUUUUUUAGAUGUCUAAAUGUAGAUCAAGUUUAGACCUAAAGAAGUCUAAGUCUGGGCUAUAUCUAUACUACACUGUAUAUUGCUCAACGCCUAUUAUAAUUAUUUUGGUUAAGUACUUGGAGAUCAGUUAUGCUACUCACAGUUGCUUUUUGAAAUAAAUAGUUAUCGAAUAAUGGGUCAAAGUACAACGUCUAAUUUCCAUCUGAAAAUAUACAGAAUCUAGAUGGUUGAAAUUAGGUCAAAAAAUAAACUAGAUGUCUAAUAGCCAUCUAUUGCUCAGUGGCCGAAAUAGCACCAAGAUAGAACUUCUUAUGGUUUGGUCUAAUAUACAUAGCAUUCUCUGUCAUGUGUAUAGCUCAGUCGAACUGAAACUGGCCCAGGUAGUUGAAAAGCAUGGAUGUAUUGCUAGGAAGCCAGAUAGUUAACAAACCAUGACAGAUGAAGAAAGGACGUGAAAAAGAUUAAACUUUCCCAAACAAAUGGAACACACAAUAUCACAAUAUCAUGUUCUUCCCUGAUGUUUUUUGCUGGUCGAACUUGAGCUGAUGGCCACACAGCUUGACACUGGCCCAAUGAUUUCCAGUAGAACUGCAACAUUUAGCCUGUAUUCGUACUUUUCCAGAAAAUGUGCAGAAACAUGCACAACAAGUAUGCAGUACAGAUAAAAAGCCCCUUUCAUAAUAGGAAAGCAUUAGCUUUUUCCACCUACCUCUAAACCAGAAGUAGUAUUUUACUUUAUGAGAGCACAUGACACAGCUAAUCUCCCUCUGAGAUUUGCCUAUGCAAACGGCAAGUUCCUCAAAAUCAUCUAGCUAUGUGCAAAAAGGGCUCACCGGACACAACCCCAAAGGUUGGAUAUCCUACAUGGGGUGAUCGGUGUUAGAGUUUCUGUCCUGUAAUGAUGGACUGCUCCUCAGACAGCAGUAAAGUCUCACUAUGAACCAUCAUUUUGUUCUUCAGAAUCAGAAGUGACUUGUUAUUAGGCAGGACUCGUCAUCAGUGUGUUAAACAUCAUUGUUUCAGACUUGACGAGAUAAACACCUCAAAUUUAUUUCCUGUAAUAAUGUUUGCUCACAACAGACAGGAAGUUGGAUCUCCUGAAUGUCUGUCGAAUGCAGAUCCGUGUUGUUUCCUAGCAACAGAGUCCCACUGAGAAUUUGUAUACAUAUUUAAAAUCCUGCAUUAUGUCACUUUAAAUAUACAUAGUCAUUAAUUAAACCUGGCUGUUUUAUCAGCUUUCAGACUCUACUGCAGUAUAUUUAGGAUUGGAAAUCAGACCUGUUUAUUCCAGCCUAAAUCUUCUGCUUCUGUUUUCUAUAAAAGUCAAGCAGCUCUGUCUUGACUUCUUUUUCUUUGACAAUUUCCAGUCUGUUUAUAUAUGAAGCAGACACAGCAUUGCUGAAAUAACUAAGACACACAGUCCUCCCUCUGUCUAGGAGCCGGUUCACGUGUGUCUAUUUUGUCACCAAGUUUGCGGUCUGAUAUGUAGAGGGCAUUCAGUCAUACUGUGGUGUUUUCAUGCCAGUGGAUUCUUAGACAAGAUAGUACUCAUUCCUCUGUGCCUCUUAGAUUAAUUUCAUCGUCCUUUUGUUGCCAUGUUCCUCUGAAGCAGAUGUCCGUUCAUAGAAAUCUGACAGGCAGGCAAAUAUCCAGAAUAGGAAAUCAGUGUAUCCUUGCAAUUUCUCAGGAUUAUUCAUUUUUUCCCCUAUUCCAGCCAAAAAAUCACUGGACAGAGGUUGUAGUUGAACUUGUGACUUCCUACUGAAGAAUUUUGAUCGCUUUCCAUGUCUGGCAGCCAUCUUUCUCUGAUCGCCAAAGUCAGGAUCUGCCUGUGAGAAAGUAUUUUCCCAGAACAAAUAUGCGCUGUGAUGGAAGGAGGGGAAGAGAACCAGGAAGGUCAUUGUCUUAAAUUUUACAAGCCCUUUGUUUGUUUUGGUUGUAAUUUUCUAAUUUCUUUAUAGCUAGCUGGAGGGAUGUUUGUGUUUGAUACUCUUACAAAGAUACCCACACUCGCUCUCACACGCACGGCUGUGUGGAUUCAGUUGGUGGUUGAAGCCGUUUACGGUGUGUCCCUGGGGAUAAGGUCUUAUUUGCAUAGUUCAUCUGGAAAACAUUUCCACUUCUCCAUUCCCAGGUUUAUCAAGUACACAGUGUGAGUGUAAUAGUGCAUGUAAAAAGAGAAAAGGAGAGAGAGAACGGCUUGGCUUCUUGAUAUCUAACUUCAGGAAAACAUAUUUCAAACAUGGGAAACUUUCUUCUCCACCCAUAUUUCCUGAAUGAUCAUCUACAUUUUAUCGUCCCCUCAUUUGUUGUCAAAAUAAACGUGUCUGACAAGUCCCUUGGUGCCGUUUCAUGCAAAACGCUUAAAGCUUGAUGACUCCCAUUCCUCGUGUUGUUUAGUUACUCUGCACCGUAAGCUUCUUUUCUCAUGCCAGGAUCUAAUUUCUCUGGUAAUGUGAGAUUGAUAGGAUGGCCGCUCACUUGAUUAAUUACAUGAGUUUGCAUGCUUACACACUUGCUAUCUUGCACGUAGCACACAGCUGUCCUUAAGGACUAAUCUGAUCGUGAGAUUUAAAGCAAAACAUGUUAGUGAUUUUUUUUGUUAGCCACACCAUCUUGGAGUAUGUAAUGUCUUGGGGCAUCCUUUAGCGCUUAGAAAUUACAAAUAAAAAGAGGCGUCAGUUAUAAUUUCAGUCAGUAAAUCUGUCAUCCUUAUGUCAGCUCUGUGGUACAGAAGCGAAACUGCUCUGGUUUGACAAAGACUACAAAUUCUGAACACUUUGAGAAGUCAGCUGGAGACUGCGCAGAUGUUGAACUUGAUACAAACUGAGGCCUCUGUGUCUUGCUGGUGUUGUUCUGGUUGAUCGGCCUCCUUGAUAAAUUAAUCUGGUAUCCUUCUUAAUCCUCUAACUGUGUCAGAGUCGUGCCCAGAGUCAAUAAUGAGGACCCAUAGUGGACAUGAUAGUGGGUUUUUGGAGGUGGUCUCUGGUUUAACUGUGGCAUUAGUGAAGGGGAUGUAGGGGUUUAUAAUGUUUUAAAUUCAGAGGUUAUGGCCCUGGUAUAGAAUGGUAAUCCCUCAGGAUUACUGGGGAAUCUGGUGAAUAUCUGAGGAAAUCCCUGUUAGUGACUCUUAGAUCCUCCGUUUUUACGGAUAUAAUAGCCUCUAACUGCAUGUCCACGUGUGUUUACAGAAUAGAGGUUUACAAUUUUGUAUAUGUAUAAAUUCAUAUCUAUAAACCAGAGAAAUUAGAGGAAACAUAAACAUCUGAAAAACAAAUAAUAAACAGUUUUGAACAAAAUGUUUUCAUCAGUUUUCAGUUUUUAUUUGUUAAUGGAGUGUUUCAGCAUAUUUAAAGCCUUUUUUAGGAACUCUCUGUUUGUGUGAAUGUUGGCGCCCCCUGUGGGCAGUUAUAUCUCUGAUCUCUUUGCUUAUCUGGUCUUGUACAAAAGCUCCUCCUAUUGUCUUUUAAAAGUCUAUUACAACUCACGAUGGGACUAUUUUCUGUAGCAACAGUGACCAAAAAAAGAUAACUCUUUACUGUGCUUUAAAUUAUCCCCUCUGCGGUUACAGGUAUUAAGAUUCAUGAUCUAGAAAUUGUCAGUCUUUUUGCCAAUGGUCAUGUUCGUGUUGUUAGGGCAUAAAGAGGCCUCACUGUUCAUUUCAGUUUCAUAACCAGUUAAAACUCCUCACAGGGGCUGUAAAAACUUAGUAGACUAUAGAAACUUACUGAGUCAUUAUAAUCGUCACAAUAAGUCUAAUUUGAAGAGGAAAAUAUAAUGCAGAUGUCUUCAGACAAGUCACUGAUUUCCCACAGUCAUUUUGGAAAGCAUACUCAGCCACUUCCUGUGUUAUGCCAGUCAUCAUUUUGUGAUAAAUGCGGAAACUGGAGGGUCAUAAAUAUUUAUCAUGCUUCCUUCACACUGGAAAUGCUGUAAAUCGGUCUCUCUCAGGUAUUUACAUCUGUUGGCGUAAUAAUGCAUAAAUAAACCAGGCAUACACUAAUCUGCUGAAAGAUUUCAUGUGUGCAUGACACAUUCACUGCUGUGUUCACAGAGUUGUAAAUGUGUGCAUUUGUGUGGACUGAUAGAUCUGCAAAGGCCAUAGCACCAAGAGCGACACCGCUCUUAUGUGUUGUUGUUUCACAUGACUGAUCUUAUGUGUUUUUUCAUGUAUUCAGCAGAAGCGUUCCACCUCCUACCUUCAGAUUUUGGCUCCCCCUGAAGCCAAAUGGCCAAAUGGGAGACAUUCAAUACCAUUACAAUGACGGGAUUCCCUUCGGACAAGGAGAACUGCACACACACAUAAACACAGGCAGCCAGACACACACAUAUGAACUUGCCAAAGGGCUCUCCCUGCAGAUGAGCUGGGUCAUUUUUCAUUACCCUGGCUCAGAGGAAUCAAGUGUGUAGUAAUAGAGCACAAUCACAUUGAGCCAAAGCUAUGGAGGGAUAAAUCCUGACUGUAGAGCACAGGGGCUGCGGGACAGUGGCAUAUAGCUCCUUUUUUCACUCCUGUAUUUGUCAUUUGAAGCCCUCAGACCAGAGAAGGGGAAUUUUUGCCACUGCAUCACGCUCAUACUGUCUCAUCUUGUCCCUCUGUUGCUUCUGUUUUCUUUAUUAUGUUCCCUCUCUUCGUCUGACCGCCUCAUUUACCGCCUGUUUGUCUGUUUUGCUCUUCAAACUCUUCCUUUGUGAGUUCAUUGCCUAGCUGUCCUUACUGAGUGAGCAUGUGUUGUUCUUCUUCUGUACACCUGUCCCUAUACUGAUCUUUUAGUUCACCUGAGCCAGUAUAGCCCGAGGCCGAGCAUGGGGAGGUAUGAUGGGAGGAUUGGUGAGGUGGAAUGAAGGGUUGGAGUAGGGGGGAGGGUUGCCUUUGAAAAACUGUGAGUGCGUAUCAACUUUGCAGAGCGAAGUGAUUCUCUUUUCAGUGCCAUCCAGGGAUCAUGGUGCUGUUGUUGGCUGGAUUUAGGCACUUUGUGUAAGGAAGCUCCGUGGAAUUUGUGUUUUCACUUUAAGUUCAAAUACCCUGGAGUCUAACCUCUGUCUGUUACAGUGUGUUCACAUUGUCUUACAGUGUCUCCUCCUCUAAGUGCCCUACAUUUCUGGCAGAGUGCUCAGCAGAGACAGCUACAUCUCCCUGAGAGUUGUCAUGACAACUUUUGUUUGCAUCUUUGGUUCAAGAGCAAGGAAGGGGGACUAAGGGUUGGUCAAACAUUUAUGCAUGUCUGUGUGUGUAUCUGUGUGCUUGACAGUGCAGGUUGUGUCCGUGCCACUCAGCUACUCAGAAGUGAGUGCUUCUAAAACCUAAGAGUUAUAUGGAUGGAGGCGCACAGAGCUCUUAUAAAGCCAGUGCCUUGAACGAUGUCGCUCUGUGGCUGUCUUUCCUAAUUGGCCUGGAGGGUCUUUGGAGGCCCUGAGGGACACACACGUACACGGGCGUGCACACACAAGGGCAAAAUUAGCGAAAGGGACUGAGAGGAUUUAGCCACUCUUUGCCCCAAAAACCCCUUUCUCCUCUCCCCUGCUGUUCUGGUCUCUGAGUACAUGUUUAAUAGGCUGGUAGAAUACAUUAGGACUGUGACACACACACAUACACACACACGCACACGCAAACACACACUUUCCAGACAGGACUGUUUAAUAUUCAGCAUGCUAAAUGGUUGGAGUGUUUGGUAUUCUAUCCAGUCACAGGACACUGGAUAGAGGCCACUGCAGUUCAACUACUCCACAGUUCACACUGCCCUUGAGUUACACCAUGUGUUCAGUGUGUGUGUGUGUCUGUGCGUGUGUGUGUGUUUAUUUGUUAACAAAAACAUAAGAAACAAGCAGAAGAAGCGUCAGAGUGAUAAAUAAAACCAAGGAUGAGGAUAACUGAUGACAGGGUCUAGAGGACUUCUAGACACCUAGCACACAGAUUUAAAAGAAAAGCACACACAAACAUACACACACACGUACACACAAGCACUCACACACUGUCUGCAAUUAUAUAGAGGAUACUAUUAUCAGCCUUAGUGCAGAACCAAACGUUGUGCUCUACGUCACUUUGACUCUCUGUGUGCAUUGCCGGCAGUAUCAGUGAACACAGGGUCACUUGGGUCUGCAGUGAUUCUCACUGUGUGAAUUAUAGAUGAAGAGGGGAGGUGUGGGUGUAAACGAUCCUUCCCCUGCGAGUGACUCUCACAUACACACACAUGCACACACGGUGACAGCCUAGAUCCUUGCAGAUCAACCCCCAUGAACACUAAGACCGUGUUUCAUUGAGAUAAAAGUCUUAAAGACAUGACAUCACUGGUAGCUAUUUGUCCUGAACCCCUCUGCUCUUCUUGUCAGGCUGCUGGUCCUCUGGCUCCCCCUCUCGCUCUGAUCACUUACCCUCUUCCUCUGUUCGGGAGCUACUCUGAUAAUCAAGAUCUUUCAUAUGAAAGUCAAAGCUGAUGUAUGAGCAGGCUUUAUCAACGCUGUGUUUCCUUUAUACUGGAAGGAACAUCCAGCCCUUAUGGGUGAAGGAAAAACUGAUCAGAGGAAAAUAUCUCAGAGGAAAAGCAGGGCCUGAAAGAGGAGGAUCAGUAUUGGAGGCUCUUCCCUCCUUUGGGACAUAAAGUCAAAGAGGAAAUCCUCUUUCGAAUAUUUUAAGCACAACUCCAGAAUUGACCAGCUUCAACACACACUCACUGUGGCGCAAUGUCAACAAGAAAGCCUUCGUUUUCUUUGCCGUUAUCAAGAGCACAGUAACCGGGGUCCUGUCGUAGACUGUUCAGUCUUAAUUUCAAUUAAAAGCCCUGUAACAUGUACCGUAAGUACAUGUGAAUGAGCACAUCUAUUUGACCUGCUUUCAAAAAGCACCAUAGUUAAGGUUAUUUUUAAGCAGCUGAAAGAGAUAGUGAAAGAAGAUAUUAUCUGAUGGAAUGGAAUUGAAAGAAUCGCAGAGAGACAAGAAUUUAUCAAGGACAAGGUUAGGCUAUUGUGACUACAAGACACAUUUAAAGGUACCCGACCAAUUCAAGGUGUUAACGCUUUGCUUUUCUGUGUUAUCAUCACCAUUUUUGCUUGCCUUUCUCUGACUCUGACUCUCUGUCAUUUAAAGCUAUGGUUUUAAACGUUUUUCAUUAAUAAAUCCAUCGAAAAGUUUGAAAAAAUAACAGUGUGAGACUAUUUUGGUUUUAUAAUAAGUAUAGAAAGCAAAUAUUCAAAUAGAAUAGUACUAAAUGAGCGACUGUGGUCUGGUUUGUGUCAAUGUUAAGUUAGAAAGUUUCAAAACAGCUGGUAUAGAGAUUUUUUUUUUGUUGGUUCAUUCUGACAACAAAUUUAAACUACUGCUACAGCUGUUGCAUUAAGACCUAUUGAUAGACAGGUAGGAUAGUAAAGUAUUAGUUCACACAGAAGAUGUGUGAAACAGCCAGUGUGAACCUUUUGGAUCUUUCCACAUUUGGCAGCCUGAGUCUUUGCAUUUCUUCAAGGCUUGAGGUUCCUCAAAGCUUAAGUUCUUAUGUCUUUAUUGUGCCUCCUGAAACACCUCACAGCAAUGUUUCUGCAAGCAGCGUUUAAAAUUCAUAGGCAUCUUCAUCUUGAAAGUUGUGGUGAAAGUUGUGAUUUUAUGUAAAGAUGUCGAGAUGUAAAGAAACAUCUGAAGAGAAAAACAGAGAGAGACUGGUAAAGUCUGGGAGUCUGGCUUUGUAGUAAAAUAAGAACAAAGCAGGGUUGGUUACAGAAAUAUCUCCAGCUUGUUUGAAGUGCCAGUGUGUUUCUGAUUUUAAAAAACGCCCUAACUGGAACCACAUUUUGGUCCCAGAGUCACACACGGGCAGGGAGGGUGGAGCCCACAGACACACACACACACACACUUGAACAAACAAAACAGAUCUCUCCGGUCAGUCUUUUCUCUAGACAUUCCUGGCUGCCUUUCUAUGACCCUCCCUGCUCUGAAGAAGUCUGCAUUCAGCCUCCUAUUAUUUUUCCAUCAAGGCAAACAUCACCUUUUCAGCUUUUUAUGUAGAAAUACUAUACAUUUUGCUGAAUCUUAUGUUGUAAUGUAAUACGCACCAGAUGCAGACAGUGUUACAUCAAAACUGACGACGAGCCAUAAAGUCUAUUCAGCUAUAAUGAUCUCAGCAUCAUAAAUCACUGUUGUGUCAGACCAUGCUUGCUCUCAAAGUGACGUGUUUAAGAGUGUGUGUUUGUUUAGUCUCCAUAAAUACAGCAGAUGUAGACCAAGACAGACGGAGAAAGACAGAGAGUGAGAGUGUAGAGUGUGUACGUAUGUGUGUGUGUCAAGCGUAUAUGCCUACCGCAGCGUCCCACAGCCAGGGUCAAAGAGAUUCUCCAUCUUGCUUUAAUUAACUGUUCAGCUGUGUUUAUAUCACAUUCCACCAAUAUAGGUUACCUUUUCCAGUACGCACCAUCAACCCUGUCCCCCUGCUCGACCUUAAAACCUGACUCUCCGCCUGUUAAACCCACCUCACCCAUCCAGCUCGUUCUCCCUUGGACCCCCAGCUCCAUAGAAACGCACAAGAUCAGCACCUCAUUAUGACCACACCUUAGCCAGGAAUAGAAGCCCACUGGCUCCAUAACACAGGCCCAGAUAUGUCACACCUCCAAGUGUUUGUCACCUUGUGUUUUUUGGCAGAAACACCCUCUGUAGGUCAGUGAAGGGUAGACUUAUAAUGCACAAGAAACAUUAAUUCACACGUUUAUUGUUCUUUCCUGCCUUGCUUCCUCUCUUCCUUCCUCUUCCUCACUUAUACCCUCAUCCCUCUCUGACAUCCAGCUCCUCUGGACCUCCUCAAAUCCACUCUAAACAGGAACCAUACCUCAUAAACUAUUCCUGUGAAAGUGUUCAGAAUCUUCCUACAGACAUUUUUUAUGUUUCGCUCUCCUCCUCUGUGCGUCCUUUUAACCCCAUUCAUUCAUUCCCUGCCGAUCUUCAUUUUCCCCUUCUUUUUCCCCAGCCUAUUAAACUCAGGCCCCUCAUGAUAGCAAACUGAGGAAGCCUCAAAUAAAAGGAGACAUGUAUUUCACUGGAGAAUGUGAAGGAAAAAAGGGGUAUAUGUAUUUAAGCCAAAAAAAAAGAGUCAUCUGGAGAUGUUUAAGUUGGACAGGCCAGUUUCCGGUGUCUGGAAUGGGCCAAAAAUAUCCAGAAACAGAAGAAUCCGGCAGAAGGGGAACGGAUACACCUCCUUGUUUCUCAUGUGACAUUUAGCUAACUAAGCUGAAUUUGGGAUUGCAGCAUGUACAGAUGUCUCAACAAGCUUGUUCAAGCCAAGCAGAUUUAUAAUUUACAUAAAUUUGAUUUGUCUUCUUGCUGGCUCAUGUCUGGAAAAAGAAGAUUCCUCGUGAAUCUUGCAAGUUUGACUGAUUAGGGAUUGGCCGCCAUAUUGCAAAUAUGGUGCAACUGCAUGUGAUUCACACAAACUUAUUUACAUUCAAGAAAAAAGAUAAGAGAAUCUGCCUCAUUGACAUGCAGAAGCAUUAACAAGAGUCUUCCAUGCAUGUAUGCAUACUUUGGCUACUUUAUGUCCUUCUCAUAACCUGGGGAUUAUUGUAAUGGGUCUACAGUAAUAAAGAGCAGGCAGGCAUACACUUGCAGAGUCACUCAAAAACUUUACUGACAGCAGGUAAGGCCUGCAGGCUUUCUCCUGUGGCACACAUUAGUAUCUAUUUAUAGUGCCAAAAACUGGACCAAUUUUGUUAUGUUAACAACCUGUGGUUUCAACGGCUGCUGCCACAGCUGUGUUAGGUGAACACAAGUGCCCAAUUUAGUCAGAAAAAAUAUUCCAACGGCCGCAGUAGACUGAAAGACAAGAAAUAACUCAAGCCCUGUGCUCCAGAGAAAGGAAAUGGGUUUUCUUAAGAUGCAAGGAGGACAUGCUAGAAGGAGAGGGGCCAAACAGACAAGUGUUGUGAAGAUCUAACCAAAACUAAUGCUCUGUUUUGCAAAAUGUAUUGAUUGAAAGGUUAGAAAGCUUAUGUAGCUAAUGGUAUAGAUUUGGUAUGAAACUGAUGUUAAAGCCAAAAGUCAUGUAAGGAUAGGGUUUUUUAAGGCAACUCAUUCUCCCACACUAAGACUCAAAGUAGCCAACAGUUGAUUCAGCAGUACACAGACAAUGAUCAGCUCAUUGUUAUGUUUCAGUGGACCAUUACAUGUUUCAAAGACGGAUUGUUGGUGUAUUUUGCAGACAGAGAUGUCAUUUUUUCUAUUUGCAAACACAAUACAAAGAGAGAAAGAGGGGGAAGAGAGAGAGCGGUCUGCAGUUUCUCUCAGUCUCAUGGCUGUGUGAGCUGCAGCAGAAAAUUUCCCCUCCACUCCUCCUCUCCCCGCCCCCACAUCUUGCCUCCAUUAUUCCCGUGUUUUCGAAGCAACUCCGGUGACAGAGAAACACAGCGGUGAAGAAGUGAAGACGGCUCACACCACACGUUUGACCGCUGGACAUCUCUUCCGGUCGCCUGCCCGCCCCCCCUCGGGUUGCUGACCGUUGGUACGGUCUCUUGCUAUCCGCACGUUCGCGCACCGUUUGUGCACGGUGCCGGUAGCGAAAGGAGGAGGAGGAGGAGGGGGUUGGUCGACCGGGACUACCACCGUGAGAAGCUCUCUCUCUCUGCUGCUUUCCGAAGGAGGAAGGAGGGAAGCAAGCUUUGGGGAAAAAGAAACGCCUAACGGUCGCUUUUAAUUAACGCCCGAGCAGGAAUGGCGAGGAUAGGAGAUGUAACGGCUCUGUGACGUGUUGAGGAUACAGAGGAAUAUACAGCGACCAGCGUCUGUUGUAAUUAACGUGAACUAAUGGUCACUAACAUGGAUGCUGAUGUGCCUCCUCCCCUAGGCCGGCCGGGAAAUGGGGUUUAUUUUGACGAUUUUCUGGCAGUAACACGACUCGUUUCUUUUUGGGAUUAAUAAUUUCGCUUUUUUUAAUUGUUUUUCUUCCCUUGCUGGAGUCAGUUUUGUGUGGGAGUGUCGCUGUGAGCGUGUCUUUGCAAGGUAACUAACUAAUAAUAACAUUACUGCCGUCGACUGAGCAUCACUGUCAGCUGCGUUUGUGUGUAUGUUAUUUUGAAACGCUGUGAAUGUGACUGCUUUUUAUACAUUUUCCUUCCCUUAUUUUUCAAUCUCGUUUCUUACCAGUGAGUCAGGUUUGAAGAUGAAGGAUAGACAGCCCUAAACUGACUGGUAAUCGGUCAGAAAUGUUGGAGGGUAACAUACAGCAUGAAUCACUCAGCGGUGGGCUACAUGGUGAUGGAGCUAACAUGUGUUAUUGUUGGUCUUUGUUUUUCUCAUUAGAGCAACGUUUUUUUUUGUAGUGCUAACAACAUACAACAGAGGCCUGACCAUGCCAUAAAGAGUGAUGUUGCUUACCUGGCUAAAACUGCCUCAUUGUGGAGGUAUAGUCUAUUGCAUUCAGUUCAACUUCACAAUAACUCUUCUUUUAACUCUGUGUGAUGACAAGAAGCCAUAUGCAGGGAUUUUAUAAGGAUACAAAUUUAGUGGCAUGUGUCCAAAAACAUCUGUCUCCUUGGGCUUUGCCUAUGGACAGGGAUUAUAACCUUGGCUUUAACGUUUAUACCAUUUCCAGGUGCCUAUAGCAAGAUGUCAGGGACUUUGCAUAGUCUGUCUGCAUUGAAGUUUAUUGCAGAGACAAUAAUUAGGGAAGAAGUUUCACUGUAUUCUUGUUCUCUCCUGGGUAGGUUAGUUAAGCUGGUAAAGCCCAGAAGUCAUUGAAGUAGUAAGGCAAUAUUUUUAGUAUAAACAUCGGAUAUUUUAAACUCUAAGACAGAAGGCUCGGAGAUGAAAACAAAAUCCUUUGUUGGAAAAUUGAAGUGUGUGUGUGUGUGUGUGUGUGUGUGUGUGUGUGUGUGUGUGUGUGUGUGUGUGUGUGUGUGUGUGUGUGUGUGUGUGUUACUGUGUGCACAGGUGCACCCAAUCUAAACCCUCAAACCACAGGAGAUCAAUGGUGAGUGGGUAGGGUAAACUGAACCCUUCAAAGUAGCCAGAAGCCACACACACAUUAACACACACAUAGUCAUUCAGCAGAUUUCACACAGGAAUGAGUGUUGAGACAUACCACUGUCACUCAUCUAUGAAGCUAUUUUGGUAUCUUCAGCUCUCUGCUAAACUCUCACCUGUAACCUGUCACCUUAAUGUAAGGUGGCUCCGGUUGUGGGAAAGUAGUUGUGCUCAUGCUGUGGACACACCCCUACCAAAUUGCAGGAGCCUCAGGUGGUCAACUUGAUCCUCAUGGUGAGGAGUUACAAACCGGUUGUGCUUGUGCUCAUGUUUACGGCAUUUAUGGUUUCUCAUAAGACAUGAGAAAAAUUAAAAUGUUCCCCACCCUUUCUCCCUACUCCUUUCUUUGAAAAAUUUCUUCCACCGCUCCACACACACCCACACACAAACCCCAUCCUCCUGGUCUCCCUCCCAAUCUCCCAGAUGUGAGGGAAAUGUGGGAGGAACCAGGGGGUGUUUGUGUUCCUCAGGGUCCCCUCUUCCUGUUACAGUUACUUGCAGAGAAACUCCACAUGUGCUGAGAACACCAGCACACACAUACAUACCCCAAAACAGAUGCAGAAUACUCUGGCACAGUUAUUUAUUUAUUUAUUUAUUUAUUUGUUUUUUAGAAAUGCUUGACUUUAUUUCUGCAGUGAAUCACUAUACCAUUUGACUUGUUUUCAUUGGAGUUUUAUCAUGCUGUCACAAACAGAUAUGAAUGUUUGGUUUAACGUAUACACAUGCAGUAAAUCUCUCUCACAGUUGACUGUUCUUUAUUGCACCUGCUCCAGUGUUAAUGUCUGAACCUGGAAGAGAGACAUUUUUAUUAUGCAGGACUAUUCAGUAAGCUCUAUAUUGACCAAAACACUCCACAGAAACUUUCUUAAAGGGUACCUCAGUCAUUCUGGUCACUGUAGUCCACUGGGGGAUAAUGUACUUCCUGCCACAGAGGAAUGCUAGAAAUGUUCCUUAGGAGGAGAGUGGUGAAGGACAUUGUCUCUUUUGGUCCAUUGUCUCCAGUUGUCCUUUGUGUAUUUGAUUGAAGAAGCUGCAUAUCAAAUGUCUCUGUCGAGUGGAGACCUAUAUAAACUUUGCUUUUGCUCUGCGUUGGCAUGACAUGUCAAUCUGUAAUAUAUCUAAACAAGCAAAUUAACAGAGUCCAUUUCAUUUCUGUCUUGUUUUAGAUGACAGAGGGGAGGCGAUGUCAGGUCCAUCUCCUGGACGACAGGAAGCUGGAGCUCCUUGUACAGGUAAGUCUCUCCUCCCGCUGUUCUUCUGCUCUCUUUUCCUUUCUUCUUCCCCCAUUCUUUGCGUAGUAUUCUGUCUCGAAAGGGAGCAAUAAAUGCUGUCUGUUGUCUGAAGGGACCCAAUCGCUGCUGACUAAGGGUAAUGCAGUCAGCAGUAGGUGACUUUGCUUUUUCUUGAUGCUCCCUCAAUCGUUCCACACAAACACCCCCCACAAAAUCACACAAGGACAUGUAGCAGCAGACCCUGUCCUGAUUUACUCUUUUUACAUAAGCCUUGCAUCUCAGUACAGAGUUGUACUCAUUUUUAGUCUCCCAACUACUACCAUCAAAUAUCUAUUUGUUAUUGACAAAUCUCCCUUACAUCUUGGAGCAACAAAGCAGCAUGCUGCCCCUCUCCUAGUACACAGAGCCUUCAAUAAUCUCAGCAGGUCUUUCUGCAGUAAUGACCAAAGGCAGCAGCAGCACUCAUAACACCAUAGUAUCUCCCACUCAUGCUACUAAAGGCUCCUUACCUUUAUCAACUAUUUCUUGUUAAGCAGUUAUUUUUUAUUUAAAAGGCAAGGUGGAAACCUGGGUAUGGAAUUUUUGUUGUGUCAGACUGUAACCCAGAUUCAUCAGUCAGGGUUUAGUUGGGGUGUGGCUUUUCCUCACUGCUCAAGUCCAACCUUCCUUUGUCUCUUCUUCAUUGAUUGUUGAUCAUAUUUCCUUUGCUCACCUGUAUCAGCCCUCUCAUACUUUGAUUGAAGCAUUUUCCUUCAAGUACCUUCGACUCUUCCUCACCUCUGGCUCUUUCAGUCCCCUUUGUGCUCUAUUACCUGCUUCCACUUAGAAAAAAAUGAAAAAUACAAAAGAGGGUAAUUGCCCUGGAACAGGAUAAAAUGAGCAAGUACUGAAGAUUGACACAGAAACUUGGGCGGGUGAGAUGGAAAAGUGAGACAGGAGCUGAGGAAUAGAGGAGAGAUGAUUCUGAAGAGACAGGAAGAGAGGGAAAGAAAAUGGAGUGGAGAGCUGAGGAGUGGUCUGCUGACUUUCUGAUUUGAUUACCCUGCCAGAACUGAUCCUCUCUUACAAAUUGGUACUUCUCUCUGCUCCUCUUUUCUUCUCUCUAUCUUUCGCUCCCUCUCUCCAUCUUCCUGACUCUUCACUCUUCACUCCUUAUCUUUUUGUCUCACUCAUCAUACCCUAGCUUGUCUUACUGGUCUUUGCCUAUCCAUCCAUAUCUCUGUCUCCUCAGUCCCAUAAUAACAUCAGCUGUCAUGUAUUUUGUCCAUCCAUCCCCUUUUCUGCUCAAAUUAAAUGGCAUUACAGCAAAAUUUAUUCUAGGUAUAGAGUUUUUCUACAACUAAACCCCUACUGUUUACCUCAUAAUACAAAAAUGGUCGUAAAUGGUAUUUUUAAAGUUUAAAAAUGGUUCUGUAGUAUAAAAAGCACAAGUUAUGACAAAAGUCAGGGAGAAGGGAUGUUGUUAAAAAACACUUGCCUUGUAAAUCAGGAUACAGCUGUUUUUUUCUCAACUUUUGACAUUGCCUCUCUUCAAUCUGAGGAUGUUCAACAGCUGUCCACAGGAAAUUACCGUGUUAUUCUGAGUGCUGUGGUAAACCAAAAAGCUGCCAGGACCUUUACUCAUUCAUAAAAAAGGAUUCUUGAAGGCAUGAUCAUAAAACACAUGCUUACCAGAAAGUUGUGUUGAGUAUUUGGGCAGAUUUUUUUAUCCUUCUUGUAUACUUGAUUCUGUCAGCAGUAGCACUAUUAAGUCUGUCCUAUUGAUACCAUCUGAUAGCUUGCCUCUGAAGCAUCUUAUCGCUUUCCUAUCUUUUUUUUUGUCAUUUACUUGCCAAACUAAUGAUCAAACAGCUGCCCAAACCCAGAGGUGUUAUUCCUCCAUUACCCUUUCCACCUUCCCUUCCUUCUACCUUUGUGAGUGUGUCUUCAGUGGUUACUUUGUGGAGUAACGGCUCAUUGGCAGGAAAUUAUGUGCCAGAAGGCCAGCACACCCACUGGCCAGGGGUAAUGAUGGAAGCCAAACUCCAAAUGUGCAAAUGUGUAACAUGUAUGUCAGUCAUAAUGGCAAAAAGUGUUUGGGGGUUGUCACUGAGCUGGGUAUUAAGUUCAGUGAAGGGACAUUUCAGGGUUUUUUACUGUAAGAUUGUAAGACGCUAUUUAAGAAUAUGUACAAAUAGCACUGGUUUACACACAAAAAUGUGUAGGGUACGAGGCUUAAAAACCUUUUCCUCACCCACUCUUGUACUCUUUAAGUACUGCCAAUGAAAAAUCACUGCCAUAAAUCUGAGCAAUCCUGUCAGCACCAAGGGCCUGGCUUGCUGUUUGCAGAGAUUGGACUCUGACUUUCUGCCAGCCAGCAGAGUGAGCUACUGUUGUGUGUUUGUCUGAAGGUUUGCUUAGCAUGUCUCUUCCUUAUUGGCACCUCCCUGUAAUUCUUAACCUGUUAAUUACCUGUGCUGCUGAGGAGGCACAGGCUAGAUGUCUGUUAGCAAUAAUGCUGUUAAAGCUAGCUGAGGGCUUUCAACACCCAUUAGAUGGCUCUGUAGUGUGUGUUGUGUGUACAUACGCUUGUGUGUAUUUUUGUAGAAGUGGUGGCUGCAAGAUCUGUAUCUGUGUGUGUAUUUGUGAUGUGUUUUAUCACUCACUGCAUAAUAUUUACCAGUUUUGUGUCUUUGUCUCCAUGUUGUCUUUUCAAAAAUUAGAGUGUCCACGUGUCCUUGUCACCCUGCUCAUUACUGGUUAUGCUUUGGUGGCAUGGGUGUAUUUAAUUGGUACUUUUGUCAAUGCUGUAAACUGCAGUGUCGUAAUGAGAGGCCACAACAGUCUGUCUCAGACUAAGCCAAAACAUGAAUUACUGCUAAUACUAUGAAGAAAGCCUGUUUCUAACCUUACAUUUCCACAUUUUUCACGUGUUGAUGUCCUCAGUUUUCCUCGAACACAGCUGCAUAAACGCCCCCUGCAGCAGGAGCCGUGCUGUUUUCUAUCUGACACUAUUAUCUUGUGCAAGUCUAACAGGCAGGAUCGACCUAUAUGUUAGCUCCUUCUCUUGCAUCUUCUCUCUCCUGAUCCUCUCUGUGUUGCAGCAGGAUCACUGUAGGCAUUGUGCUCAUAUGAGAUUUAGGUCAUUGAAGCUGUGUGCAUAUGUGUAAGUGUGUCUCUGUGCGCAUUUGCUGUCUGCAUGACAUCACCUCCUUCUCUUUAAAUAGCUCCCAGUGACUGUCACUGUAGUUGUGCACUGAGUAGAUAGCACGAGACCUCAGGGGAAGAUUUUCACGAAUGUGCACACUCGGCACUGGGCACACUGAUGUACGAGGUGUGUGUGCAGAGUGUAAUUUGUGCUUAUCUCUCCUGCAUGCACAGCACAUGCCUUCAUCCUCUUUGUUGAGUAUGGGCUUUGAGUUUGUUAUAUGUGCAUGCAGAUUUGUGUGUGUGUGUAUGUGAUAAAAAUGCAGGCAGUGAGGCACACCCAUGGUUAACCUCAGGGUGGGGCUUGCAGUUGCUCAGGAUGUCACAGACCAGCAGCACAAGGCAGCGGUCCCAGGCCUCUGCUUGGCUUCAAGAUGGUCUGAGUGCAGUGAUGAAUGGAGGUUGUCAUUACAUACAGCACUGGUAGUACUCCACUGUAUUCACUUGCUAGCAAGUUCUGCUAGCUGCAACCCUCUCCCUGCAGUACAGUGGUUGAGCCCAGAGCCAUGACUCUGCAGUAGAGGUGUGGGUCAGAGAGGCGGAAAGGAGAGAGGGAGGGAGGGGAAGGGCAGGGUUCCUGCACUGUCAGCAACAUCCACACACUCCAUCCAUCUUUCUCACACACUCUCUCUCUCAUUUAUCCCCUGUUUUCUGGCUCUUUUCCUCUUUUUUUUUUCACACUGUUUGUCAGAAUGCUUUGUCAUUGCAGUAAAUCGAUAGCUGAUUCAUGCAUUAGCAUAACGCUCUCACACAUUUACUUGUUCCAAUUUAAAGUAAGGUGUGAUAAACCACAAUACCCAAACCAAAAUCAUGAUAUAACUGAUAAAUGAAACAAUCUGAGACUAAUAGGAUACUAAUAUUUCUCUCUCUUUCCAGCCCAAGCUGAUGGCUAAGGACCUGCUGGACCUUGUAGCCUCUCACUUCAACCUCAAAGAGAAGGAGUACUUUGGAAUUGCAUAUACAGAUGAAACGUAAGUCAUUUUCCAAUAGUUUUAUAUCCAAAAAAACAAGUGCAAAUGGUGAAUCAGUGGCCAAGGACUCUUCAAUUUAUCUUUUUGGUAGAAUUGGGUUUUUCUGUGCUCUCCAAUGACUACACUGUUCAUUCUGGUUAUUUUAGCAUUUGCACUCCUGUUUGGAUAGAUAGGAGUAUGUUGGACAUUAUAUCCUUAAAGCUGGAAAUAAGCAUGAUUCGUAUCAAUGUACAGGUGCAACAGGUUGGGCUGAUAAGCAGUGCAUAGCUAAAAGGCCAUUCAAGUGGAGUUUACUGAAUGGGAACCUCUCUAUGUGCUCCUUUGGACUUUAAGAACCAACUUACAGGGAUUUUGAUGUUUACAAUGUCCUGAGUGCCUGAAACCUAUGGGUGAGGGAGUUAAUGGUUUCUUGAGAGUUUCUAUAACUAUACUCAUGUUUGAUGUUGAUAUGGUACGAUGAUAUUAGGAGUAGUGUUUAUGGUUAUGGUCAAUGGAUAUUCAAGUAUUUUGGAAAUGUGUCAAAUGUCUGCCUCCUUGCUGGGUGAAGCCACUCCGAGAACAGCACCCUCUGUUGACGGGCUGCAGUAUAGGCCAUAAAUCCUGCCUCCGCCAGCAAUGCUUAUGGAGCUGUGGACAAACUUUAGAAAUUUAUUACAUAGUACAUACAUUUUUCUCUCCCCUGCUUGCAGUGUUGACAUGUAGUUACAGUAAGACUAGUUUGUGUUCAAGUCCUGUUUUUUUCUGUGAAGCUCCGUUUUUAAAAGUUAUUAGGGGGUUCAUGUUUUCAUGUUUGAUGUUGAUAUGGUACGAUGAUAUAUACUGUUUGAGCCGAGCGUCAUCACAGCAACUCUCGGCGACUCUCCCGCCAAAUGCAUACAACGCUACUGCGCAAUGCUGGUUUUAGGAAAUAAAGAAAAAUCCCGGAAAUACCGAGAGCUUUUUGGCUACAAAUCCAUAUCCAGGCGGGAGGCAGAACCAAGUUGUCCAUAGUAUAUAGAGUCUAUGGUUUUGACCUGAUAAAUGUCUAGUGGGCUUUUCAACACUCCAUAGCUCAGUUUUUUUUGUACUUUAAUUUCUAUUACAGUAGGCCAGUGGUUCUCAAGUCCAGUCCUCGAGGCCCACUGUCCUGCAUGUUUUGGAUGUUCCCCUGCUCCAACACACCUGAUUCAAAUGAUCAGCUCGUUAUCAAGAUCUGUAAUGGCUUAAUAACAAGCUAAUCAUUUGAAUCAGGUGUGCUGGAGCAGGGAAACAUGCAAAACAUGCAAAACAUAAACAUAACAUAACAAAACAUAAAAAAGUCUGAGUCUGAGUCUGAGGACAGUGGGCCUCGAGGACUGGACUUGAGAACCACUGCAGUAGGCUAUUAAAAUUUGGACAAAACCCCUUCUGUUAAGCUCAAGAAUAAAAAGGGACAUUUUUAGGUAUUGCUGCUCCUAUUUUAGUCAAAAUAUUAAAAUCAGUCCAAAAAUAAGAAACAUUACACUGGUGUAUAAACAGAUGUGGGAAAGAUCCCCACGUGACGUAUAAAAGGUCUCUGGUACUCUGAAGUUAUGAUUGUCUUGCUCUAGACUAGCAAAAGAUCACAAGUCUAUGUCUGCCUCAAGAUUUGCUACCAGGUCCCUGUUGGAAAUGCAAAAAUGACAUUCAAAUUAGUUUUAUUGUGUUUGGUGACCUAGAAAGGCAGGCGUACCACCGCACAGUCCUGAACAAGUCAUGCAAACUAAAACGAUUUACAUACAGACAAACAUUGCAAUGGCCUCUGUUUGGUUUGUUUUUUGUUUCAUCUUGUGUACCCACUGAUGUUACGGGGCUUUGACAUAUACUGUAACCAAUGUCAACACAGCAAAGAAACACCCCCUUUGCAGUCUCAGUCCCCCAGGGCUAAUUCUAUGAUGUGUACAUUUGUUGCUUGUGUCAUGGGAGAGCAGACACGUCAACUCUGACCGUUCAGUGGUCAAAGAGGCUGUGUGAAGGGAGAAGAGGGAGAACGAGAUUGAGAGAGUAACAUAGGAGGAGGGAGACUUAGAGAGGGAUGUUGCUCAGGAGACCAUGUAGGGUUACCAGGGUGACAAGCUGGCGCUGCAGUUUUCUCUCGGUUGGAGAGGGGUAGAAAAUUGAGAGGAGAGAGGGAGAGAAGAGGGGGAAACAAAGGGGGAGAAAUAGUAACAGGAAGGCAAAAAUGAGUUGGUUAAAAGUAAAAGCAUUCACUCUUUUAUGUAAAGAUUUUCUGUACCCUUGUUGAAAACAUCUGAGUAAUAUAAUAUAUCACAGUUUUUGUUAUUUGUCUCAUCAGGGGCCAUUUUAGUUGGCUGCAGUUGGACCGCAGAGUAUUAGAGCAUGAGUUCCCAAAGAAGUCUGGUCCAAUCGUCUUAUACUUCUGUGUCAGGUGAGUCUUUUUCAGUUCAUUUCUCUAACCUACACUCUCAAUAUUCUCUGCUUGUGUUUGUGAGGAUGAGGGAGUGAGAACGAUGGAUGCAGUGUGUGUGUUGUCAGUGUGUCUGUUGUAUGUGUUUGUGUGCACACAGCUCUCGUGCCAUAAUAGGAACAGAUUAACAAGGUUAGUUGUGACAGGCCCCAAUGAAAUUGCUUUGACCCAAGUGUUGGGCUCCCGCAACGGGGCCUCACAGCCAAUCAUGAGUCUUUUAGACCUCAUCAGUGUGAGCUGCAUGCAAAUCCAAUCUAACACUGUAGUUAUGUUCUGAUUUCAACCUGCUGUACUCCAAACAUUUGGUCAGAAAUGCUUUUCUCCUCGGGAAGGACCAUUUCUAUAUCAGACAAAAGAGCCUUUGCUAGAAUCAUUUUGAGUUGUUAGCUUCUGCUUCACUGGGUCAGAUAUACUAGUGAUCCCUGCCCUCAACAAAUAUCCAUGACGUUAUGGACUGAGCCUCAGUUCACAACCUACAUAGCAACAUGACGCACAGAACUUUGUUGAACAAUGUCUUUGAGCUGUCAUUCCCAUUUGACAUUUUCAUUACUGCUUCAAGCUUACAUAAUUCAGUAACUGCAAACUAAAAUCGUAUUUUUAGCACUGCGACCUAUUGUUCAUUAUUCCACAUGAACAAUGAGGUUUCGGUUCAGUGUGGUUCCAAUUUUACCCUAAGAUGUACUGAUAAGAUAUCAAGUUGCUACUGCUGCUGUUAAGGUCAUCUCCACUAUUCCUAUUGUACUGCAAUCUAAAUGAGUACAACAUUUGUAGCAUCAUCAUAUUCAAGCUAUGAUAGAACAUUAUUAGCAUUCAUGUAUUUGUGAGCUGUAAAAUUAUCCAUAAAACAUGUUGAAUUUUGACCUUUGAAUUGUGAUUCUGGGUGGAUUUAAAAUAGCUAACAGUUACUUAAUUUCCUUAAACUAAGACCACCUAUGAGGUCUCAUAAAACCACUGUGUGAAGUGUCUGAGGGAGUAGUGAUGGUGGUGGGCCGGGGAGGGUGAGGGGUCACUGUGUGAGUAUUUACAUAGACUAAUAGGUGUUGGCAUUGUGAACUCUGACACCAUUUGAGAGGCUUUAUUCCCCUCUUUUCUCUUGCAGCUCAGUCCUGUCUCUAACCUCAAUCUCUUUAAAUGUCAUACCGACUCUGCCCACCUUCCCCCAUUCCCACACACACACCUUAAAUACACAAACACAGACACAUAUACACACAGAUGUCUUCUCCUACAUCCACACUCAGACACAGAAUUGGAAGAACAACCAACUGAAAUGUCAAGCUCGACUCUAUCGUGACUUGCAGUGCAUUGUUUUUGUUAGCACAACGCAAGGCUGUGUGUGUCAUUACCGGUGCUUGUAUAGCGUGUAUUUGCCUGCAUUCAUGAUAUUUAUGUGAUGAUUGAGUCCCGGGUAAAAUUCGUCAGAUGCCCACCUCUUGCUGAUUCAGUGUACGCCUUUUUGUGUGUUUGCUGCCGCACUGUAAUUGUGCGCCUGUCUCAUUGACACUGUGACUUUAAUUAAAUGUUCUCGCUGAAUAUUGACAAGGCCCCUCUCAUUUUCUCUCAGCUCAAUGUGUAAUGCGAUUUAAGCCCUCAAACAUCGAUCCCCCCACAAUCUAUCUCACUCUAUACCUUUGCGCUAAUAAGCAGGGAGAUCCACACUUUCAUUCUUGUGUGUUAGAGACAUGUUUUUAGGUGAGUAUUAAAAUAUUUUUAGGUUUAUUCCAUCCAAGUUAUGUAACAAGCUUGUUUUAUGCUUUAUAUAUUGAUUUACAUUUUCACCAGCUCACAAUGAGUAGCUUCCUAGUGUACCAUCGUUGCUCCCCUCUGGCUCUGCAUGUAUUCACAAGCUAAAUUUAGACCACAUUAUUAUGUUAGUUCCCUCCUCACCACUCUGCCAGAAGUGGGUUACUGUGCUGCUCUCUCCAGUACGUGGCUGUGUGUGUGUGUGUGUGUGUGUGUGUGUGUGUGUGUGUGUGUGUGUGUGUGUGUGUGUGUGUACUGUAUGCGCAUGUGGAAUUCCUACACACUGCUGAUGAUGCAGGAGGCAGACAAUGUGUGAAGUUCAUUAUGUGCAUAUUGUGCCUAUAGGUGUGUGUGUGUGUGUUUUUGAGGGGUGGAUGGGUUGGGGGGGAGGGGGGUCAGUGAGUGUUUGUGUGUUUUGGUGUUAUUGUGUGUGUAGUGUGGAAUGUGCUCACACUCACAAACUAAUAAUGGAUCAUUGCCAACCACCAUGGUGAGAGAACGAGAGAGCAUUUGAGAUAAAAGGAGUGAUUGGAUGUUAUAGUACUUGGAUCAGCCUUUGGUGUGGUCUGCCCCCCACUGGACAGUGUGAUACUUGCACAGUUUGUUUCACAUCUGGACGUAAAUCUAACAUAAUGUAAAUGUUAAGCCUACUGCAUUAUCCUGUGUUUUUGAGUGGGUUUUUUUCUUUUUUAGAGUUUAUACUGAUGUUUCCCUGCUAAACUGUCCUGUUCUAAUCAGUGGGUGAAUGUGACUGAGUGGUUGAAAAGACGGUCCAUUUACCUUUCUGUGUUUUCAGGUUCUACAUCGAAAGUAUAUCCUAUCUGAAGGACAAUGCCACUAUUGAGCUGUUUUUCCUCAAUGCCAAGUCUAUCAUCUACAAGGUAAACUAUUCAUAAAUGUUAACUCAAUAUCCUGUUUUUUUCUUAAAUACAUAGAAUGUUGCUGGUCAGGAAUGCUGUAGUUUGUAAUGAUGGGCUUGAAAUACAUUUUGCUUUGACUUUUCUCUCAAUACAGAAUGUAGGGUUCUUCUUUUUCAAGUUGGAUUUAUGCAGCUUUAGAAGCACACCUCCUCAUAAGCCCAUUUUUGGCACAAAUAAAAGACACCAAAAAAGAGGCCAUCUUCAGCAUCAGUGCACUGCACAGACUUUAAAAUAUCACUGCUAAACAUUUACAGCAAGAUAAUUUUAUAUGAUAAGCAUCCCUUCCAGAGCUGAGUUGGUAGUCAUGCAGUUACCAACUCAGCUCUGGCAGAGACCAUGUUGACUAACAGGUAUUUAUUUUGUCCAGAAGAGGGCGUAUGUGGCAUGUAUGGAGAUUCAAGAAAAAAUUGUCCCUGCACAACCAUGCUGAAAACUCAGAUUGUCAGAUCUGUAUUUUUCCUCUUAUAUUAGUGGUAAUCUUCAUCCAAGCCAAGUCCAGACAGCUUACAAUUUCAAUUUCAAUGAGCCUUAUUGGCAUGACUGUUACUACAAUAUUGCCAAAGCGAUACAUAUAGUGCUUUAUCCCAGAUGAGAAUAGAUCCACCUCCUACCUGUGUGAUUUAAGGGUUGAAUAAGGCCUGAUUAAAUAAGACGCUUAUUUCUGCGCACAGUCAUUUGUAAAACAAAUGUUUCUUGCAAUUUAGCAAAUAUUUUUCAAGGGGUAAGUCAACCAAGCUUUUCGUCUGAAGCUUUAGGUUGGGUGUUUUACAAAUAACUUUUACAGACGCUGAGAUUGAAAUGGACGAUGUGACCAAGUGAUGACAAACAGAAGCUUUGGUCACCUUUAAAGUCAUUUGCAGUUGUUUUUGGAUACCAGAUCCCUAUCUGCUCAUUUAUCACACCCUGAUAAGAACAUCAGCUAUAUAUCAGGGAUGAGACCUGAACAGUUGAAGCACUAGUUGAUCCUGACAGCUCCACUGAUAGAGACUAGGGAAGGAAAUCACUACAAAAAUAUUAUAAGAUAUUCCCAGAAACGGCUUGACUAGUAUGCAGCAGAUUAAAUCAUUAGUUCACCUUCUGCAAAGUCUAAGGAGUAAGUGAGGUAUUCAGAGGUACUGUGGGAACACCGACAGUAAACAAAUCACACAGUAUGUCACGAUUUGCAGCCGUGCUGGGUGGUACACUCAGGCUGGGUUUAUUCGGUCUAGUGUUUCAUCCUGGCUGUCUGAUCUCCAAACCAAUUAAGAAGUGGAUUGUAAAGGGAACAUUCCUGGCAUACUUGACCCACUACUCACUGCCCUCUAACAGUCACCCUCCCCCAACCCAUUGGAUUCACAGCAACCCCUCUAUAAAUCCAUGCUCACGGUUGGUGUGCACAUUCACGUUCAAAAAAUCCACACAAACUUUUGUACAGUUAAAGCUUCAUUUACUUCCUGUCUUCUCCAUGUGCCUCCAAUAUCCACCUUUCCCAUAAGACAGCCCAUCAUGAAUGUAGGGAUGAUGAUCAGAACCGCUUUUACCUCCAGCAUCAGUAUUGUGUGUUAUUUUCUUCCUGUAAGCAGUAGGAGAGUAUGUGUUCAUGCCCCCUGUCCUCUUUUCUUUUCUCUGUGCAGGAGCUCAUUGAAGUGGACAGCGACGUUGUCUUUGAAUUGGCUUCCUUUAUUCUCCAAGUAAGAUAAUGCGUGCAUGAUUGUGUGUGUGGAUGUUCUACUGUGGUUAUGUUUUCACCUUAAGCUUCUUAAGCAUCACACAGUAGUAUUUUUCCAGGAGGCUGUGGCUCUGCAGUGAACCAGUUCAGAAAUGUAAAUGACUCCUCUAAGUAUGAACCCAAAUUAACAGAGAUGAAAAGUAUUUUUACUGCAGCAGUCAAGACUGGUGAUGAUCUUAGUGACAUUAACCAGAUUUGUCUAUCAAUCUAUUGAGCCUAUUUGAGCCAAAAAAACUGCAUCUCUCUUUGCUGGAAGCCCAUCCAUAAGCUACUAUCUUUGUUGUUGAUGUAUUUUGACAAUGCUAAUAAAACAGAGCAGCAGGAAAACCCUUUUUCAUGUAUUUUCCUAGACUGCAGCCCUUUUUCUCCACAGCCGCAUCUUAGGGUAGAUAAGUCCAAGAUGCUGCAAGGUCAUAUUACACAUUGAAUGGGCUAGCUGUCCACAGUAAUGUAUGUGUAUGUAGUUGUGUGUGACCUCUAAGCAGGUGCAGAUGUACCGUAUCAGGUAUCCAUCACACAGGCUCUCUAUUACGAUUUUCUAUCUGAUUUUAGCCCAGCAAGCCUCACUGCUCAUUGUCUUAUGCACACAGGACAUAAACAAGCAUUUUAUUCUCACUGUGCUAACAUAUUCAUUUAUAUCAACUGUCCUCUCUGGUCUCAAUACUAUCAUCUUUUUCUUUGUGUUUUACAGGAGGCUAAAGGGGAUUUCACAAGGUAAGUGCAAUAACCUGACCGUUGUAAGUCAUUAAUGGAUAUUUUCAUUUAAAGGGAAAACAUGAACUCUUCUGCUCUUCCUUUUAAAUUUCACCUUAACAUAUGCUAGAUUCUCAUGGAAGAGGCACAGAUAGACAAAGACACAGUAGAAGCGAUAGUCAGCCGUCAGCAGGAUAGAUUUCUGCAAUAUACAACAACAUGGAUAGUAUGAAGAAUCAGUUUUUAAACCUGCAUUAAUUGAGCGCUACAGUAGAGGAGCUUUUCGGUCCAAUUUUUUUUUUUUCGAGUGAGCUACAACCCAUUUUACUUUUGAAAAAUCCAUCUCUCUGAUUGGCCUUCAUGUAUAUCAUCAUCCUCCUGCUCAUCCCUUUGUUUUAGCACAGAUAACAAACUACAGCAGGGCCACCUCUGACCUCUUUUCCACCUGUGAAAGGAGUAAAUAAACACAGUAUCCUUCAUAAGGCUGGAAUAUGACACACUGCAGACACCCCUCCUCCCCCCUUUGUCAAAAAAAAUUCAUUGCAUUUCAAAAUGUCCGACAAUCGAAACACGUUUUUACACUGCCUAGUGGAGUAGGCUUUGAGAAUCUCUUUCUGUUCAUUCAGUGAUUUGACAGGUGUUGAAAUCUUGCAACAAGGUGAACUUCAGUUAUCAUUUAAAUGUCUGAAAAGACUAACACGAUGAAGUGGCUGGUGAAGAUGUAUUAGUCACAAUGUCAUGGCUCUCUAGUUGAAUUUGUUCAAAAAAUUCUCUCUCAUACCCUUUUAUUACUUACCAUUACAAGCAUGUGCAAAGAAGCUCAUUGACUGCACCUAAAAAGUAGUUGCUUUAAAGGAUAUCUGCAAAUGUAGACGCACAGCUGUGUUCACAUGUCAGAAAACAGCCACACAAGGCGGAUGGGCUCCUUUCCAGGGCUUUAGCUCAUAGGUUGUCAUGUUCCCAGGGCUUUCCGCAAUCCUCCGGGGCCUUGGCGGAGGCUGGAGCGAGGGAGAGAGAGAGGGAAUUAGCGCGGUGUAUUAAGACCUCUUGCCACUUGAGGUCUGAAAACUGAACCGAGGGCCAAUGCUCCUUGGCUCUUUGUGGGUCAUUCAGUCUCUCUUUCUCCUUACCUUAUUUCCGCUUUAUCCUUUUCAUAAUGUAUUUUAUCUUCCAUGUUUGUCCUUACUGACUAACACCGUUUCCAACUGUAGGUGUGGUUGCAGCUGCUCUGAAGCAGACAGUCUCUAUUCUAUCAGUAUUUAUUUGUUUCUUUUGUGGCUGAUUGAAUUCCUUUGUUACUGUUUUAACAAAAUUAAAGUGUCACUUUUAAGUUUUGUUUAGAUCUGUAGCAGUUAAUAUUUCCAGUGUUCUAACUCCUGCUGACACCCACUUUGUAUUUUUCAGCAGAACUGUAAGGUCUCCAGCAGAAAUGAAUGUUCUUCUUUAAAGUAAUGUGGACUGUAUUUGUGGUUUUAUCCUUCCCAGUAAUGAUGCAACCAGGUCUGACCUAAAAAAGCUGCCUGCUUUGCCCACCCAGGCCUUAAAAGAGCACCCAUCUCUGGCCUACUGGUGAGAGACGGCUCAGUUUUUCAGAACACCACCGCAAGAUUACACAAGCUUUACUUUUCAUGUGCUUUUCUCCUCUUGAAAAUUUUCUCUUUUUCUGUCCGCUUUGCCGUCUCACAGUGAAGAUCGGGUCAUAGAGCAUUACAAGAAGCUCAAUGGGCAAUCCAGAGGACAGGCCAUUGUGAAGUAAGUGUGUGUUUGUGGUCUCUGGUUGUGUUUGCUCACUGUCUGUAACCCUGUGCUCUUUGUAGCCGUAACAUGUCUGUUUUUCUGCUCCUCACAGUUAUAUGAGCAUUGUGGAGUCCCUGCCCACAUAUGGAGUACAUUACUAUGCUGUAAAGGUACAGUUUUACUGCUCUGCCUUUUCUUUACGCACACAUAUUCUGUGUUCACUCUGGAAUGGCAUGCAAUAUGAUAUUUAAAGAUAUGGCAAAAUCUUUUUGUACUACUCCUUUUAUGCGUCUCUUUGUUAUCUGUCAUCAACUCCAUGAACACUGAGACCUCUCCUGAGAUAUGUUUGGUUGUGUUGUGUUUCAGGACAAGCAGGGGAUCCCAUGGUGGUUAGGUCUCAGCUAUAAAGGCAUCUUUCAGUAUGAUCACCAGGACAAAGUUAAACCCAGGAAGGUAAGAUCAUGCUCCAUGUGAAUUUCUAUUUCCUACCCAAUCCUUUACCAUCUUUUCUUUUAGAAAACUUGGUAGUUAAUAUAAAUGAUGUGUUACUUAAAGGGGAAACAUUUUGUCUGUUUGUUUUCACGGUCAUUGUGUCCAGUUUUUCCAUUCGGUGAGUCAGGACAUUGUGUUUGGGAAGAAUACUAACAAUGUCGUACAAAUACUACUGUCUGGAGACUGUCAGUCUUGGAAUGUUUUUGUAUCCUGUCCCACUUUAUUUCUGCCUCUGUCAAUAGAAUCCUCCUGCCAGUCAGUGCGCAGGGUCGCUUGUGAAAGCCUUUCUCACUUCACCCCUGACCCCAAGUCAUGUUAGGGGCCUUGAUCUCUAGCAGUCAGAGUAAUCUCACAGGGCGGUAAUGGUGUUAACAGCAUCCCCAAAUGCUAACUGACCAGGAAGACACACAGAGUUACACUGUUAAUGUGUUACUCACAAGAACACACACACACACACAAGUAUACAGGAAAAUGGAGUUUACUCUGAGCUCACCGUGCUGAUGAAUACUUCCUGUCUGCUGCAGCUUUCCUGUUUUCUGCCAUGUUUGUGUGUCUGAGUGUGAGUAAGUCUUAACAUGAGCCCGCUAGUUGAGAUGAAUUUCACACCACUGUGCCUCAUUCCUGCCUCAUUCCCAUGUGCUUCAAAUCUCAUGGCUGUCAAGGUGUUAAUUCACCAUGGAGGUGGAAAAAAAUCCGCUACUAUACGAUCCAAAGGAACUCACAGUUACACAAACUUCAAAGCAUGCCUCACUAACUCUCACAAACGGUCCUAUUUACCAUAUCAUGCAUAUAAGUAGGCUGAUAGAGUGCAAACAGUGAGGUGAAUUCUGCAAGGAGAAAGAUGAAAUAUUUUGGAGGCAGAGAACAUUAAGUCAACUGUCGUCCCCUCCUUCCAUCUCUCUUUUCAGCACACAUGUUGAGAGGCAAAGAAAAAUGUGCUUAGUCCUCCUCACUGCACAAGUGUUGGUCCAGUUCAAGACGCUUGGACUGGAUGUCUUGUUAAUGGGACAUCACAAAAGUAAAUCCCAAAGAAGGUGGGUGGUACUCCUGCUGCCCAAAGCUGUUUAGUGUAACACAGGAAGAGACACUCACGAAGGCUGCCAAGAACUUCCCUUAUAUUGUCUUUGUCAAAGUAGUCAUCCCUGUUUCAACAAACCAGAGACAAGGCAGUUGAUAUAGUGAUUAGUCAGACAGUCCAGUACCAGUAACCGAUGACUCAGAGAGGUGAAAGCAGAACACUAAUUAUGAGGCAUUUUGGGAUAAUUACCAUCUCUUUGCAACGGUAAAAUGGUUAAUCUCCUCAACCACCAACUUUUACAUGGUUGAGAAAGAAGUGAGGGACUUCAGGUGGUGCUUUAUGUGCACUGUAUGUUCUGUGUGGUUGGGAGGGGGGUGCUUGAAGUAAUCACUUAUAAUUAGUUAGUUUUUAUAAGGGGAGAUCCUGCUGUUUUUUAAGUGCAGAUCUUUUACAGCAUCCUCCAUGUUUAUCUGGGGAUGCUAAAUUACUUUAACCCGUCAUCUUUGCUCACCACACGUUCACUACACAUAGACUAGGGUUUACAGCUCAACCACACACCUUUUUAGUGUUUUCUGACUCACUGAGACACAGAUUAUAACGUCUGUGUGCUGCUGACUAUAUAAGUGACUAACUUAAGGCUAUCCAGGAAAAAUUCCUGUCAACACUGUGACAAAGCAAAGAAGUGAAAUCACAUGCAGCAUGCUUAAGUAAAUGUCAUCUUGUGUGAAUCUGAGGGAAUAUUCAACCUUUUUGUCGCAGAGGAUUGGAAGUACACACCCAGAGUCUCCACUUUGCUUCUGUCUGUGUUUCAUUUAGAGAAAAUAGGCACACACAGCCUGUUCUGUUCAUUUUUUUUUUUGCAUAAAUGUCAUCUCUGGAAAAAAACAACAACCAAACACAAACAGCGGGAAGUGCCCAAAGAGUGUAUCUGCAUCUCCAUGACAACUGCUGCAUGAAGUGUAGCACACCAAAGCCUCACCCAUGGGUGAAACAAUAGCCUUUCAGAGCGUUGCGUCCAUUUGUAGCGCAGAAUAAUAUCUGGCCUCACUUUAGUGCUUCCAGCCUUGAUGCUAUUUAAACUUUCUAUUCUUCCCCUAAUCCCCAGGGAGUCCACUACACCGAAGAAAGGCCUGUAAGCUCUAUCAGAUCUGACCUUUUCAUCAGUAAUAGAUGCGUGCUGGGGUGCACAGACUUUAUUAUGAGACAGAGGCGGGCUGGUGCACUGGAGCACCCAGUUGUUUAUGAAUAAUGACUUCCUCUGCUUGUGUGUGUUUGUGCCAUUGUGCAAGCAUUUGACAGUCAAAGGAAGAGGAUUUGUAAGGUGCAUGCUCCACCCUCAUAACAGAAGCAUCAACCAGAUUUGACAGAGUUACCAUCAAAGUGUCCGUCUGUAUGUUUUGUUUGAAUAAUCACAGUUCUCCGUUAAAAUUGCAAAGACUUUCCGCUCAAUGGUCUUAUGUAACUAAAUCAGCCCAGAGUCAGAUCAAAGAGAUCUCGUUCGAAACUUAAUGGUGGUUUAGUUGCAUCUUGUUGUGACUGCAGGUUAUAAACUCCAGAUGUAAAUGAACACACGGUUAUCCUGGAGGCAUCAAAGUCUUAACUGCUGCAGCUUACAGGGGGCCUGUGCCUGCACAUAGUUUCAAACAUUUCAAACACUUAUCUUAUCUCAACAGCUUUGACCAAUCUGUAGUUAACACACACACAGUCACUUAUCUGUCCUGCCUGCUAUAUUUAGCACCAUGCUACAUUAGCACUUCACACUACAUUAAUAAUGCAUGGUACUGUAAAAGUUUUGAUAAGAGCUCAGAUUUUCUUUCCAAGCACUCCUGCGCACAUAUAUACACACUUAUAAGAACAUAUAUUAUGCUGCGUUAACAUACAUGAUUUUUCUUCCCUCCCCCCCUUUCCUCCCUCUCAUCUCUCUGUGUAUUGUUUUCCCAGGCUGUUAAAAUUCCUGGGCUGCGACCUCUUAGCUCCUGCUCCCCCCUUUUCCUCCCUUAUCCUGUCAUAGUUUGGAUUUUUUUCUUUGUUUCUUUCCCCUGUUUGUCAUUUUCAGGCAGCUCAGUAACUUUCUUCAUGAGUGUACAUCAGAGGCUUGUGUGUGUGUUUGCAUGUCUGUUCCAGCUGAUAUAUGCAGGCCCACUUGUGCUCUGAAAUAGCCCUCACUCUUCCCUUUCUCUAACGAGAACCAGACUCAGACCAUGUGUGUGUGUGUUUGUGUGUGUGCAUGUGUGUGACUACACAAAGUAAGGGGGAACUUCACUUGCCAAGGCCGCAAAAAUCUUCUUCCCCCCUUCAUCACUCCUCCCCUGACCCCUCGUUACACUAAACUCACACACAAACACACACUCACACACACCUACGAACCAUAGAGCCUAUGGCAGGAAGUCCUGUCCCCAAGGGAGGGAGGAGGGGUCAGGAGAAGGGGAGGUAAAAACACCCCCUCCCUCCCAAACCCUCCACGCAAAGCUACCGGAGGGGAGGAAACUAAACUUUACACACUUCUCCCUCCACUAGCACUCACUCCCUCUCACACGCACACACACACACACCUACAGAUGGUGAACACCCAUCACCUCGUAACGUUCCAAGCGUCUGGGAGGACUUAAAAUCCACACAUGCUGUAGAGUACGUCUUUGGGGAAACUUUCUCACCCAGCUGGCUUUGGCUCUGUUAAAGAGGAGCUGAUGGUUCAUAAAGGGGGCGGCGAAGAGGAAGAAAGAAAAUCCGAGCUGAGGAAAGAAAGCCUCCUCCCUCUCACACUGUCUUUAUCCAGAGUGAGGUCAUCAGCGGAGGGAUCCACUGUGGACAAGAACGGCUGGUCUGGACCUGAGCAGAGAACUCCAGACUAGGUUCUCUUCACUUCCUCCACCUCCUUCACUGUUUCCAACCCCUCCUCCUCCUCCUCUUCAGCUUGUGUUUUUUCUGUCCGCUGUCCAGUGCAUUUUCUCUGAAAACAGAUGGGAGCACACAGAGAAAAGAAUAGAGGAUUGUGGCGAAGGACUGUGUGGAUAAUGUUUAGCAUAUUUCUGUGUGAGCAGCGCUGAAGAGUCUGUUUCUUCUUAACUUCAGGUGUUUCAAUGGCGACAGUUGGAGAACCUCUACUUCAGAGAGAAGAAGUUUUCAGUGGAAGUUCAUGACCCCAGGAGGUAAAUUUAUAUCACAGCUUGUUUAUUUUUCACUUGCUACAAUGCUUUUGUUUCACUGUCGAGAUCUACUGUUGACAUAAGUGAUUAUAAUCUUUUGAAAUCCCUGUAUUAGUUAUUCAACAUAUUACCGCAAACACACUUUACCUUUAUCUCUAGAUUGUAUUUGGAAAUUAUAAAACGUUCCCUCAAUUGUGGACGCCUUCCUGUAGCUUUACUGUAAAUUACCAUUGUUCCACAAUGCAAAUGUGGUCAAAUUAAAGCUAUGAAGAGUACGGUACAGGAAAGGGGAGAUGGGAAUCUCAUUCAGUAAUGGUUGCAGAGUUUGUUUUGGCAAUCAGGCAGGAUAUUGGGGAUGUCCCAAGGGGGCCUGACAGGGAUUGAUAGCCUGAUUAUUAACACACUUUCGGGGCCACAUGCAUGCACAAACACACCUCCUUCACACACACACAAAUGCACUCAUGGGGUAAACCUUUAAUAGUUGACCACAGAAAGAAAAAUGGCUGUGUGAUCGCUGAUUUGUAGAGGAAGUUACCUCUCUUCUGUUUAUUUAACAUGGCUAUAUAUAUGUGGAGUGUUUUUCUACGUAUAUGGAGGAGGGAGGGGGAGAAAAAGAGACAGACCGGGUGAAAAAGAGAGCAUUGGUGUUUUCUUUAAAGGGAGCUGUCAUUAGUGUGAGCUGGCCUGUUGCUCAGCUACAGAUGUGUGUUUGAAUAAGGAUGAGUAAACAAUGGGGCACAGCGUGUGUGGCUGCUCUGUUGAAAAAAAAGAGUCCUUGCUCGAAAAUAUUAUCCCCUUUAAGAGCAGCAGCAGAAACUGUAUUGGCCGGGUGGGUUUGUUGGAUGGUUUUAACAGUUGUCUUCUGUAUUCAGUGUAUAUAAGGAGGCCUUGUGUCCGCUUCUACUGUAGGGCGUCGGUGACCAGAAGGACGUUUGGUCACAGUGGCAUCGCUGUGCAUACGUGGUACGCCUGUCCUGCGCUCAUCAAGUCCAUCUGGGCCAUGGCCAUCAGCCAACACCAGUUCUACCUGGACCGCAAGCAGAGCAAGGUCAGUCAGGCCCACCACAUUCACAUUCACAACCACACCACAGAUGUAACUAUCAAUGCUCUGAACAAAUUCAGCAAUUGAGGUGAAAAUAGUAUUUCAAUUAAUCUGCUUAAUGAUGUGCCUUUAAAACUCCUCUCCCUUAUGUCCAUGCAGUCCAAGAUCCAUGCAGCACGGAGUUUAAGUGAGAUCGCUAUCGACCUUACAGAAACAGGAACUCUCAAGACCUCCAAGCUGGCCAACAUGGGCAGCAAAGGCAAGAUCAUAAGCGGCAGCAGUGGCAGUCUGCUCUCCUCAGGUCAGUACAUGGACAGUGGAGGAGUCUCUGACUCUGAAAAAAUGUAGAAGAGACAGAUUGAUAUGUAUGUGUGUCUUUGUGUUUGUAUGUGUGGUGUUGAGGGAGGUGGGGGAGUCCUUGCUGACAACUGGAGAGACAGAAACAGCUGCUUCUGGAAAGAGGCCAUUAAUUCUGUUCUCAUGCAUGGACUGUACACACACCCCACCCAGUUUUUUUAUGUGGGUGUAAAACAACACUUCUACCUUCUGUGUCACACAAACUCAUCCUAAAAGCCCCCCCAGAUUUAGUAGUUGAAGAAAUGAAAAGGUCAAUAGGUCAGUGUGCAAUUCAGUCACAGCAAUUACAACUGUUUAUAUCAAGGUUUAUUAAAUUAAUAUAAAACAAGUUAAUUAAGGAGAUGACAGUGCUGUUGGGAAAAACAACCCAGGCCAGGAUGUUAGAAAAGCCGACAAAGUACUUGGGUUGAAUGGGAACAUAGUCAAUCAGUACACUAAAGUGGUCGGCUGAUAUAGUGUUAGUGUUUUCAAACUAACUUCAGCUGUGAUUGAAAAAGUCAGUACGAGUGUCUGCAUACGGUUGCCAUACCUGUUACUCAGAGGAAAGCCCUCCUUAUGAAACCACCUGCUUUCAGGGGAGAAACACGGCUCUCUUUCAGUUUUAUUGUACCUGUUCUCCUUUCUCUGAUUCCCCACAUGACAUCUGCUGCAUUCAGUCUCUUUUUUUAAGCUAAAAACAAACCUUUUUUCUCAACCUCUGUUUUUUUAUUCCUUAAACUCUGCUCAAGUGGAAACUAUUUCAAUGCAGUACAUCUUUGCUAAAAGAGCAGCACUCUGUUUUAGUGUGAGAUCUCGUGUCUUACUAGUGUGAAUGGCCUAAGGCAGUGGCAGAAAAUGAUUUGUGCUUGGCAUAGUCAUCACUCUGCACAGAUUUCUUUUAACAUCCAAAAGUUGAUGAGAUAAUAUCUGAAACUUCCCCGUCAGAGUCUGCAGGUGGAUGUUAGGGUAGUGGUGGGGCUUAAAGUUUGAGCGUGUGCAGGACAGCAGUUGCAGAGCCAGAUGAAAUGCUGCAUCUUGAAUUGACUAUCUAAUUGGAAGAAACAUUUGUGAUGUGAUUGUAAGAAUUGCACAUGUCAAGCGUGAAAUCAGUGCAGUUUGAGUUGUGUGCCUGAACUGGCAUUGCUUUGUGUGUCUUCUUCCAUCAAUAGUUUUGGUAGUUUUGUUUUUGUAAGCACAAUUAACCACAAAAUCAGAGUGUGUGUUUGAGAAUGUUGUGUGUGUGCAUGUUUUCAACUAGGCACAUUGCAAACAAGCCUGGCACCAUCACAAGGCCUAAAAGGCUGCAUCACAGGCUUUGUCCUAAUCUGCCUCUUCCUCCAAACACUCAGUUGUACUAACACGCUGCUAAAACUCAUUUUCCUUAUCAAAAUGUUCCAUUCACUUCCCUGUAAACAUCCUGGAAGACUAGCAGGUGGACGCACAAUCCGUACCUCCCCCCUGCAGUAUGCCCCGGCUAAUUUCCCCACAUUGUAAACAUACAAACACACACACACACACACACACCUGUAGUCCUGACUCCUGUUUUGAUCAAAUGUGUUGUUUAUACCCUGCAGGCUCUCAGGAAUCAGACAGCUCCCAGACUGCUAAGAAGGACAUGCUGGCAGCUCUGAGGGCCAGGCAGGAAGCACUGGAGGAAACGCUAAGACAGAGACUAGAGGAACUCAAAAGCAUCUGCAUCCGGGAGGCGGUAUGAGAAAACACAGACAGCUUUGACAUUAUUUUGAAAACCUCUACCUCUCCCUUUCAAAUCUGAUUCAACUCUUCUUCCAUUUGCAUAUUACAGGAGCUGACAGGAAAGCUUCCGAAGGAGUAUCCCCUGGAUCCAGGAGAGGAGCCACCCACAGUGAGAAGGAAGAUAGGUACUGCUUUCAAACUGGAUGAGCAGAAAAUUCUUCCUAAGGGAGAGGUGAGCUUCUGUUUUCCUUCGGCAGCACCAUAUCAGACUUUCCAUUCUCAGACACAAGCCAAAAAUAGUCAUUGGGACAAAUCCCCAAUACCACAGAUACAUGCAAUACAACUGUGCUGAAGUAUGUCAUAUGCUAUAGACCCUGCAAAUGAGAGUGCUUUUCCCAGCUAGAUGUGAACAAUAAUUUGAUGAUCAGAGUAUUGGCUCUAGAAAAGUCUUGAAAUUAAAAAAAAAAAUCAAGGUUUGUUAAGGAUUUACUUGAUUUAAGGUACACACUAAAACAUCUUCCACCUUGAAACUAUUCCUGCACUGAGUUGCUACGUUGCCUUUUGUGCCACGGCGAGAUUUUCCAGAGCAGCAGAAUUUCUAAAAAUAGUUUGGCAGCAUUCUCACAACAGGAAGUGGCGAUAGUAGGAUUGUGUGCUGUAUGUGAGCUGGCAUGUGUGUGUGCAAUGAGUGGGUGUCACUGAGGCUAUAUGGUGGGUAAAGGAUCCAAGGACACAAUAUUAUGAACUUGCUUAGCAAGCAAUAUCAUGUUUCUGAGUUUACCCCCUAACACCUUAUGCACACACAGAGAAACUGACGCUGCUUUGGCAACAGUGUGAAUGGACUUUUCAGAGUCAGGGAUUCCUCAGGGCUAAGAUACAGAAGGAAGAUAUUGACCCAAUUGAACACGUCACCUGCUCUGUCUCUUUGAGGUGGAGUCUCACACAAGUGCACUUAUUACAUGUGUGCUGCACAUAGUGUGUAUCAAAGGAAUAUAAUGGAUUAAUCCACUUUUUUAUCAUAUUUACACAUUUCUACUUAACCUCCACUGAGGAGUUUCAGUGCAAUAUCCUUGGAUGCUAUUGACAGUGUAUUUGCUACAUGACGGAGUAAAUUUUAUUCGGUCCACCUUGCAGUCUGUACUUCCACAAACCUCAGGAGUAGUGUCAAGAGGUGCGGAUGGAUUGAUUGAGCAGCGUUGUUAUUGGAGGACAUGCUGUCCAACAGAGAAAAAAUCCCACGGGGAGAAAAUGCAGGGCUGUAGCGCAGAUAAAUGACUUCCCCAGUGUGUUUUCUCUGGCAAGGCUUUUUGUGUGUGUCUGACCAAAUACACUGCAUGGGAUAGUUACAGCCUGAAUACGGGUCUGCAAACCGAUCCGUAGCAGUUUUGGAUUGUGGAUUGAUUUCAAAACGAAGUGAAACCCAAUCUCUCUAUUCUUGUCCUCAGAGCUUAGUCUAACGUGUGUCUCUGUGUGUAUGUGUUUUUUCCAGGAAGAAGAACUGGAGCGUUUGGAGCGGGAGUUUGCCAUUCAGUCCCAGAUUACAGAGGCAGCCAGGCGUCUUGCCAGCGAUCCGCAUGUGAACAGUAAGAAGCUGAAGAAGCAAAGGAAGACUUCUUAUCUGAACGCAUUGAAGAAGCUCCAGGAAAUUGAAAACUCGAUCAAUGAGUACCGGGUCCGGUCUGGCAAGAAGCCUACACAAAGGGCGUCCCUUAUCAUAGAAGGUACCAGUACAUUCUUGUUCACGGCAGGAACAUCAGUAUAUUUCACAUUUCUUUAUUGUUUUCUACUGUAGUGUUCAAAACAUAGAGGAGUAGCAUUUAAAAGUACAAGUUGAUAACAAAGUUGAACAGACAAUAAACAACUAGUUUUAUACAUCAAGACUUCAAGUUUUUAGAUUUUAAACUUAUAAAACCUUCAACCUGUUCUUUGUCCUUUAGAGGCCAAUAUUGGUUCUGAAGACAGUUCAUUAUCAGACGCACUGGUACUGGAUGAUGGUGAGUCUCAAUCCAUUACACUGUUGCUAUUAUAAAACAUUUUUUUUCAGUGUUAUCCAGAACUGAUUUAACUUAUUUAUUCAUUUCAGAUGAUUCUCAAGUCACAGGUACCCCCACCUUCUCACCGGUAGCAUCACCUCACAAGGGUCUCCCCCCACGACCACCAUCUCACAGUCGGCCUCCUCCACCCCAGUCCCUGGACGGCCUGCGACACCUGCACUACACACGCUCUGACUAUGAUAAAUCUCCCAUCAAGCCCAAAAUGUGGAGUGAAUCAUCACUGGAUGAGCCUUAUGAGAAAGUGAAGAAGCGCUCUUCCCACUCCAGGUAUGAUCGAGUCCAUCUUAAGAGGAGCUUAUAAAUUUGUGAACAUGUGGUAGUCAAUUAAAGGGAAGACCCCCCCCCCCCCCUCGAGAGAUUAAUUUUGCCUACCGCUAGCUUUUCUAGUUCCACCAACUUCAGCAAAGACCGGCACUAAGAUUGCAUUUCCAUGAAGUAAUCAUAAAUUUUCUUCCUUGAGCUGCGGAACUCCGCUGCACUCAGUGAUCAACUCAUUAGGGCUCCCCCACAAACAAGCAGCUGCUGGAAGAGAGUGGUUAAGUUGUGUUGAUGGCAAGUACUACAUGCUGGGACCCUAUAUGUACUGUUGAUGAAGUUAGGUGCUGAUCUAAGCAUUAUUUGUGGCUACGAGUGGCUUUUUGGUUGCGGUUUGCGCGUGGAGACAUAGAUCGCUGUGUAUUGCUAUAGUGCGGUCUUUGCUGAAGUUGGUAGAACUAGAGAAGCCAGCAAUCGUCAAAAUUCAUCUCUCAAGGGGGGUCUAACUCUGUGUUGCAGUGUUGCUUAAACUUAUGCCGGAAUAUCCGUUGAUGCACCAUUGAAACAUAACACAAUUAGAACUGCACUUGCGUAACUCUUAAGUUAUUGUACAUGCAAGGGCUGAAAAAAGUAGUCUCUGAAUGUGUUUGACUCACAGCACAUCAGGCUUAUAUGUUCAAUAACAUUAAUGCAUCGUCUUUCUUUUAGUCACAGGCGUUUCCCAAGCUCUGGCAGUGCAGAAGCAGGGGGUAGUAACUCACUGCAGAGCAGCCCCAUCAGAAGCCUCCCUCACUGGAAUUCUCAGUCCAGCAUGCCAUCAACCCCAGAUCUGAAGUCCAGGACCCCACACUACAUACAUUCCACUAGGUCAGUCUUUAUACCUUUGAAUCUGGAACAAUGGUGACUGGUUUUCACAAACUGAACUUGUAUUGCAAACUUAAGAGUUAUAUGAAAAUUGUUUGUUACUUAUCUCUGGUUAACUCCACUUAAAACUAGGUUUCAGGGCUCCUUGCUCAAUGACCGUCUUGUUCCCUUGUUUAUUUUCUGUUCUGUACGUAUGUUGAGUCAGCCUCCUUAUUGAGCAUAUUUUCUGAUACUGCCUCUUACAGGUCAGUGGACAUCAGUCCCACCCGUCUGCACAGCCUCGCUCAGCACUUUAGGAACCGCAGCUCAAGCCUUGAGUCUCAGGGCAAACUGUUGGUGUCUGACCCCGAUGCACACCCGCACACUUUGGGCACACUUGGCAGCCCUGACUUCUUCUUGGGUCCAGGACGUGGCUCAAAUGGCUCGGACCCUCUGGAUGAUUGCUCAUCCUGCACCAGCCAAAGCAGCUCAGAGCAUUACUACCCAGGUGGACCCCCCGGCAGCAACCCUAACUACUCUACUCUGGGAGAGGACUCGCCUUCCAAAGCAAGGCAGAGGCAGAGGCAAAGGCACAGGUAAUGUCUGAGUCAAUGCAGGGGAGGGGGCUUCCUUAACACAUCUGUUCUUUGCUUUCUGUAUUGUGAUCGAGAUUUAUGUUUGCUGUCUUUUGUUCUUUCUCCAGGUCGGCAGGUCAUCUGGGUUCCUCUAACUCCGGCUCCAUGCCAAACCUGGCGGCAAAGAAUGGCUCAGGGGGACCUUCGAGUGGAGGUGGGAUGGGAGGGGGACACCACGGCGUCUACCUCCACAGCCAGAGCCAGCCCUCCUCCCAGUACCGUAUCAAGGAGUACCCGCUAUACGUAGAGGGCAGCCCCAACCCCGUGGUGGUGCGCAGCCUGGAGAGCGAUCAGGAAGGCCACUACAGCGUGAAGGCUCAGUUCAAGACCUCAAGCUCCUACACAGCCGGUGGACUGUACAAAGAAGCCUGGGGGGGAGAGGAGGGGGGAGAGGGGAGCGGCCGACUAACGCCUUCACGCUCUCAGAUUGUUCGGACUCCGUCACUUGGGCGGGAGGGUGGUGGAGGAGGGGGAAGGGCGGCAGUGUCUGAAGAGCUGCGGUGCUGGUACCAGAGGUCCUCAGGGAGCCUAAAGGAGAGGAGUCACUCACACUCUGGGUCUUCUUCUGAAACAGGGUCACAGCAAGGCACCCUGGGACAUGGUAGAGGGAGUAGAGUGGGGACUCUUGCCAAGGGCUCACCAGGUGGGUUAACAUCAAACCUGUCUGAUCUGGGUAAAGACUGUGGGUUGUGCUGUUUUUAUCAGGGAUCACAAACAUCCGGUUUAUUUAGAGAUUCAGUGAUCGGGGGAUUCAGAUUCUCUGCAGCUCCUUGUUUGCAUGACCAGGUCCUGAUAAUAACUUAGAGGAAGAAGUUUACUUUUCCUCAUUAAAUCUGAACAUGAGGGUUCCUGGAUUAAUACAUAUCAGCUGUAGGACCAUCAAUAUAAAGAAGAAAAGAAUCGUACUCUAUUAUCAGAGUUUAUGUUUUUGGAUUUAAAUUAGGGAUGUUCCCAGCGGUUAAUUUCACUGACGUUUAAACGACCAUUUUGAAACCAAAUAUUCGAAUACACGAAAAUUAAUUAACUCCCAGAAAAUAGCCCAAAUUGAGCACAUGUCGAUCUAUAUGGCCAGAUUUCAUCUGAAAUAAAUAUUAAGAGUACAUGAAAGCCAUGCUGAUAAUAUUAAAAUAUGUUACAGAAUCUUAUUUUAGCACUGAAGAAUGACAUAAAGUACGUGAAAGAUGUUUUAUAGAAUAAACAGAUAUCAUUUACUAAACGGAUCGUAAGGACAGCUCCGUUUACACGAAUAACCGCGCACAUCCCUAAUUUAAAUACUGAUUUGCUGUAGACUUUCAACAAGGUGUGUAUUUACCUCAGGUCUCCCUUCUCUCUGUAGCCUGUAUUUUGGCUGUUUGUGCCUGCAUAUCCAUGUGUCUCUGUGUCUCUGUCUCCAUGUUCCUCUCUCUCAUACAGCUCAGACUGUGUCUAAGUCAUCCUAACUUGUGUUGUUUUUUUUUUAUCUUCUCCCCACAGCUGCUUCCCCUCACAGCCAGAGGAGUAUGACGCCUUCAAGCGAACAUGCAGCCACACCCACACCCCCCUGCAGUCCACAGCACAUCCUCAACUGGCAGAGCGGGUAAGCGACACAUGCUACGUUUACUCCUUGUAUUAACAUGUGUCCUGGCCUCUACUCAGGGACCACCUACUUAGAUACUGGGGGCAACUGUAUCUGUUGAGGUACAGAUGGCUCGUCCCAUCAUCUUUGUCUUGCUUUGUUUUGUUUUUUUAGACUCCUACUUAAAAUCAUGCUUAGCAGCGGACAAAAUGACAUCAUGUUUGAAGCUGGACAUGAAUUGAAGUAAUUUUUGGACCAAUAUCAUUUUGGCUUCUCAGCUUCUUCCUCUCAGUAUCCAUCCAAACCUCACCUUAACAUCCCACACUCUCUGAUUGUCAACUGUCCUUGUUUCACCAUUAAACUAAUCCUCUGGGAAAUUAUUUGUGAUUUGGGUUCCUCCUUUUUUAAACCUUUUUCCAUCUUAAAAUCAUGAAUCACAUCUCAGCUCUUGCCUCUUAAUUCACUUCUUGUUUUGUAAUGUUUCACUCACUGGCUCUUUUCCCUUCUUUUUCACAUAUUUCUCACAACCUCCAAUAACCUUAGUCAUCACGGGAAAUUCUCUUGUAAUCUAAUAUUUGUCAUUUAUACCUCACCUCUCUUUUCUUUCUGCACUAACCCUCCUUUCCUUGUGUGUGUGUGCUCUCUCCUGGUUUAGAGGCACAGCAGACAGCUCUCCUUCUGUGGACGUCUGUCAGUCUCCCCCUCAGCCCAGCUCUGAUGCCUAGAGGUACUGGAAAACACAGCAAAGGCAGAAACAAAACACCUCAAAAGCAACAAUUCAAAAGUGACAUCAGUCACUAUGAGACUUUUUAGUCAAAUAAAUCACACACACCGUCACCUGUAGGGGGCUGACAAUAAGGGAAUGUUCUCACUUUCUUGCUUGUUGGUGGUUUGGUGUUGGUCGUGUAUUUUCCCUGGCUGAAUCUGAUCUCUGCAUGUGCUCUGCUCUGACACCGGCUCUGUGGCUAAUACAUUACAGGAUCUACUAAUAGAAGUACUUAAUCCAGUUCUCUAUGUGCUGUAACAGAAGAAAAGACUGUCUCAGGAUCAGAUCAAUACUUACAGUCAUAUCAUAGACAGGAUUUGGUUUGUCACUUUGCCUUUUGAAAAGUUAUAACAAAGUUUGAUCCUGCUCUGCUUCCCGCUCCGCAGGUCUUUCAGUGACAGCUGUUUUCUGAGCAGCCCUCUGUGUUCAGAGCUGGCAGAUGUGCAGUGGUACGGACAUGACAAGGCCAAACCUGGAACCCUGGUCUGA